CGCCACGCUGCGACACUCACGGAUCCAUGAUAAAAUAUGGGUAAUAUACUCAUGAGCAUUUCAUUGGGUUUGCUACACUGUAGUUUCAUAAUCCAGGUAGAUUUUAUCACUAGUAUUAUUAUUGUUGUUGGUUUUGUUUACAAAUCGUCAAUAGGUCACAGGUACAAUAAUAAUAAAUUCCUUUGCCAUAAUAUUUUGUAUAAUUUGAUAUUCGACUGUAGUAUUGUUCCACCAUAGUAUUUAAUAUAUUUUAAUAAUUUCGCGCUCGGUAUUUUGCAUUAAUUACACUUUGGAAUGUAAAAUAACCUACCUGUUUGACAUUCCUUUAAGAUAAAUUUGGUCGGGCCAAAUUAAUGAUAAACGAGUCUAAUGCAAAUUGUAUAGCUUUUAUGUUACUUAAUUAUUAUUAAAUCAUCGGUAAGUAAAAAGCCCUAUGUGAAUUAUUAUUUUAAAUUUUUAAACAGUAUUCACUUGAAAUAUUUUAUAAGUUAUGUUACAAUAAAUACAUAGUGAAAAAUAUGAUUUAUAUAGUUAUAUUUUGUAUUUGAAUUAGUUAUUAAUAAUUCAAGUUAAUAUUUAAUUAUUUUAUACAUUUGUAUUGGUUACAAAUAAAAGAACCUGAUAGAAGUCAAUACUUGUUAUUUUUUUACAAUAUUUUUUAUAAAAAUGCCUAAUUUAUUGUUUAUAAUUUUUUUAAAUUUUUAUAUAAACAUUUAAUUUUGUACUUAUAGAUAUUAUAAUACAGACGUAUACCAAUUGUUAUUUACCUAACAAAACAUCACAAUCAUCAAAAUGUCACUUUAUUCAGGUAAUUAACAAAAUGCAUUUUAACACUGUUUUACAAUUUAGUAUUAUUAUUUUAAAUUACAAUUUAUUAAUAUAAAUAUGUCAAUGAAUUAAUACUUAAAAAAAAGUAUUUACCGAUCUUUAUUUAUUAAAUCUACAUAAUUUUUGUUGUUUUCAGAUAUGUCUUCAGCGUUGUCUAUAUUAAAUGAAAUAAAAACUUUAGUCAAUGAAUCAGGGGAUGAUAAAUUAAUAUCUAAUACGAAUAAUGAUCUUCAACUUCUAAUAUCCGUUUUUCAAAAUCCAAUCAUAAAAACUAUUGCAUCCGUUCAAGUAAAACAAAUUAUCUCAAUAAUUUGUAUAAUAAGCUCAUUAAUUAUAAUCUAAAAUUAUAGGACUCUGUAUCUGAAUUGAGUUGCCAACUUCAAGAACACCCAUCAUUGUUACCAGUCGAUUUUGAUAUAUCUCCUGUUACUGGUCAAUUAGUAUUGAGUUUGCCAUCAGAGUCUACUCCUUAUAACAGCGUACCAGAAGAUCUGGAUAAAAGAGAUCAAAGAGUUCCGAAACUUUCAAACAGUUCAUCUGCAGAAAGUUCUUCUCCUACAUCAAAGGUCUAUAAUAUUUAUAAUUGAUUAAAAUAAAAUUUAAAUAAUUAUCCAAUCAUAGGUACAAUUAAAAUUUGUUUAGUUUGGGUGGAUUAUUUGGGGCCCCCUAAUUAUAGAGUUUAUAAUAAUAGUUUUAUCAAAGGUUCUAACUUAAUUUAAAGGGUAAUUAAAUAUUUAUAUUAUAUGUGAAAGAUUUACAUAUUAUUUAUAUUGUAUACAUUGUGCCAGUUUAAAUAUGCAUUGUAUAUAAUACAACAUGUACUUAGAUAGUGAAUUUAAAAAGCAAUAAAUAUUUAUUAUGUAUUAUGUAUAUGACCAAGAUAAUCUGUAAACAUCAUAAUAAUUAAAAUUAUGACCAACAAGGAAAUAAAUAGCUGAAUUUAGAAAACCAAAUGUUUCAUAACCUAUGAUUUUUUGAUAGAAAAAAAUGAGUAAUAAGUAAACUGAUAUAUAUUAUUGAUUAAAUUUAUUUAUUAAUGUUUAACAUUUAAUUUUACAUUACAGAAAUUGUUUCAAUAAUAUUCAAUGUUUACAUUUCAGGAAAGUAAAUCCUUAAUAAAAGAUAUAUCAACUACUUUAACGCCAAUAACAACACCUUCGUAUGCAGUUGAAUUUCAAAAAGCUGUUCAAGAAGCAUCCAGAGGACGUAAAAUUCAUAAUGUACAAGUAUGUAAUUAUUAUUUACACAUUUUUUUAAAAUUAAUAAUAUUUGUAAUUGAUUUUAUAUAAUUCUAUGUUAUUAGAAACAAAAUUAUAUUACAAAUGUUGUUAAGAGGUUAAUACUCAAAAAUAUAAUAAUAAAAUAAGUGUGCUAACAAAAUAAAGGUGCUUUUGUUGCACUAUUACCUGAUAAAGAUUUUUAAAAUUGUCAUUAGUUAUAAAUGCAAACAAUCUAUAUCCAGCCAAUCCAGGCUUUGUUUUUUCAUCUUUUUUUCAAACAUUUUAUUUGUAUUUUAUAUGUACAUAUAUUUUUAGUAUUUGUAAAGAAUGCAUUCAAUUUUUUAUGAAUGAUUUUUAAUGAAUUCUAAUUGAAUAAUGCUUUUAAGAACGUUAGGUAUUCAGUUAUAGGAAUGUUGACGAAUUCUAAAUGCUUUUUAUAUCUUUAAAAUAAGUUUAAUAAAUACAUAAAAAAAAUAAUUUUCCAAGGGCAGCAAGACAUUUUUACUACAAUGUUAGAAUUUUUAAGAUGGAACUUAAUUGCAUUUAAUUGUAAUAUAAAUAGAUAAUUCAUAAGUUAAAAAUAUGUAAUUCAAAAUAUUACUAUAGUAAAUUUGAAUAUUUAUUAAGUUAGUACAUAACUUAGUAAUUUAUUUUUCCAUGAUUUAUUUAGCAAUAUCAUAAUAUUGUUUAAAAAUUGUUAGUCAUUUAUAAUGCUAGUCUAUUUAAUCUUAAUAGUUUAAAAAUGUAUGUAAUAUUGUUUACAUUAAUUAAUCAUUAAUUAUUGAAACUAUAUGAAAUAUUCAUUUUAAAUAUUGCAUAAUAAUUUUUGAUAAUGACUAAUUAUCAUUAUUGUUGGUAAUAUUAAUAUUAUAUAACCAUAUAAAUUGGUUUUUAUUUAAUAAAAAACGCAUUCAUAUAUGUUUAUUUAUUUGGUAUAUUAAAAUAAGUAACAUUUAACUAUACAUCAAUAAAUUACUACAGCGGGCAAGUUAGAAUAAUGUACAUUUAUAAUGUUGCAUUUUAAUAUAUUUUUAGAACACAUUGAAAAAAAAAAACGGUAAAAUCACAGUUUUUUGAUAUGCACACCUUGCUUAAAUAUUGUUUUACUUCAUCUAUUAUCAUAGUUCUUCACUUCUUUCUGGCUAACAUUAGCAUUGUUCAUAGAAGUAGUGGAAAACUACACAAGUUGGAUGUGGAAAAGAUGUGCAUAUUGAUCAAAAGCAUUACAUGUUGUGAUCAUACCUAUCUAUUUUGUCAUGAUCCCUUAAAAUGUAUCUAUCAUGACAGAGAAUAAAACACUAAUGAAUAUUGAAUAUGCUAGAUUCCAGAAUACUGUGAUUUUUUUUUAUUGAUUACUGAAAUUUACUAUAAGGUUACCAACAACUUUUGUAAUUACCAAACUCUUAUACACUGAUUUCUAUUAGUGAUUUGCAUUCUGUACCCUAGUAUACUGUAUUUAACAACUGUAAUUGUAUUUUAUAAUACAACUAAAAUAUGAAAAUUUAUUGUCAGUUCAUUUCUUAGUGGGUUUUGUAAGAUUUAAACAUUUUUUAACAAUAUUUAAAAAUACAAUGUAACCUCUAUAAGGAACAACUAAGGAGAACAAUAGCCAUUAUUCUUAUAAUUGGAAUUUUAUAUUGACUGCUGUUAAAAGGUUUUGUUCGGUAGAGGAGGGUCCAUAAAUAAAGUUUUCAUUGUAUGUAUGUAUGUAUGUAUGUAUGUAUGUAUGUAUGUAUGUAUGUAUGUAUGUGUACACAGAAAAGUAAACACUUUUUAUCUUACGUUUUUACAUUCUGGAAUGCAACCAUGUGUUAAUGUUGUUUGUAUUAAUUGAUUAAACAUAAAGCAAAAAAAUAAUCAAGUUUUUUCUUUUUUAUAGCUCUUUAAACCAGAAGGCAGUAGUUUGGGUUUUAGUGUAGUUGGUUUAAGAAGUGAAGAAAAAGGAGAGCUUGGAAUAUUUGUUCAAGAAAUUCAGCUAAAUGGAAUUGCUGCACGGUAAGAUUUUCUUUGUAAAUAUGAUUUUACUUGGGUGAAAUAUAUAGUUUUAAUGUGGCAUAGUAUAUAGUUUUGGUUUAAAACUAAAAUGUAGGUUAAUUAAUUUUAAUUAAGACUUGUAGAACUAUAUAUUACUCGUGUAGAUGACUAGUUUUACAACUUGGAAAUUGGUGAUUAAUUAUAUUCUAUCCAUAUUAUCCAAGUGUUAAAACAAUUAAACUGCAAUAGAUUUAUUUGUGCAUAUUUAGUCUAUUUUAGAUCCUAUAACUUUUUAGUCUCGCUAAUGACUAUAAUUAUGCUUUGAUGGUUUAGAUAUAUUUAAAAUUAUUUAUUAUUAUACUAGGCAUACUAAUUAAAGUUAUCUGAAAUUUUAAUGUACAAUGUACAUAAAUAUUAAUAACUUAAAAAAUUUAAUUAAUUUGGUGAAAUGAGAUAUGAAAAUAAAUUAUCUCAUUUGUAUUAUAAUAAAGUUAUGUAUAAUAUAAGCGCUCUCUUGUAUAAUAAAUUAUAUACCUACAUUUAACAUUAUUGUUUAUUGAUAAUACAAUUUAAGUUUUUGGUUGUUUAGCGAAAUGAUUUUUCCUAUAUUUGUUAAAUUAUAAAUUUGUUAGGUUUAUUGUGUGAAGAACAUUUAUAUUACUCAACUAAAAAACUAUUAGAGCUUAGAAAUAUUUAACAAUAAUUUUUAUUUUAAUAAAAUGCUUUAAAUUCAUCAAUCAAUCAUUAUCAAAAGGCAUUAUGGCACGUAUUAGUAUUCGUUUACAUAACAGAUUAUUAUACAAAUAUAAUUAAGUAAAAACAAAACAUGCUAUAGAAAUUCAACGACAUUUUACAGUAGGUAUGUAAAAUAAUACAAACAUAUAUCAUUUUACCAAUUAUAUUUUCAUCAAAAUAAUAAUAAUAAUUGAGUUUUCGACAAUAUGUUAAUUUAUAUAUUUUAUUUGAUUUUUUUUAGAAUACAGUAUAGAAAUACUAGUAUUUAAUAGUCGAAUACAAAUUAUUUAAAUUAUAAUAUCAAAUUUGAAUGAAAGUUUUGUCUAUGAAUUAUGUAUAAAUGUAUAAAUAAUAAUAUUAUUUUAAUGAAAACAAUAAUGUUACAAAAAAAUAUUUACGUAUGUAGGUGAGUACUUAAAUUUAAUUAGGUAGGUUACCUACUAUUAUUAUUGGAGGAUAGGGAUUUAAACGAACACUUUGCUAUAGGGACUAAACAAUGUCGAACGUUUGAUAAACAAUAACAAUUUUAUCGUAACAAAUACUACGACGGUUUAUAAUUUUUACGGGGUUGGUAGCGCACGGAAAAAAAAAACAAAAAAACAAAAAAUAGGAACCACCGGCGCCGGCAUAUUUAUAGAUCUCCCGACUAGGCGGUAUACCCAGUACCCACAAAAGACACUUCACACGCAUGACGCAGGUCCUUGGUCGCGUUCAGUCCCUAGAGGGCGGGCAGGGGAGCCGGAGAGGUCACGGCGGCAAGUCGAGGCGACUGCCAGUCAUUCUCAUUACGCUUUUGCGCUCGCGUUCGAUCCGCUCGCGUUUUAUUCCCUUCCAUGAGAGCUUUCGAUUUUGUUUCCAAAUACAUAAUAAUAAUAAUAAUAAUAACAAUAUCAUUACGGGUGUUUACAUGUUUUAAACAAAAUGAGCUUGUACCGUAGAUUCAAACGUUCGUAGACGUAAGACCGCACGCGUAUUAUGCAUAACGAUAUUACAUACAUUUUAUUAAAAAUGCUAUUCGCGAGUAACGAUUUUUGUAAUUAUUGUUGUGAUAAUUAUUUGUCUACGUUCAAACCAAAACGGUGUACCGCUACAGUUGCAACAGACGAGCUUUUAACACGGCGACAGUCGGUAAGUCGUAGAAAAAGUGCAUUGCGAAAUAAUACCCAGGUAUAUUAAAAAUAAUUUUAAGUACUGGGCACUUCGUGUUGGGUUUUGCGUGUAUUAUAUAAUCUAGAUAUUAUUAGAUUUAUGACUGAAUAGUAAACCUAACCACCACAGAUUUACAUAUAUUUGCUUACUAUUAACAUUUAUAAUCAACAAGUUUGGUGGGUAUGUAGGUACCUACAUAAUAAUAUUUUAUACUUAUUGUUAUCUUGGAAAACAAAAAAAAUAUCUUUCGAAAUAUUAAUAUUAUUAUGUUAUUUGUAAACUUAUAGAAGUGUAGUGUAAUCUGCAAUAUAGUAUUUUAGAAUAGACACCUAUUUAGUAAAUUUGAGAUUUCGGUAAUGUAUAAUUAAUGUUUUUAACAAGUAUUCUUAUCUCAUAACAUCGAACAACAUUGGCAUUUAAUCAAAUGCCAAUAAUUUUGAAUUUCGUCUACGAAUUAGAAUUAUCGUUUAUAAUAUACUAAACUAAAGUGUUAGCCUCAGUAUUGUGUCGAUUCGAUAUACUAGGUUUUAAGAUAACUGUUCGGUUUUAAACAGUAGAGGUUCAUAGGAAGACGCGAUUUUUAUUUGUUGUAAUUUUGUACACACGUUGUUCCCGAAUUAUAUGAUUAGCAUCGUAGAACUAGGUCAGAUUUUAAAUUGAUUUAUAUAACAAUAAUCUUUCUUAAUUUCGGAAACUAUUCCAAUUACGUAUUUAAUAGUAUAAUUCAUAAUGUGAUAGUUUAUGCGAAAUGUAAAUAAUAUAAUAUAAUAGAUAACAAUAUUAUAGUACAAAUAAAUAUAAAUAAACUUAUAAUAUUAAGUACCUAUUUAAAAUACCACCAGUCUUUGAAAUCUACUUAAUUUAGCUACUCCCUAGUGUGUCGAAUUUUGGGCUUUUUUUGGGGGGGGGAGGUUUGCCCUUAUUCCUGGCAAUACUUUUUUUUCGACAAACAUUAACGUAGCUUCAUCACCAACUCAUACCUGAUUAUAAUACACCUUAAAACCUUACAAGUGGUAAUUUUCUUGUAAAAAAAAAAUCUUAGGAUUGCUGCUCAGAUUUUCGAUUAUAAUAAAAUCCGUAACACCCGUCAGAUCCAAACUCUCUCCUCUCGGCUGAUUGCAGCCGAUCAGCAAUUAAUCGUCUCUCUUUUAGAUGGGUCACUGGAUGCUCCUGAUAUUCUUGGAAAAAUUUGUUUUAGAGUUCUCCCUCAUACUCUACUCGCAACCAAUCUCCGUUAUCUAUACCUAGCCACUCCACUUCCUUCGGUCAUAACCACCCACUCUCACACCGCAUGCUCAGAAACUAUAAUCCUUGAUCAACUUGUUUUGUAUUUAUUUCUUAUCAAUUGUAUUUAGCCCGAUUUAUAUUCUAUUAUGUUUUCAUUACUAAUCGUCCAUUUGUUAUAUGCUCCAUUUACUUUACUCUACAGUUCUUUUUUUUUUUUAUGUUUAGUUUUCUACGUUUAUGUUGUUUUUAUUGUCAAAUAAUUUUCGUCAUUCCCUUUGUAAAAGUUGUUUGGCGUUAACUUUUAAAAAAUAAAAUAACGUCAAACGUAAAGUACAAACGAUUUGACUGAAUAAAUUAAAACUAAUUUAACAUUUAAAUUUAUUGAGUAAUUUCUUUUAUCAGUUUAAUUAAUUUUUUAUAUUCGUAUAUUCGCAAUGUAUUCGUGUUAUACACAUAAACUUAAUUUUAUCAUUGUAUCAGUAGUCUCCAAUUAAUCCAUGAGAGAAAUUUUCAAAGCGGUAUUAAAAUAUUUCUUUAUUCGUCAACAAUAUUUUGCGAUACUUCAGUAAUGAAUAGAACUAAAACACAUAAUGUGGGGUUUACUCGUAUUUAAAUGGACAAAAAAAAGUCUCAAUUUUUUACGAACAACAAAAUAAAAUAAUAUCAAAGUUUGUCGUAUCCACACUGUAUUAUGGUUAAAUAUGAAACAUUAACAACAAUAAUACCCAUUUAUAACUGUACAAAUAAUUUGCUAACAAGUUGGUAGGUGCUUGACGCAAGUUUUAGAUACAUGAUUAUUUCAUUAGAGUUUAAAGCGUACCUAUAAUAAUGAUAAUAAUGUAAUAAUAUAAUAAAUUGCUACAGUAAUUAAAUCGAAUCUAGGAAAUCCAUAGGUAGGUACGUCGAAACAAAAAAAAAAAAAAAAUCAUACAAUGAUUCGUUUUUGUUUUUUUAAGUGUACUCAUUACACAGUGGUGGCUCUUUAAAGGGUUUCAUAAAAAAAAAAAGAAAAAAGUUUAAUAACUUUAUCGCAUAAAUCUUAUUGCGUGUGUGAGAAAAAAAAAAAGGUAAUAUUAUUAUAUUCGAUAGGUAGUAACGGAGAUAGAUACUGAAGUGUAAUUUAGUAAAACCUUGGUAAAUACCAUUAUAAUACGUUUCUGGGGGUUCGCGGAAAAUCCGAGUAGGUAUAGAGAAAAUCCGAGCAGCGUAAUAAUGAUUUACUGGUACUGCGGACAAUGAUAAUUCUCAGUCCGUAGAGACAAAAGUAAAAUAAAAUAAUACGAGUACGCGAGAUGUCCGUGGAUUUCUCCCGACCGGAUUGAAAGUAACGGUGUACACGGGAUGAUAGAUAUUAUUUUUAAAAUCACGAAUCAUCGUCCGUCCGGUAUCCGCCGGUUUUAUGGCGCUUUUGAUACAAUUGACACUGGAUCAGUGGCGGAUCCGGGAUUUAAAUUACGUGUGAGACGGGGGGGGGGGGAGAGAUUUUUAAAAUGCACAAUGUAAGGCACGCGUUAACGGCGGACGAACUCUCAACGGUGAAUCGAGGCGUUUUAGAGUGUGUCGGAGAGUGAACGGGGACGGUGAGCCGUCGCCACUCGCCCCUGGAUCCGCCGCCACUGUUCUAAAUGUCUCCAGUUAUUAAUUACGCGGACCCGAACAAAUAGCGUACGUAUUUGAAACUGCACUGGCCUCCGGGUGAGGGUGUAGGGAUCGGCGAACACCCGUCGGUUUGCCGUUUCAAGAAAAUCCGAAUCGUCAAUAUAUUGCGUUCAAGCGAUGCCUAACGGUUUGUACGCGCCUAACAUAAUAAAUACGUUACGCGUCCACUGCCAACUAGAAGACCAUUUCGCCGACAGGUGUUUCGUUAUUGUCAACUAUUUCGGGGUCCGUUUUAUUUUUAUAAAUCCCGCGCGUUACACGUUUGCGCGGUUCGCGCUGAAUUCCGGAGAGUCGAGUGGUCUUGUCCACCGAUGCGGCGCAAUGACGGUUUAUCGCGAUAACCGCGAUUGUAAUGUUUUUAUCGCGGCCCCAUCGACAUCGCGACUCCCCGCGCCGACAAAAUAUUGAUUAAUCCUACGCAAACACGCGUAUUCCGCGCGUUUAAAUAUUUAUUUAUAACUUCGAGCGGAGUCCACUGGCAAUGGAUUUUCGCCAAAGCGCGCGACCGAUUCCCGCGGCCGAUAAUCCGCAUUUCCAUUUGUUCCCGGCACGAUUGAUCGGCCGGACCGACCGCCGUGUUUUCGAUGCGAUGACGCGUCCCCGUGCGGUACGGCCGACGGUUUUCGGUUUUUUUUUUUUUUUCCGUAUCUGUCGGUCUACAAACGGCCCAAAUCGAUAAUCGUCAGUAAAAGCUGGUGGUACGUGUCUGGCUCUACAGACCCUACGGAACCCCUAAACCAAAGUGCGAAUCCCCGACCAAUACCCGUAUGACGGCCACAACGAAAUGAAUACGACGUUUACUUUACGUAGACGUUUUUAGGCUUGGACGCACAUGCGAGUCAGUCGCCGCCGCGGUGUCGAUUCGAAACGUUUUCCGUUCGUUACGGUAAUGUCCGCGAAACGCACGUACCAUUAAGCGUGUGUGUUUUCGGGAUUUUUUUUUUUUUUUUUCAAACGGUACUCGGUUUUUGUUUCGUACCCCACUAAUAAUUUUAUUGAUAAAAUCUCAAUCAUACUCUCGACCGAAUGUAAUACAUGUAUGCAGAAUAACGUUUUUCGCCCGCAUCGUCCCAAAUUAUGAAAGUCCCGUUUGAAGAAUUAGUAAGGUGUACACUGUUGGUUUUAAACGUUUACAAAUAAAUGGACAAAUUGUAGGUUACGUCUUUGAAUGAUUUUCUACUAAGCCGUCAAAAUGACCGAUGGACAUUUUUAAGUCAACCCUAGUGGCCCUGUUGUUAAUCUAUACAGCGUGGUGUCCCUUGAAGGUAAUCCGCCCGUUGUACCAUUUCCGAAUACAAUAAUGACAAUCAAGUUUUGUUUUUAUGUUUUGAUUAUUUAUUUACCCAAACACUAAAUUGGUACGUUAAAUCAUUUAUAUGAACACUAAACAUAAUUACUACGGACAUAUAGUAUACAUAUUAUGUAAUUUUAAUUAGAUAUUGAAAGGAACAAUAAAUCAUUAUACAAUGCGAAAUACGAUUUCAAACAGAGUUCUGUAUUAUAAUGUAUCCUUAGUACAAUUGAAAAUUAAAAACACACGUGUUGUAAUUUCCAACAGUUUUUUUGUGGGCACGCUCUAUGAAAAUGUUUGAGGAAUUGAAAAAUGAACUUUUAAAACGGUAUUUGUAUUCAGGAUCGUAUGAAACCUGGGUUAUUAAAAAAAAAAAAACUACAAAUUUUGGUUUUUUGGGUAAAAUCUUAAAAAAACCAAAAAUACCUAACAUUGGUUUUUUUUAUAGAAUAUAAUAGGGUUGGAUAAAUGGGAUUUUGUUUUUAAAAAAUUCGUUUCGGCUCAUAAUAAUAUUCUCAAAAAAAAAAAAAAAAAAAAUGAAUACUACUUUGUUUAUACCUAUUUAUAUUUAGUUACACCAAAACUAUUUAUCUGCAAUUACUUUUUAUUUUAUAGUUCUAGAGCUUUAUUUAAAUAUUAAUCAAAAAAAUAUGAAAUAUUUGAAUAGAAUUUUUUUCAAAAACAUUUAUGUAAUGAUUAAAAAUGUCCAUAUAAUUGUAGAAUGGGUUUUUUUUGGGGUGGUUGGGUUAGUUUUUUUACAUGUGUUUAAUUGUAGCUGUAAAAUCAGUGAUAAUUGUAAAUAAUCAGUGUACAUAAAAAGAAGAUAGUUUUUAGAAAAAUAUGUUUACUGCAUAUAAUUAAAUAAGUAUUAUUGUACUUGUCUUGAAAUUAUAUAAUUUGACUACAUAAAUUGCAUAAAAUAAGAUGUUUAAAAUUUAAAAAUCAACGUAUUUUAACUCAAUCAUAUCUAACAUAUUUCUCACUUGUGUUCCACUAAAUAAUACUUUAUACUAUUUUGUGCAUUGGUGCUGUAGCCAGGAAUUUUUUUAAGGGGGUGUUUUUGUUUUGUGUUUAGAUGUAAGUUUGUCACUUUAUUGUGUGAAUCUGAUAUGUGAAACACAUAACAUAUACUUAAUAAUUAUCUAUUAGUAACACAACACAUAUUGUAAAAAUAUUAUGCAUAAUUGCAUGUAGUUAAAAUUAUAAUUUUGGCAUAAUUAUGGUCAAGGGAGCCGUAACACCAAAAUAUCUCGCUCGCUAAGUCAUUAAAUUUGUAUCUAUGUGUAUUUAAGAAUAUUUUAUGAUGGAAAAAUAUUAAAAAUAUUAUAAUCUAGUAAUUUUAUCAUUUAAAAAACAUUCAAUAAAAAAACCAAAUUAAAUGAUAUCAGAUAAUAUUUCUAUUUUUUUUUUUGUUAUUAUUAUUGAAUUAAUUUAAUUUAUAUAUAUAUAUACAUUAUAUUAAUACAUAUAUAAUAGAUGUAAAUUAAUUUAUUGAACACAAUUAUUUAAAAUUGCUAUAUAACAGGCAUUAUUAUGACUACCUACUAAUUGAAAUACAGUGUAGUUAUGUGUUAAGUUUUCCUAUACAGUUGUCAAAAUAAAAAAAAGAUGACAAAAUUAAUAACAACAAUUGGAUGAACUUUAUGUAUUUAAGAUUUAUAAGAAAAAUACAUUUAUAUUAUAUUUUUAAAUAAUUUAUUCAACACAAUGAUUGUAUAGUGUUCAUAUUGUAUUGAUUAUUAAAAACUGCACAUCUACCGGGAACAAUAUUUAUUAUAUUUGAGUUACAUAAACUAAUAUUGGUUUGUGCCAUCUGUUGUCAUCCACAUUUUUUUUUUACACAAGUAUAAGACAUUCAACUAGAUUCAACUUGGGUGCAAUAACUGAUAAACCAUGUUAUCCAAUAUAAUAAUUCAGAUAAUAAUUUGUAUUGUAUUUUUUUUUUUAUUCCACUUUGAAAAUAUAUUCAUAUUAAAAAUUUUAUAAAAUGAAUUAUAAAUUAUUAAUAAUACACUGUGUUUUUGUUACUAAAUAAUAAGUCACUCUUAUAAUUAAAUCUAUAUUUUAUUUUAAAAACAAAUUUGGGUUUGUUGUGUAAAAAAAAAAAAAAAACAUUCAAAAGAAGAAAAUAAAAUUAUAUUGUUUCUGUUUAACCAAUUAUUUAUUAAUAAUGAUGCACCUGCAGUUUUAAUAUGAAUGAAUAAUUUUAUAGUUGAUUCAAUAUUUAAUGACUUGCUUUUAUCUAAUUUGUGUAUUGUAAUUUAAAUUAAAUUUUUGAAAAUGUAGAGAAGGAGGGCUUCAUGAAGGUGACCAGAUUAUUGCCAUUGAUGGCCAACCAUUGGACACAAAUGUGUCCCACCAGCAAGCUAUUGGAAUACUGCAACAGGCCCGUGGGCUUGUUCAGUUGGUCGUAGCGCGCCCUCUAACACCACCUCCUUUACCAACAUCACAGCCUUCCAGUAACAUGGUAAAGUUGUUUUUUUCUUGUUAUUACUUAUGAAAUCAAUUUAAUUAGUUUAUACUUAAACCAUUUUAACUUGUUACUAACAUAUUAAAAAUAUAUAUAUAUACAUUUUUUUUUUUGUAACAAUAAUAAUAUAUUAUUUGUUAUAGUUGAACACUGAAUGGGCUCAAGUUGAAGUAAUUGAGCUUCUCAAUGAUGGAUCUGGGUUAGGAUUUGGCAUAAUUGGUGGUCGCAGCACUGGUGUGGUUGUUAAAACUAUACUUCCUGGAGGAGUUGCUGAUAGAGUAUAUUAAAAUUUAAAAAAAUUUAAGAUAUAAUUUAAAUAUUAAAUCUAAUUAUUACAUAUAGGAUGGAAGAUUACAAAGCGGUGACCAUAUAUUACAAAUAGGUGAAGUAAAUUUAAGAGGUAUGGGAAGUGAACAGGUUGCUGCAGUACUUCGACAAUCUGGAAGUCAAGUGCGUUUGGUUGUUGCUCGACCAAUAGAAUCCAGUGCAAUUGAUAUAAUUCAAGUAUAUUGUUUUAUAUUUAUUAUGAUUGAAGUUUUACAAUUGCAUUAUUUGUUGAAUAAAAUAAUUUAGUUCAAUUUACAUAAAUACAUUAUAUCAUUCUUUUAUAAUAGAGAUAUAUUAUUCCUAUUUUUUCUUAUUAGUCUUGACUAUGUGUAUACAAAAUAACUAUGAAAUUAAUAUUUGUUUCUUAUAAAAAUAAAUUUCAAAAUAAGGCCAAUAUAACCAAAUUAGUUAAUACCUAUUAUGGUUAUUUUAACAGUUAAAUAAUCAUUAUUAUUUUGUAGAAUAUGAGUUGUACUGCUCCAAUUGUUCCAACAAAAAUGUUAGGGGAUGCAGAAGAGCUUGAUCGUCAUUUAGUCCAGCAUGGUUAUCCUGAAGUUGCAACAUAUUCUUCUGAUUAUUUUUUCCAAAAUAUUUCAAAUGUAAAUAAAUUAAAAUAAUACAUUAUUAUCAUAUUAUAUUUAUAAAAUUUAUUUAAUUUUGGUUUAGGAAAACAAUUUACUAAUUAAUGAUAAUAUAAUACCGGCUUCGUUGCCUCCUAUUACUAUGGAUAUGGUACCUCCAGAUAGUAUAACAACUUUUCCAGAAACAGAUUCAUUUACUGUCCAGUUAAAGAAAGAUACACAUGGUUUAGGAAUAACUAUAGCAGGAUAUGUUUGUGAAAAAGGUUAGUUUCCCUUUUUAAGGAUUUCAUGUUUAAACAUUUAACAUUUUGAUACAUUGUUAUUAAUGUUUUUAAAUAUUUAGAAGAAUUAUCUGGAAUAUUUGUAAAAAGUAUCAGUGAGGGUAGUGCUGCUGAUUUAUGCAAAAAAAUUCAAGUGAAUGAUCGUAUUGUUGAAGUUGAUGGAACUUCUUUGCAAGGAUUCACCAAUCAUGAAGCAGUUGAAGUUUUGAGAUCCACUCAACAAAUGGUAACAUUACGUUUAGAACGCUAUCUUCGUGGUCCUAAGUUUGAGCAGCUACAAGUAGCCAUUGCUGCAUCUGAAAUGAAACCAAGUACAAAUAGUGCAACUGCAUCACCCUCUAUAAUGUCUUUACCUAGAUUUCCAAUUACAGUGAGUUUGACUUAUACCAAUCAUACUAAUCAUAAUUUUAUUAAAUAUUUAAAUAUAUUUAAGGAUGGUGAAAGUACCGUGGAAAUUGAAAAAGAAGGUGAAUCAGGAGCAACAGUAGAGGCUGAUGUGCUGGAUGAAGAGGAAGAUGAAUUGGUAGAAGAAACUGAUUCUACUGAAAAUAUUUUAUUUGAUGAAGAACUAAAACCGGAAGCAAUAAAAAAAAUUAAAAACAAAUGGAAUGGAAUUGUGGGAAAUAAUGUUGAAAUUAUUGUAAGUUGGUUGAAUUAUUUUUCUAAUUAAAUUAAAAAUGAUUUUUUAAAUUAAGUUGUGCAUUUUUAUAUUUAGGUUGGUCAGUUAAAAAAAUUUAGUGAAGGUGGUGGUCUAGGUAUAAGUUUAGAAGGCACUGUAGAUGUAGAAAAUGGCAUGGAAGUAAGACCACAUCAUUACAUACGAUCUGUUCUACCCGAAGGGCCUGUGGGAAAAAAUGCGAGUCUUCAAUCAGGUGAUGAGUUACUUGAAGUAAACGGCCACAGAUUGUUGGGAAGAAAUCAUAUGGAAGUAGUUGCUAUACUGAAAGAGUUGCCUAUUAAUGUUAGAAUGAUUUGUGCUCGACGUACAGAUGAACAACAAUUGCCUCACCAUUAUCUUACUGAUAUAACAGAAGAUCGUGCUGCUUUUGCAGCUAAAGUAAGAAAAAUAUAUCAAUAAUUAUUUUGAAAUGUUAAGUACUAUAUUUCUUUGUUUUAUUUAUAGAAUGCAUUAGGCGGUAGUCUUCAAAAUUUAAUGCCGGCUACUGAUCGCUUAGUGAAGGCAAAGUCAGAUGGAUCACUAGCUAGUACUGGAACAGCAGGAUGUUCAGAUUCUAGUAGAUUACGUUCUCGAUCUCUAGAACCUCUCACAGGAUUAGCCAUGUGGUCUUCACAGCCUCAACUUAUCGAGCUUAUGAAAGGAGAACGUGGCCUUGGGUUUUCAAUUUUAGAUUACCAAGUAUGUUCUUUAGUUAGAAAAUUAAUACAUCCUUUCUUUGUAUAUUAUGAUGUUUAUUAUGAUUUAUAGGAUCCUAUGAAUCCAAGUGAAACAGUUAUUGUUAUUCGUUCAUUGGUACCAGGCGGAGUAGCUCAAAAUGAUGGGCGUUUAAUACCAGGAGAUCGUUUACUUCGAGUUAAUGAUAUAUGUUUAGAGAACGCAUCAUUAGAUCAAGCUGUACAGGCUUUGAAAGGUGCUCCUAAAGGAGUAGUUCAUAUUGCUGUUGCCAAGCCACUGCCCAUACCAGAUAGUAGCAGUCAGGUGAGUUCACCAUCAGAUCAGGCACGCGCAGAUGAAUCUUUUACGCAACGUCGUGGCGAAUUCUACAAUGAUGUCGACCAGGAGUCAUCUGUACAACAGUUGGCGUCUAAUCUGCUCAAAUCGGAGAGCUUCUGACUCAAUGAUAUUCCUUAAUAGUUGUGGCGAUAUAAAAUUUCUUUAUUAAGUUUAGUAAAUAUAUUUCAUUUUUUUAAAAUUAUCCUUUUAAAUAAGGAGAACCAAAUUAUUAUUUUAAUAUAAUCAUUCCUUUUUCUCAUAUCGCCACAAUUUAACCGUCCAUUUUUAUUUCAUUUAACCAUUUAAAUGAUCAUAAAUUAGUUGUAGUUAGAAAUUUAUUGUAGUUAAAAAUUGUUUAUAGUUAAAAUAAUAUGAAGAAAUGCAUUGAGCGUUAUUCCAUUGGGAAGACUAGGAAAGAAAGAAGAAUAUUCUAUUAAAUACAUCAUAAUAUAUUAUAUUGUUUUAUGAAUGAAUGUGAAAGAGACAGACAGAUGGUUAGAUGGUAAAGAGAGGUAUAAUGAUUACUGAGAUGUGAUAAAUAAAUGAUGUGGGAAACAGAGUUGAGUGGAGAUUCAAGACUAAAGGGGUAAACCCUAAAUAGAUGGAAGAAGAGGCGAGGGAGAAGAAAAAAAGAUAAUAUUUAUUAAUUAUUUUUUAAAUUUCUAUGAGCACUUUUGCAUUUCUUCAUUCUUCUUCGCAUUUCAAAACUAUACAAAUCACUUAAUCAAUUUUACUUUUGUUUAUUCUCAUAAACUUUUAAUGUGCCUUAUUAAUUGAUAAUAAUAUAAACAAAGUAUUUAAAACAUUAUUGGAAUAUUAAUAUUAAGUUAAACAUUUGGGUGUUUGGUUUAUUCUUUUGGAUAAGAUGCAUUACAUACAUAAUAUUAUAUUUAUAUAUAUAUGGAUAGAAUUUUUUAUUUAAUAUUCCAACACUCAUUUGUUUGAUAAUUUGUUAAGUUUUUGAAGUACACAUUUUUAAAUUAAGAAAUCAAUAUAUCAAAUUUUUAGUAUUUUUUUACAAGACAUUUUUCAUUUUAAACCUUUCUUAAGUGACAAUUUCUAUUUUCAAUUUAAAAUUAAGUACAUUUUGAUAUUAUAAUCAUUAUUGAAUAUUAAAUCAAUAGCUUAUUAAUUUUUAUUUGUUAAUCUUUGUAAGUUUAUUUAAAAUAAAUGAAGUAUUGGAAAAUAAAUAUAUAUAAUACCACUGAUUCCCUAAAAUAUUAUAAAAUAAAUAAAACUAUUGAAUUUUAAUAUGUAUAUUCUAAGAUUUGUUAAAAAUAAAUUUGCUUAAACAUAUGGAAUUCAAAAUCGAAAUUGGCAUUUAAGGAAUUUAUGAAUCCUAAAAAAAUGAUCUUGGGAAAAAAUCAUACAAAUAUAUAUAUAUAUAUAUAUAUAUAUUGAAUGGGUAUAGUAUUAUUUUUUUUUUAGAACUAUAUAAAAAUAGUUACUAAAAUUUGUCAAACAAAUGAAUGAAGGUGUCUUAUGGAAUAUUCCAUUUAUUUUUAUUAAUUAUAUAUAGCAUAUAUAUUUAUAUAUGUUAUAAUGUAUUGUAUAUUAUAUACAAAUAAAUUAUUUUAGUUAAAUUGUAGUUGAAGCGAAAAACACAACUGCCAAUCCAUGUCGCCGCUCGUAUACACUUUAGUAAAUUUUUUCUUUUUAAGUUUAGUAUAAUUAUUUAGAUAAAGAUUUCUUUCUUUUGUUAUAUUGUUUUUUUUUUAUUUUUAUUAAAUGCAACUUUUGGAAGAAAAUAAAAAUAAGAAUGCGUUUUUAUUAUUUGCACAAGUCGAUAAAAACACAAAUACUCUAAAACCGUGGUUACAUUGCCAUAGGUUUUUCAAAUAUCGUGCGAAAAUCAUACUUAAAUUAUUUCCCAAGAGGCAAUGUGGCUCAUGGAUGGCGCAUUUGUGUUUUUGUUGCUCUUUCCUAUGAAUUCUUUCUCCUAUAGUAAUGAUUUAUCAUUACAUCAUAAUUAUAUAACUUAUACACAUCUUAAAAUAUUUGAAUUGGAUUAUAAUAAUUUAAUAGAAAAAUGAUGCAUAAUACAAUAUUGAUAAUCAAUGAAAUGAGAAUGGUUCUAUGAAUUAUCUAUAGUUAAAGAGUUCCAUACUUCAGUUAUAUGUUUUUCUAGGAUGAUAGCUCAGAUGAAAAAAAAUUGAGUAUCAAUGAUGAAGAUGAUGGAGAUAGCUAUUCAAUGUACAGUUGUCCUGAAUCACCUCUUGUAUUUGAUGAUCCAAAGGCAAGUUUUAAAUUUGCCUAAGUUUGCUAUGUACCAUUUGUACUAUUAAAAAAUAAUUAUACAUUAAUUUCAUUCAAAAUAUAUGAAAAUAAAAUCUGAAUCAAAUCUCACAGACUUGUUAUUAUAAACAGAAAGCUGACGAGACUUUUAAUGAAAUAAGUUCAACGACCGAGACAGAUAAUAACGUAAUAGAUGUACAAGAGAUUAAACUCACCAAAGGCUCAUUACCUUUGGGCCUAUGUCUGCGUAGAUGUUCACUUAGUGAUAAUAUGGGUAUGGAAAUUGACAAUUUGUAUGGUGCUGCUGAACAAGAUCACAGACUUAAAAUUGGCGAUGUAAUAGUUUCUGUUAAUAAUGAAUCAUUGAAGUAUGUGUCACCUGCCCAAGUGAAGUCAAUUUUAUCUAGAGCUAAUCUACUAACAGGCCAUAUACCGUAAGUGAAGCCAUAUUAUUAAAAAACAAUAGUUUAUAAUCUGGUUAAUGGUUUAAUAAGAUUAUAUUCUAAUGAAAAUCAAUAUACCCCCUUUUUUUUAUUGUUCCUUAUACCAUUUCAGUAUACGUUAUGUACGUGCUGAAGCAGUUCAGAAUACCUGUAUAAUCCGAAGUAAAACUGUACCUAAUGUAACUUUGCGUACUCCAAGGUAAGUUUUUACUUUUUACACACUUGUAAUAUAAUGUACUAUAUAUAUGUUGGGUAAAUUACAAUACAUUUUAUUGUUUGUGGAUAUUGAUUCUAUAAAUUAUUGACUGCAUUUAAUUAUAAUGAGUACAUAGUUAGAAAGUUAUUUUCAUUGAACACAUUUUAAAAUCAAAAAAUACUAAAUUGUUUAAAUACAUAUUGAUUGUCAAAUAUAUCAAUACUAGCUGAUCCAGCUUUUACCUGUACAUAGUAUUGAAUAAAAAAAAACAUAUACAAAAUAAUUAAAACUGUAUUCCCUUGACUUCUUAAUAAUAAUCGUUAACAAUAAAUAAUUGUAAUCAUCAUAGUCAUUCAUUAUACGUGAGAUGGUUUAUUUUUAUUUGAAAUAUCUAGAGUAUGUAGAUUACUUAUUAGAUAACCCCCUGAUUACCCAAUAUAAACAUUGGGGCAAAAGAAAAAGCUUCAUUUUCAAUUACUUCAAAUGCUCAUAUCACCUCACCACCUAAAUUUACCCUAAACAAACAUGGAUUUUUUCAAUGGAAGAUGUUAUGUUACACACACACCACCAUUAGUGAAUUACAGUCAGUGCUUGUGGAAAAAAUUAACAGUAUACAUAUACACAAGGUAUAUUUUUAUUAAUACAUAUAUUGAUAGAUGAUUCCUAAUAAAGGCGAUUUUUACUAACUUAGUAUUUUUAAGGAAAAUUAUAUAAUAUUGUAAAGUAGUGAAAUACUAUACAAGUAUAUAUUAUCUACUGAGUUUAAUCAUUGAAUAUGUCCUUGGUGUAUAAUUAGGGUUUCCUGCAUAUAAAUUCAACUUGAGUUUCAAAAUUCAAAUUUAAAUCACUACCCUCUAGGGGAUUUUAGUUUUAAAAAAAAAAAAAAAUGGUAACUACCUAUAUGGCUUCCUAUAGAUAUUAUACAAUACUAUAUUAUUCUUUAAGCAUUCUAUGAACCCUGUUACAAAAAAUAAGGUUAACUUUAGCACAUUUGUGUAUAGUGUAUACCUUAAUGUAUUUUGAUUUUUUGUUAAAACCAAAACAAUAUCAAAUUCUUUUAAUUUUAAAUAAUACUUAUAUUAUUCAAUUUAGAUUGUAGGUACCAAUAAGUAUACUAAUUUUAAUUUAUAAAUAUUAAUAAAUGUUUUUAGUAAGGUAGCGUUUUAAAAUGGUUUCCCUAACAAUUAAUUAGGUUUAUACAAGAAUAUAUUUUACUGUGCAAUGAAUGAUUAUUACAAAAAGAAAUAAUUUGCUUUGUGUAACAUUUGAAACCUAUUAUUUAUAACAACUAAAAUAUUUACGAAUAUACAAUGUCUUCCUCAUUUUCUAUUAUGUUCUUUCAAUUACCUUGUACUUCAAUAAUUAUUUUAGUUUUAAAUGAAAUUGGCUGAUUUGUAUUCGUGCUUAGUUUAUACAUAAUUUUUAUUUUUGAUCAAUGCUUAUUGACUUUUUUAUUAUUAUUACUUUUUUUUUUUUCAUUUAAUAAAGGAUAUUGCCUGUCUAUUACAAGUGAGAAUGACCUAUAUUGGGAACUUAUAAAUUAUAUUGGUUUUAUUUCACAUUUUGUAGAUAGUAAUAUAUUUAUUUAGAUAUUUAAUACUAAUAUUAACACUACUAUUAUUGACCUUAAUAUUAUUUUUAUUCUUAUACCUACUAUCUGGAUGUAAAAGUAAAGAUCAAUUUAAAUUGUUAAAUUUGAUUGAUUUUCUUUUAUCUGAUAAUGAUAUUUCUUAAAUACUUAUAUGGUCCUAAAAAGAUUUUAUUUUUAAAACUUUUAGAUAUUAAUAAAAUAGAUAAAAUAAUAAAAUAUUAAACCUUUAUUUAGUGUCUUCUCCAUUAGUAUUAGUAUUAAAAUUUCAUAUUUGAUGAAAACAGUAUUUUUCUCAGUUUUUCAGUUUAUGGUCUUGUGUUCCAUGUCAAAUUGCAUGUGUUCAGAUUUUUACUAUUUUGGUUUAAAAUAUUCAAUAGGUAUCUAUUUUGUUAAGUCAUUCUUAGUAUAUCUACUUGUAGUUUAUACUAAAGUAGAUAACUAUGUACUUUCUAUGUUAAUAUCUUAAUAAUUUGGAUCUUCUAUUUCACUACAUACAUAAUUUUUUUCAAAAUAAACAAACACCUUUUUCUAAUUUAACUUUAAUUUAUUAUAGCUUAUAAUUUAAAAUAUUACAGAAGAACAGUUAGAGAGAAUAUUAGGUAGAGUAUAAAAUAGUGUUUAAGGAAACUUAGAGGGUUUGUGAUUAUAGUAAAAUUAAGAGAUGAUGAGAUAUGAUGAGAUAUGAUGUAUGGUGUAUGGUUGUAUGAGAAAUUAAGAACUAAGAAAGGUGAAAAAAAAUUUAUUGAUUGGCUAUGGUUAGAGAAAAAGUCUGGGGAUUAAGAGUAUUAAUGAAUGAUAAAGAUAUAAAAAAAACGUCCUAGAAUAAUGGGGACGGGUGCAGCCACUAUUAUAGAUUAUUUAAUAUAUACCUUUAAGUAACAAUAAACUAUUGCUUACGAAAAAAUGAUUCUGAGCGAAGUUCAGUUGAUAGUGAUGCUUUGUUAACAAUAUGUAUGUAAUUUUACAAUAAAAUAAUUAAAUAGACUUUAUAUAUUUUUUUUAAUAAUAAUUGCUUAAUUUUUUCUCAAUUUUCUACAUUUUUUUCCCUUUUUCCCAUGUUUUAUCCCGGUUUUUCAAAUUUGAUGAGAAAAUUCAUGAGAAAACCGAAAAUUUACCUGUUUUAAGUACCUCCUUAGUGAAAUUUCCAUUUAGAAACAUUGCUAUCAUCAAAAAUUGGAGCAAAAUUGUUGGUAGAAAAGUUGUGCACAGAAAAAAAAAAUAGUAAUAUUUUAGUAAUAUAUUACAUACAUUUUCCCAUUUAUUUUUGGUUUUUAAAAUUUUAUGAGAAAAAUCUUGAGAAAAUGGGUGGCUUUUAUAGAUUUACAGAUUCAUAUGACAGAGUACCGAGAGAGGUUCUAAUGUGUGGGUGUUAAUGACAAAAAGAGAUCCCAAUUUGUGUAUUAGUUUAAUAGAGGAUAUGUAUGAAGGUUCAAAUAAGAGUGUCAAAAGUUUAUAUGGAAUAACAGAAGAUUAUGGGAUUGGAGUGUGCAUCAGAAUUCGGAUUUAAGCCCUUAUUUAUUAUUUGUUAUCAUUUAUGAAGUUUCAAAUUAAAUUCAACGCAAUGUUUGCAAGGGAUAUUAGUUUUGAUAGGAGAAAAUUUGGAAGAAGUCAUCAAUAACAUUGAUAAAUGGAGAGUAUUACUUGAAAGAAAGGCAUUAAGAAUGAGUACAAGUUAAACAACGUGCAACUUACAUAGAGUAUGAGUUUGAAGAAAUAGGAUAAGAGAUUCACUGAAAAAAGAUGAGUAAUAACAAUAAGCAGAGAAGUAAUAGGCAAGAUUGAGAGUUUUGAGUAUCUAGGUUCUUUUGUAUAAAAGAAUAAUGACUUUGAUGAGGAUGUGAUACAUAGGAUUGAUUGUGGUUAGAUGAAGUGGAGAGAAGAGUAGAGUGUUUUAUUUGGCUAGAAAAUUCCAAUGAAACUUUAAGGUAAGUUAUACUAGAGUGGUGAGAUUAACUAAAUUUUAUGGUUUGGUGAGUUGGACUUUAGAAGAAAAAUAGAACAAAGAAAGAGUGUAGUAAAUGAGAGUACCUAGGAGGAUGAGCUGAGUGACAAGAAAAUAUAGGUCAAAGAAUAAGUUCUAUGUAUGUAAAAAGUAGCAUAGACGUAGCUUUGAUAGUUGAUAAAAUGAGAAAAAACAGACUUAGUUGGUUUGGGUAUGUCAUUAAAAAGGAGAAAUUAUAAGCAGUAAGAAUGACAAUGAAAAUAAAUGUAGGACGAAAUAAGGGAAGAGGAAGACCAAAAAAAGAGAUGAUUGGGACGAUCAGAAAUGGUAAGAGGACAAAACAGUGUAUAAAAUAAUGGUGUGGCAGAUCAGGUUAAGAGGAAGUUUAGAAUGAAGAUAGUUAAUCCUAAAUAGUUCAAAUAAAGAAGAAGAAAAAUAAGAGAAGAAUAUAGCUAAUAAUAAAUAAAAUAUAUCAAUAGGUUUAGGAUAACAUUUUUUCUAGAAAUAAAAAUUGUGUAUAUUUUAUGUGACACUGUUAAAAACAAAAUAUUUUUAUUUUUAUUUUUUUAUUGUUUUAUUAAUUGUUUUAACAUAUUUAUGUUUUUACUAUGGUAAUUAUAGUCAUUAAUAAAAAAAAAAAAAAAAUAUUUUUAGGUCUGUGUUAUAAAUUUACAAUAUUGUUGAUACCCUGGUUAUAGUGAUCUUUUUUUAAGAAUUAAGCACCCUCACAUUUAAAAUUAGCAGCUUUAAUAAUUAUUUUUAUUUUUAUCCAAAGUUGUAUUAAUUAUUAAAAUAAACAUGUGUAAUUAAAUGUAAUGAGAUUAUUAAAUAAUUAAAUAUUCUUAAUUUUGGAUUGCAUUAUUUUAGAUAAAAACAAAUUUUAAUUUUAAUUAUUACCUUUUUGAUUUUUUUUUUUUAUUAAAUAUUUUUAAUUAUGAUUAAUAUAUAUAUAUAUAUAACUUAGUAAACUUAGGAAGGUAUUAACUUUUUCCAGAAUUUAUUUUCUAGAAUAUUUAAGAAAUAAUUUAAUAUUUAUGUUAUUUUUUGUCAUUCUUAUUUUUAGAGGGAAAACCUCUACCUACUUUUGAUUUUCAAAUGGAAAAAAAUAUAUUUCAUAAACAGAUGGAGUAUUAUUUAAAAUAAAUUUUUGAUUUUCGUCAAUCCAUUGAAGAGAUAUUUCAUUUUUAAGUUUAGGUUGGGGGAGAGCGUUGGUGAAUGAUUAACACACCGCACGCCAUACCGCCACACAAAUGAUACUCCACUACAUUCCUCCAACCAAAACUUAAAAGUGGAAUAGCUCACCAAUGUAUUAGUAGAAAUCAAAAAUGUCAACAUUAAAAUUUAUUUUAACUAAUACUUCAUCUAUUUAUGGAAUUUUCAAUAUAGGUUGCCAUUUGAAAAUCAAAAGUAGGUUGUGGUUUUAAUCCCAAAAAUAAGGGUGACAAAAAAUAACAUAAAAAUGAAAUUAUUUUAGAAAACAAAUUCCUGAAAAAGUUAAUACUUUCCUAGACAACGAGUGUCUAACGAUAGAUUGAUCACCUUGUACAUAGAAUAUAAUUAAUUUUAUCAUAUGAUUUAUUUACUUUAGUUAAUAAAUAUUUAAUUAUUUUUUAAUAUGUAAUGUAUAUAAAUAUCACAUAUUAAUUAUAGUAGUAUUAUACAUUUAAACGUGUUGAUCUUAAAUUCAAAUAUUUACAAUUUUAAACGAUAUUUACCUAUAUAAUAUUUUAUUAAUAGGUCGCCAUAUAGUGGACUACAAGAUACUGAAGAUCGACUGAUCCGUAAGGGAUCUCACACAAAAGUUUCUAGAUCCAAGUUUAAUAAUCAACCUUCACAGUUGCCAAUAUCAACUAAAUCUAAAUCUGAAUGUAUUCUGUGUACAAAAUGUGAUUCAGUUCAGCGAACUAAAAGUUGGAAUGCUACUGUCGAUACUGAACCAAUAAAUGAUGUGAGUUUUGAAAAUGUUAUAAAUUAUUACAAAGUAUUCAAAACCAGCGACAAAUAUGUACGUUCAAAGUUUACCAGUGAUCAAUUCAUUAAAAAAUUAGACGAGAAAUUACGAGAAGAAACUGAUAAAUUUUCAAAAUUUUCUCAAAGUUUAUCCAUACCAUCAAAUUUAAACGAAGAAGAAAUUGACAAUCAAUUAAAAGCUAAAACUGAAGAACUUGAAAAACUCACCAAAGAAGAUAUUUCUUAUUCUUCUUUAGAUAAAAAUGUGUUACGUUUGGGAAGUGCUGAAUUUGAAUCUUUUAAUGGUCCACCAACUCGUAUUUAUCGUUUUCCAAGUACAGGCAUUGGAUUAGACAGAAGUGAAAGAAGUGCAAUAACCAUGACUGUAUCUGGACAACAAUCAGCUUCCUCGCUGUUGGCCAAACAUUGGGGUCCUCAACGAGAAGUAACUGUACAGCGAGAUUCAAACAAUAGCUUAGGAAUUAGUAUUGUUGGAGGAAAAGUUAGAUAAAUAAUUAUUUUAAAUUUUAAAUCUGUUAUGUAAUAUAAUAUUUGUAUUUUAGGUAGAUUUCUAUAACAGUAUCAAUACAAAUAAUAAUGUGAUGGGGAUAUCAGGUAUAUUCAUAAAAAAUGUCCUUCCUCAAAGUCCUGCCGCUCAAGACAAUCAAUUAAAAGUAAAUAUUUUGUCUUAAAAAUAUUCUUAUGAAAUAAAAAUAAAAUGUAUUUAUUUACUAUUUUGUAACACUAAUAGACUGGCGAUAGGAUAUUAGAAGUAAAUGGAAUUGAUUUUCGACAUACUAAUCAUGAGCAAGCUGUUGCAGUUAUUCGUUCUGCUGGUAACCCAGUCAUUUUUCUUGUACAAUCUCUUAUAUACUGGGUAAGUUUUCAACAUUUAUUUUUAAAAUACAUUUUAAUUAUGAGUAUAUUUUGUUUAGUCUGAGGAUCAAUAUGAAAAAUCAAAAUCGCCUGCUGUCAUUGAAGAUUCAUUAAUGAAAUCACAUGAACCUAUUAAACCUAUUAAACCUGUCAAUAGUGUGAAGAAUGUAAAUAAAAAACUUACUCUAUUAUGAACAGUGCAAUUUAAAAUGUUUUUUAUGUUUUAGAGAAUUUCACAAUGGACACAGAAUAGUGAAGAUAAUGUUGUUGAUGACAGUUUAAAGUGUCGUAAAAAUUCUUUAGCCAGUAUUAAAGUUCUUACUUCAUUUAAUCGUCAAAAGUCUGUCAAAUCUAAUAAGAGUGAAGAUAGUGAAGAUGAUGAUGAUAAUAGAGAUAACGAAGGACGUAUUAGAAUUCAUACAGGACAAGAAGUAAGACAAUUAUAUUAAUAAGUUAGUGAGUAUACAGAUCUUGAAAAUUGUUGAUUUAGUUAUCAAAUUUAUACUUCUACCUUGCUAUUAUUUUAUUAAAAUAAAUCUGACAAGACAAUUAAUUAAUUAAAUUAUGAUGCAUAUACAAGGUGAUAAGUAUCAUAAACUUGCCAUUUUCUCAGUCAGUCUUCAUAAUUUUGCAUUAUUUUUUAAACCAUAUUUUAAUUAUUUGUAUAAAAUAAUUUUAUUUUUAUUUUCUUCACCUGUAUUGUUUUUUUAGUUUAACAUUUUUUUUUUAAAUUUUAUUUUCGAUAUAAAAACAAAUAUUUAAGUUAUUGAUGUGGAUAAAUAAAAUAUGAUGAUUCUAAUAUAAGUUUUAUCUAUGUUUAGAUUAUGAUUAUGCGAUCUAGUGCUGGUAAUGUUAAAAGAUCAAAAGCAGAAAUAGAUGCUGAUCCAGAACAAGAAGAUGAUUUUGGUUAUACAACAAGUGAGUAUAGUUUUAUGAAUUUAUUUUUUUUUUAGGAAUUGUUUAUCUUUAAAUCCUUACUAUAAUAUAUGCAAGUAUUAUUUAUUUACUAUUUGAAAAAUGUCCAAAAUUAAUUUGGGAGUUUAUUAUUAAACUUCAUAAGAAAAAGAGGAAGAACAAAUAAUGUAAACAGAAUUAAAUAUGUUAAGUCAAUGACAUGAUAUUUUAUACUUAUAUUGUUAUAUUGUGAAAUAUGACAAUAAAUUACGCUUUUAAAUAUUUAAAAUAAACAUAAGAUUAUAAUAGUUUACUAAUAGAAAAUAUUCAACACAUUUAUUGAGUUAUAUAUUAACCUAAGAAUUAUACUAGUACAAAUUCCAAAACAAUAUUUUUAUAUUGCCUUAUAGGUAAUAUAUUAUAUUUUUAUUAUUUUCUGACUCACUGUAAUAGAAUUUAAAGGUAUCAGGUUAGUCUAUUGUUAGUAUACAAAAAAAUAUUUUUAUGAUUAAAUCUAAAUUUGAAUGCUAAGAAAGAUUAGCUAGGUAUUUAAAUAUUAUAAUAAAAAUAAUAUAUUUUAGAAACGCUCAGUAAUUCUAAGUAAUACAAUUAUAAAAACAUUAAUCACCUAAGAGAGGAUUUCAAAAAGAAAGAAUAUUUUCUUAGAGAUAGUAAUGGGUCCUUAGGUAUUGCAGAUAAAGAUAUAGCCAAAUAAUGGGAAAGAUACUUUGAUGAACUACUGAACUGUGAAGAACCAGAAGAACUGUUCACUUUUGACCUAGAGAAUGUAAAUGUUCAAAUAUACUCAGAGUCAACUAUGAAGAAAAUAAUAGUAAACGUAAAGAAUCUAAAAAACAAUAAGUCUUUAAGCGAAGACAGUUUCCAAUCUAGCUGCUUAAAAAGGGGAAUAAGUGACAACAUGAUAGAUCUAGCAAGUGAUUAAAAAUUAUAGAUAAUAAAAUUUCUGGAAGAUUGGAAAACUGCUCUAGUCUGUCUAAUACAUUAAAAAAAUGUGAUAAACGAGACCUAAACAACUGCCGGGGGUUAACCCUACUGAUUGUGGUGUACAAAGUAUUCUUUAUGUUGUAACUAGAAUAAAGGAAAAGUUGAGCAAACAUUUUGGGAGCAUUGAGGUGAUUUUAGGUCGAGAAGAUCAAUGAUGAACCAAAUUUUUAUUAUUAGAUAGCUAUAUCAGAAGACAUGGGAAUUUGAUAAGAAGAUACAUAUGUUAUUUGUUGACUUCAAAAAACCGUGUGACAGUAUUCACAGGGAGAGUCUCAUAAAUAUCUUGAAAGAGUUCAAAUUUCCACAGAAAUUGAUCAAUAAAGUCUCAUUCAACAUCAUUGAAACUGUGACUAAAAUCAAAGUCUGAAACAUGAAGUCAAAUUCAUUUACAGUAGUGUCUGGCUUAAGACAAGAUGAUUCAUGUCGCCCAUCCUGUUCAACCUGUUUUUGGAAAUAGUAAUAAGAGAGAUGAGAAUUGAACCUCACGAAGAAAUACUAAUCCGAGACUUAGCUGUUAACUAGUUGGUAUAUGCAGAUGAUAUAGUGCUGAUGGAAGAAUCACAAGCCUGGUACUAUGGCUUUUCAAAAGACUCAAUGGCGCUGCACAGAAGUUAGGAGUACACAUCAAUAAAUAGAAAAUAAAACUGAAUAUAGGAUUGUUGGAAGACAAGAUUGGACAGAUUAUGAAUCAUGGAAAAGAACCAAUUUGAAUUUAUGAAGGUAGAUCACUUUGAAUAUCUUGGCACAGUUGUAAGUGAAAAAAAUGAUACCACAAAAGGAGUAGCCGUGAGAAUUCAAGCAGACAAUAAGGCCUACUAUGGACUGGUGUUGCUAUUAAAUACAAUAUUGUUACAAAAAGAGAUAAAAAAACAACUAUUUCCACCCUGAUACAACCUGUAAUAUUGUUGGAAACGAGAUUUUUGGGAAAAUAAGAAGCUACAAAAAAUGUAUAACGAAAAUAACGUAGUAGAGACUAUUAAGAAAAGAAUACUGCGCUGGACAGGAAAUGCAGUGAGAAGUACAAAAUUCUCAAUUAUAAGUGGUGUUGGAACAGAACUGGUAGGGAAAAGACCCUCAAAGAGACCAAGGUUAUAGUGGGAAGAUUCAGUUAGGAAGCACAUAGAGCCGUUAAAAGCUAAUAAAAUUGGAAAGCUCUGGUAAUGAAUAGAGAUGGUUGAAGAAUUGGUUGUGAGAUGGUCCUAGUAGCCAGAUAACCCCUCCUCCCUAUAGGGAGGCCCCCCAAAAAAAUACACAUACAUAACUUCAAUUAAUGCCUAUAGACUAUAGAAUAUUUGUAAUUAAAAUAUAAUUAGUUGGUUUUUAAAUAUCAGUUUUUUUAAACAUUAAAAUACUAAAAGAAAAUACAUAUUUAUUAAUAUUAUGUAAAAAUAAGAACUUGAAAGUCUUUUAAAAAACAUUAUUUUUAUUGUAAUUACAUUAAUGUUUUUGGCAAAUCAGUGAAUACAUAAAUUACUCUUGAGAGUGUAAACAAGACUAUAUUAUAUUGAGAUAUUUUUAAAUAAAAUAAAUCUUGUAAGGUGUUAAAAAUUUGACAAUUAUAUAUUCUUGUUAGAAAGUAUUUUCAUAAUUCUUAUACAUAUUAAUAUAUUAAUUAUACUAUCUAAUACAAAUAAAUUAAAAUCCAUACUGGCCAUAGUUUAUGUGCUAUUGAAUGUAUACAUUUAAGAAAUAAUGAGUUAAUUACUCAUUAUAUAUUUUUGAAAUUUAAUGUAUAUUACAUAAUUUAAUUAUUAUACUGGUAUAAAAAUAUAUUAUUUAGUUGCAUGAGAAAUAAAAAAAACUAAAGAACUAAAACACUUUUUCAAUAAUCGGGAAAAAAAACUUAUGAAAAACUAGAAAAUGUAUGAAAAGAAUGCUUUUAUUAUUUUUAAUUUUGUUUUUUUGUUGUAAUUUAGUUAAAAAUGAAACUUGACAUUGUGAGAGAAAUUUUGUAUUUACCUUUUCUAGACGCUGUAAUGUUCUCAAAACAUUUGAGCAAUUUUUAGGUUAUUUAUAAUCAUUUUAAUUUUACAAGUUUUUUACAUAAUUUUUAUUUGAUAGGUACUCUGUAGAUAAAAUUGUUAGACCAAACAGAAUUGCUUAAAAAUUUAACAGGUACAUGAUAUGUCGUACUUGGUAGUUACAAAAAAAAAAAACUAGAUAAAUGUAUUUUUUUUUUUUAAUAGAAUUUUAAUUUCAAAUUUUGACGAAAGUUGUAAAUAUUAUGUGGCCUUUCAAAACACAUAUAACCAAACUUCUUUCUCCGAAUCGUUUUUCGUUAGCAAUGCUUUAUUGUUGCGUUCAGAUAUAAAUUAAAUUCCCUUAUAUAUCUUAUUACCUUCCCAACUUCAUACCUACAACAGUCAACAGACGUGCGAAGCAUGUUCGUUUUUUUAAACUUCAAACUAUCACCACCGUUUCUCUUGGUUAUCACAGCGGUAGAAUUAAUUUUUUGUAAAUUCGUUGAUUUCAUAUUUUGAUAAACUUAAAUUAAAAAUUGUAUAAAUUAGAACUACAAAAUAAAUUACUAUUGUCUGUGUUUUUUCGUCUUAAAUUGUUUAUGAAGCUUAAAAAGUUUUAUUUACAUAAAUUGGAAAAUCAUAAAUAUACGAUUUUCAUUAAAAUUUGAACUUUUAACCCUCCGAUAAAAAUAAAUAAAGCCACAUAAAAUAAACAAAAUAUCGCAAAUUUCUAAUAGCUAUAUAUAAAUAACACAAUCAGAUUAUUUCUGACAUAAUUGACUUUAGUAUUGUCACCACGUCAUGGAAGUUCCACUCAGAAUAUUCAAAUAUUACGGACCAUGGUUGUGUUAUAAUUUGAUCACUGUUUUAAUACAUACUGUAAAUAGGUUUUCCUCCGAUAACCAUUUACCUCAUUGUUCCAAAACCUCUUUGCAUUGAAUAACGUUCGUGGAAAAUUAUCCGGCAUCUUGUCUCUUCCAGUGUUCCACUCUUCUCAGUUUUCAUCGGGGAUCGCGUCGCGACUUGCGAGUGUUUGUGUGUGCGCGUAAUUAAAUUAUUCAGCCGGUUUUUUUCCGUGUCAAAGUUUGUUAUUAUAUUAUUUUUUCUUACCGAGCUCGGUGUCAAUUACACAAAAUUGAUCGAGGAAUUAAUUAAGUGUCAUUACGAUAAUCGUUGAUAAUUGUCAAAACAAAAGCGGCCCGCAAUGGUUGGCAUCGUCGGUCGUCGGUGAGUACUUAUUUUCUUUUACCGCGGUUUUUUGACAUUUCACUUAUGUGUUUAAUUAAUUACAUACAUAAUGCUGCGGUAAUUAUUAUUAUAAGUAUAUUAUUUUAUUCGUUUGAAUUUAUUCUAAAGUCACGUUUUUUGCACGAAACAAUAUUGCGCGUUGUCCACAAUAUUGAGAACUUGAUUUGUGAGUGUGUGGGGGGGGGGUGCUUCACUGAGUUUUUCGGGGCUAAUUUCCCCCUAUUCGCGUCGAUUUGUACUGGUAUGGAAAGAAAUGUAUGCACAGUUUUCAACGCUACGAAGUAUACGGUAUACAUAAUAUAUAUCUCGUUCAAUUGCCCACGUUUUUGCCCGGGUUUUCCCGACUUGCGGUAGUUGUUCGACGUGGGUACCUAUAGGUAGCUAUCAUAGAUAUAUAGUAUAUUAUAGUAGGUAUCAACGCUAGGAGUCUAUUUUUUCUGAAUAGUACCUUUACCGCGAAUCGAUUUUAUAGUUUACUCAGUCACAUAGGCACACAGUAGACGGCCGACAGUUUACGUCUAACUUACGUCCAUCAUCUUCCCAUUUUCAUGGAAAAAAAACCUUGAUUUUUCACUUCGGUGACUCGCCCGGUUUUAGGUACCGUUUAUUUUCGUGCGUUGUUUCGGUAACGGGCGAGUUCACCGUCCUAAUUUAAUGAAUUAUUACACGCCUGUAUAACAUCGGUUACCCAGCAAAAUCUCGCAAGUCGAUUUUAUUACAUUUAUGGAAAAAACUAUGGUCGACUUAAAAAGUUUACACAAAAAAAAGUUCAAAAUGUCCAACUUACGAAGUUUUGCUGGCUAGCCGACGAUAAGAGAAAUAUUGUAAUUAUUUAGACAACGCCAUUUAUAGUUCAUUAUUAAGUUAUAAGUACAUUAAUAAGUUAUCACCAAUAACAGUAAUAACCUAGGGACUACAUAAAUAUUAAACAUUUAAAAAUACAUUCAGCUAUAAAUAUUUAUACAAAUUAAUUAUGACGAAAAUGAGCUGGAUGUCACAUUGAUGGGUAGGUAAAUGUAGUGUUAGAGAUUAGGUACUAGUUAUUUCCGAGUGCAUAUAUCGUAGGUAUAGGUAGAUAAUAGGUAGUGUAAAUUUUAAGCAUGAAUUCGAUACAGAAUUUGUGUAUCCGUUUAUUACAUUCAUCAAUAUUAAUUUAACACGAUAUGUAUUAAUCACGUUUAGAAAAUAUUUAAAAAUAAUUAGCAAAUGCAUAAUUUAUGGAAAUAAUUAUCGUUGACAGUGUAUACCUGUCUAAAAAAAAAAAAAAACCUCAAUUAAAUCGUUUUAAAAGAGUAUUUUUAUUAUUAUUUUUUUUUUAUAUAUAACCGCAAAAUGCGUGAUUAAUUAUUUUUUCGUUCAGAUUACAAGCAGCUAUACGAUAUCGUCGAAGAAUUAUAAAUAGGUAGUUAAUAUUAUUUGAUCCGUCCAAAAUGUUGUAGUGUCAUCUCGAAUACUCAAAUUUUUAACGGUACUUGCCUGUAGAUAAUUACACCUUGACAGAAAGCAAUUCAUUAAAUUUGUCCGUAUAGUAUAUUUACAACACUUCUACACGGAAAGUAUAUUUUUCUUGUUCAGUAGUCAUAGGCAUGCAUAUCCCCUGGCUCCCUCAAUAGACUAUGAUUAAUUGUACAUUUUACACGCUAAUAGGUGCAGUUGAGUUCUUAGAAAUGUAUUCAAGGCGAUUCAGUAUGAUUUGACAAGUGAGUUACAGAAACUCUUGUUCUAUUUUGAAGUUCAAUUUGUUCAAAUGCGCUAGUACAAUUAAAACAUAAUUAUCUUUUUCUUUGAGGAGAGAAGAGGGAGCUCAAAAUAAUAAUAAAAAAAAACAUUUAAUUUUACUAAAAUAUGCAAAAUUGUUAUUUCGUAAAUUUGAUUUUUUUAAAAAAAAGUAAUUGGUGACCAUAGUCAUUAGUUUUACUAAGGUUUGUUUUUCGAUUAGUAAAAAUGCUCAGAUUUGUUCAUGCUGUAUCAUUGUAACUACAGUGGAACUUCGAUAAGUUUUUUGGACUUAUCAAGGUUUUUGACUUACUAAGGUUUUCGAGUUAUCAAGGUUUUAAGGGAAAAGUUUGACUUAAAGAGUUUUUAAAAUGUAUGUACUUAUUAGAAUAAUAGUUUCUAAUUAUUAUAUAUUUUAUAUGUACAAAUAAUUACAGUGUGUAUUACUACUAUUAUUAUUAUUGUAUUAAAAUUGUAGUUCUAAAAAAUUAUGAUAAAAAUGUUAUUAAAUAAUUAAUAUAAAUAAAACAAUUAUUAAAAAAAAAAAUAUAAUAAAAAAAUGUGUAUAGUGUUGUAACUUUAUAAUCGUUAAUUUGUUAUCUUAGUUUGACUUAUAGUUUGAGAGCACAUGCUAUUAUCAAUAGCAUUUUCUACUACAUUUCGAGUAGAGUACACUUUAUCGUGUACAUUAUUGAUAGUUGGUUUGAUUAUGCUGAAUGUAGUGACAAUAAACCGAACGAAAAAUACGAUAAUAAUCAAAAUACUAAAUACAAUAAACGCGAUUUGGUUAAAUUGUGGGACUAUAUUAUACAUUAAAAAAGUAAAAAAUAAAUUAACAUACUAUUAAAAGUAUCUAUAUACUACAUAAAAGUUUUACCGAGAACUAUCUAAAAAUCAAUUUUACACAAUACCUAGAUAUGAAUUAUUAUUAUUAUUAUUUUUAAAACUAGAAGAAUUAAAACAAAAUAUAUUUUAACCACCCGCUCCAUGCGUCCAAAAAACUAUAGUAAUUUAAUCAUAAUAACUAUUUAAAAAUAUAAAAAGGUGUUGUAAUGAAUCACUCUGUAGGUGUGUUUUAAGAUAAUAUACAUAAAAUGGUUGGUGUUGCUAAUGCAAAAUUUGCUUCUGGAUAUACUUUCGUUCAUUCUAGUUAGGAUUUUUAGUAUUUAUAAAAUUGAUUCGGAAAUUAAAAAAAUCCUGUGUGUUAUACAUAAUGUUCAAGAUUUUAAGAGUUUUUAUUCGUUUACACGAUACAUAUUUGAAUUAUAUUGGAUGAUCAACAUAACGCAAGGCACUAAUAGUCAUUAUUUUGAAAAUUAUUCAUUAUUUUCGGAAUUUGAUUUUAGACAAUUUAAAAAGUAAACGGUUACACUAUACCGUUAUUUUUCGCUACCCUUAUUAUUGUUAAUGAAACCUGUACUACCCAGGGGUGGAAAGGCCUAUCGAGAAAUCGGGAUUUUCCCGGUGGGCCUUCUCCCUCAUUGGUGAGCCCUUUAAUGGGAUCGUAGUAAUGAAACUAUUAAACUACUAGUUUAAAUAACGGAUCCAGGUAUAUGUAUAGUUCGUGUAAAAGACAAAAAAAAAGUCAACAAUAUUUUUUUAAAGUAUUUUAUUUAAAGGCCCUUUUUUUAAAUUUCCCGCUAGGUAAGAAUUGCCCUAUCCGCCACUGGUACUACCUAUAUUUGAUAUUUAAAUUGUAACUUCUAAAUUAAAUGUCCCAUAAAUAAAUGGCAUUUUAUUUUGGAUACAUUUUGGUAUUGGAGUUUUUAAUUUUUGGUAUAAUGAGUGUUUUUCGUAUGUUUAUGUUGAUCACCCUGUAUAGGUGCCCACGUAGUAAUAACCUCUAACCAUAAGUUCGAUUAUCGUAUGGUAAUAAUCAGGGUUUUACUGUAUAAUACGGUAUAAUAUAAAAUAUGUAUUAUACGUACAUGUAAAACCCUUAAUAUAAUAAAUAUUUUGUAGGUAGAACACUUAUAAAUACCGCAUUAAUUUCUACCAAAUAUACUUAUAAUACCUACAUAUUAUAUUUGAGCAAGUAAUAGGUGGGAGGGGGGUGGUUCAAAUAUAAAAUUAAACACCAAUUUAUUGAAGACUAUCGAUAAUUUAUCUGGAGGAAAAAAAAAUUAAAACGCAAUAGGUAGAAAAUCAGAAUACCAUCCGAUUUUUUGGUGAAAAGCUUAAGAUCCAUGGACCCCCUGUCUACAUGCCUGUAGGAUACACCUAUAUUAUAGCACUUUAGCUGUAUAUCUUAUAAAUUAAUCUAUUUUAAUAUGUUUAAUUUCGGGAUAAAGUUUUAUAUGCAUAUGCAGCUUGAAAUAAAAAUAUUGAAUAUCAAAUCGUAUUUCAAUUAAAUAUUAAGCACAAAACAAAUAUGUACCUACGUUUUAUACGAAUAUAUUUUUAUUUUUGAUAAUAAUCAAUAAGCUUGAUUCAAUAUAGGUAUAUUGGACUUACGAUAAUUUGUUUGAAUUGUUUGUUAAUUUUCUUAUUAAUUUAAACCUUACAUAUACAUAGUAUAGUACAUAAUAUUGUAUAAUUAAAGUAAAUUCGUGCUCGUUGAAACGUUGCAAAUUAUUAUUAUCCGAUGUUUGGAAACACUACUUUCACAGGACUUUGAAAAUAUUAUAUUUCGUUUUUUUAUUUAACGAUUAUUAUCAUGACGAUGACGUGCAGUAUCUCUUUGAAACGACGAUGUAUAAAUAUUAUGUUUAAAAAUCUUAUCAGCAGUCGCUCGUGUAUUCGAUAUUGUUAUUGUUCUGAUUAAUUAUAUUUUACAAAUAUUUUUUAAUCAGAAACUGACAUAAACAUGAUAUACUCUUCGUUAUAUUGUACAACAAUUAAUUUUAUUUAAUACUAAGAGAGAUGGUAUUAUUAAAAUAUUAUAUUGAACUGGUUUGACUUCUUAUUAUAUAGGUAGGUACACGUUUCAACCGUGUUCUAUUUUUUUUAAUGAUUUUGUAUAGUAUCACUCGAAUAAAUUAUAAUAAUAUAUUGUGUUCGACCGUUUUAAAUUAUUGUUAUGAUGUGUACCGUAAAUAAUGUAAUAGAUUAGGUGUACCAAAUAAUUUGGAAACUCGUUAGAUAAUAUAAUUUUAAUAUAAUAUUAUGUGAAUUCUUGGUGGACAUAAACCGUUUAAAAUUUAAAUAAUCGAAAGAAAAUAAUUGUAGAUACUAUCGUGUGCAACUUUACGUGUUGUAACUUCAUCAAAAAUACCAUAUUUAUUCAUAACUUUUUUUGGAAAUACUUCUAUAAGGUACCACAUCAAUAAUAGUAAUAAAUUAAUUUUAUGUAUCUAUACAGUGUUUUUUAAAAUAAGAACUAUAAAAACUGAGCAAUUUUUAAAAAAUAUGUAAAAUGUUUGAAAUAAGGAGAGUGAUUUAGUGAUGACGAUAAAAACUCUUGGAGAGUAAUAGAGUCCGAAAAGAAGAGAGAGAGAGAGAGAGAGAGAGAGAGAGAUAAUAAGUGAUAAAAUUGUUUUGAUUUGGCACGAAAGGGUUAACUUUAGGAAAUAGUAUAAAAAUAUAAUUUAUUUAGGAAAUGAUAAGUUCUUCGAUAAAGUACCAAUAACUACGAGUAAACGUUUCAAUUUUUAAGUACAUCGGCUUGUUUUUAAAUUGUGAGUGCGUACCUUUUGUAGUUUCAUUAUAAGAUAUGUUCUUUAUAUCUUGUAAAACAUUUUUUCGGUUAGUAAAAUUAAAUGGAUUUUUUCAUACCACACCUUCUAGCAUAAGAUGAAAACUUUUUGUCCCGUGAUACUCUAUUUAAAUAAAAUAUCUAAAUUCCUAACCAUUUUUCUAGACAAUUUAAAAAUCUGCUAACAAAUGUCGAUUCGUUGAUUAUAUUUUUAACGGUUGAUCCAGUUGUAUGCCGGUUAAAACCUUUAUUAAUACUACUCCUCUCAGAAUCAUUUUUUGUUUGCAAUGUUCAGUGUAAUAUAAUAGAAACUAAAUUACUCUGUAUUCUAAGUAUUAAUACAUUCUAAAGUUCUUACUCAUAACAGUCUAAUAUACAAAUAAUGAUAAUGUUGAAAAACGGAAAAUCAAAGUAAUUCUAAAAAAUAAUAUGUCGAUAGUAAAUUAUUUAAUAGAGUUUUAGUUUUAUGGUUUUUAUUAAUGCGUCUUUUAAUACGCCAUUCGUUGCGACAUAGUUACCUAUAAGACUAACGACGUGUUAACUUACGAUAUAAUAUGAGACUUGUCGUUCAAGAUGAUAAAAUAUUUUUUUUGAAAUGUACAGUUUAAUUUUACGUAUUCUACGUAGGUAUAUAUAAGUGUAAAAUAUAUUAUUAUUUAUCUAAUUAUAGAUGGCGUUUAAUAAAACAAUAACUUUUAUACUCUUGACAUUUAUAUUGUAUAAUUUAUUGAAAUCAAGGUAGUUGGGAAGUCGGUAUGCACUUUUGUAUGAAUGUAAAACCUCCCUAAAAUAUUAUCUUUACUACGCCACUUGCGUUCGAAAUUUGGAUGUAUGCGUAAACUAUAUUCGAUUCAAUUCGAUUUGUUGGUUUAUUUUUUUUCGGAAUUACGAGCAUAUAACUCGUAAUUUCGGUGUUUCACUUUAUGAUUGAAGAUACCUAUAAAUAAUUAUGUUGGCGAGUUUUAAGAAUUGUCUACUUGGCUAAUAUACGCAAAUAUUAUAUGUACAUUUUACAGUGUAUACACCCCAGAUGUGAAUUUGUUCAAUUUGUGAAAAAAAUAGCUAAUGAAUUGCCCAUUUCACGAAUUGAGCUAAAUUGGUAUACACAAAUAUUAUCAAAGUGUAUAAUAGUUAAUACGAUAUUUUUCAUAAAUAAUGAAUUAUUACGCAUUUGCUAAUCUUAUUAUUGAUUAUUGAUUAGUUUUUAAAGUGAAUUGAGUACAAAAAACAUAUAAUUAAUCUAUAACUUCAUAGGGCUAUACUUGAGGCUAUACCUCGUACGUUGGAUAUUGUAAAAUAUGUAUAAAAAAAACAUAUAGAAUAUAAUGAGUAAGUCUCCCAUAGCCGUAAAAACUUGAUCGGAAAAUGUAAUAUUAAUAACAUUUUUAAUUAAGAUGAUAGCGCAAAAAGCGUCGUUAUCUGAAAAAUUAAUGUGAUGAGAAGUGAAGGAAAUUCUUAAAAUUAUAACUAUUAGAAAUAAGAGCGAAACAAAACAAAUUUCCAAUUUUAUUAUAAAUGUUCGGCCGGCGUGUUUAGUAUUGAGUCAUAUUUUUAGAAUACCAGUUGUCUUUAACCAUUAUAUGAAUUUGGCAACUCACUUGACCAUUUCACGGAAUGGACUACAAAAUUAUCCAUUUCAUAGAUUGAUCUUAAUCGGACCUAAUUGAAAGGGCGUGCUUUGAAUUCUUAGUUUUAUUAAGAAGUGAAAAAUUUAGUUGUAGGCACUUUAUCGUAGAGUUGUCUUCUUGUACUUUUUCUUAAAGUUUACAUUUCCGUACCAAAUCAAACAAAUUAUACCAUUUAUUAUAUCUUUCUCUCUCUCUCUCUUCCGGGCUCUAUUACUCUUCAAGAAUUUUUUCCGUCAUCACUAAAUCACUCUACUUUUCUUUGUUUUUCACUAUAUCCUUCCAGAUGUUGUUCGACCUUUAUAUAGGUCUUUUAGAUUUUUUUCAACAACUUCGAUCCACUUUUUCCGAGGACAGUCCUGUAUUAUCAUCGUCACUAUAUACACUUAGAAUCUAAAAAGAAGCCGAUAUACUUAACGAACAAAUUUUUUUAAAAAAAUGUUAACGUAAUUUCGAGUUUGUUAUCCUCUUCAGCUGCGUCAUUGAACGUUAUCGCUAUCUGCUAUCAGUAUUAAUAAAUUUAUGACACUAUACAUUUAUAGCAAAUGUCUUUAUUUUAUAGUUUACUGGAAGACAUACCUUUCUUAGUAAACAGUCAUAUAACAAUGAACUCAGUUUUGGAACUUAAAUUUAGUUCUUUUUUUCACUUUUGUUUUAAAGUAAUUUGUUUCUCUUAUACUUAAUAGUAUUUAUUUAAAAAAUAUUAUUUUUAAAUCGGCUGUACGCACGUAAAAUAUAAAAUGUCUCCUUUAUUUUUAGUUGUCUAUUAUUAUAAUUAUAAUUUUUUAUUUUUAAUACCAACACGUGUCAUUUGGAAUUUUAAAUAUAUUAGCGAAUCAAUUUACUAAGUAUAUGAUAUGUUUAAACAACUUAAACAACUUUUCUUCCAGAAAUCACGCACCAAUCAAAAACAUUUAUAGGAACUUUCGUGUAGAAUUUUUUAUCCAUAGUUAAUGUAUCAUUAUACAUUGAGCUUAUUUUUUAAUAAAUUGAAAAAUCUGGCAAUUUUAGGUAUAAUUUUGAAUGAUUUCUAGGUUACCAUAGAAACAAGGGGAAAAAUACGAAAAAUACGAAAAAAAUACUCGGGUCAGAAUCGUUUUUCGGUAGAAAUCGUUUAUCGUUGCGUACAUAUUAUAAAAGUCAGCCCGAACAGUGGCAACCCAUAAGUAUAGUUUUAUCCUUUCCAAAAGGAUUUUUAGUGCUUAAAACAUUUACUGUCCUAAUAAAAACCUAGGGCGAAAUAAACCAUUUAUUUCGCCGUAAUGUAAUAAUAACGAACGGCGGCGAAUAAAUGGUAAACAAAAUAUGUGACGAGUUGAACGGGAAAAACGAAAAAAAAAAAUAAUAAAAAAAAUAAUAAAAAAAAAACCCUCAACUCUAAAGAUGUAUCCAAUAUCAUUACCAAUAAAAUUGCCAUUAGUUUACCCGAUACCAUUGAGGUUAUUUUGUUUCGCUGUUGUUUGUCGUUGUUUCUUACUAUUAUUAUUGUGUGUACUGUGUACGACGACGACGACGACGACGCGUACGUUUUGUUCGUGCUGAAUGGAAUGAAGCAAAGCGGGUUUUUGGUCGGUUUUUUUUAAUGAACAGUCAAAAAGGUCCGUCGCGGGUUGGGGCGGCAGGAAUUUAUAGUAGGGCUGCCGGCUCGGACGCCGCCGCCGCCGCCGCCGACACCGCCGACUUCAAUAAAACUGGGUGACCGCACGACGGCCAGAUCUUUUCUCCGAUCAGUGAAUGGGCUGCGCUCGGGUUGUCCGCAUCGUCGCUGUCUCGCGUCCGUCGCCGCUUCGACGAUUUUUCCGUUCUCCCGGCGUGUGUAUUAGGGUCGCGUAAUACGCUCACGUUUGUCGUUACGGGCGGGGAAAGCCCGAAAAAAAAAGACUAGCGUUCACCCCCUAAUUCUCUUCUUCCUUCCCCCCCUCUCCGUAGAUAUCGUCGGGGUACGCACGCGUACGUGUAACACCCAUCGUUUUUCGGAACGUUAAACACGUUAAACACCGUCGCGGUCACCCGGUCACACGGAGAACACCCUCGACUGCGCUCCAGCAUGGCGCGAUUACUACGACAACAUCAUAAUGGUAAUAGCCCACUGCCAUCGCCGUCGUCGUCAUUACGCCGUCACUAACGCCAUCGUCGUCAAACUGCCGCCGCCGACGCAGUCGCCUGACGCGUCGCGCACAGCCGUAUCGUCCGCAGUGACGCGCGAAAAGAAUGCACCACCGUCGCCGCCGGCCGGUCGAAAACCGUCGGCAACCGCUGCAGCAGUACGCGUUCAGCGACCGCCGCCGUCGGCGCGAUAAUGUCAAUGAUCAUUAGCGGCGGCGCCACGGAUCACCACCGCGAUCAUCACCGCGAUGUCAACCGUCCCCGCGGGGGUCCUGAACCGAUACGACGACAUUGUGAUGAUGCACGACGUGACCGCGGCGUACAAGAGCAUUGACGGCGAUUUCGAGCUCGGUAAUAAUACCAUCACGUCACCUAUACCCACGUACUUCCACGGUGUAGUUUCGAGCAUUUUCAUAAUUUUUUUUUUCUUUUUAUAUAUAUAUAUAUAUUUAUUACGUGUAUAAAAAAAAAAAAAAAAAAAAAAAAAAAAAAACCGAGGUCUUUUCGCAGUUAUUGUUAAUUGAUUAUUGGUACCGGGUUAAAAAAAACCGCAAAGUUGGUCGUGGCGAAAGGUCGUCGGUUUUUAAAAAUAAAAAUCAAUAUAUAUGCUCCGGGUCGCGCGCGAUGUGAUUUUUGAAUUAACAUUUUCGUCUGUUUAAGUGUUGUUGUAAUAUCUAAUAAGGUAUACUCGAUUAUGUUGUACGCGAGUCCGAGGUGUAAGUCGCACGCACGCAACGUCGUGUACAUGACGUUCAAGCUAAUGAAAUAAAUUAUUCCUACAAUAGGUCAAUAUAAAUUGGCCUGUGAAGAGAAACUCGUCCGGGCAAUUUCAACGGUGCAAUACGAAUAUUGUGUCUAUAGAAGUUUUAGGGAUCGUGUCAUAAUAUUUAGUUCCUGUAUAGUGUACGGUUCAAUUGUUCCCACUACGGAUCGAGUCAUUUCCCCGUGUCGUAUAACAGUGAUAAAACAGUAAUAUCGUAGUUUUAAUCUGCAGAAAGUCUACACGAUCGUGUGGGCUCGAGCCAGUGCAUGGUUUUUCUGGUGGUAAACCAAUCGAUUUUUCGCUGUGCUUAUUCGUUGUUAAUGUUUUUUUAGUGCUAUUUAAUCACGACGAAACGUCGGUUUACCGCGUAUAUAUAUAUAUACUUAUGAAUGAUUUUCAAAUUGAAUUGUUAAGUUUUUAAAUUAAAAAUAAUAAAAUUAAUAUCCAUUCAAAUGUGCGUAUGGUAUUAAAAUAAAAUUCAUGUUAUUUUUUUCGAAAAAAUGAUCCGAUACCUAUACAUAUAAAUAUAAUAAUGCGUAUAUUUUUUGAGAUCAUUUCAUUUUUACCAUGGUCAAUUAUAGUGUUUUGGCUCUUCGAUUUAUAUUAAAACCGAUUUUUUUCUUUUUUUUAUAACAUAAUUAUGUUUAAAGUGUAUAAAAAAUAGAAAAAAAUAUCGAUCCAUUACCUUUUAUAUAUAUAAAAAAAGCGCCAACACCGCCAUUGAAGUAUAAAGUAAUCGUUGCGGUAAUCCCGCGAAAAACGUUAGAGACCAGCAGCAGCGCGAUUAAAAACGUACUCGUAACGUCCAAAAUGUUAAACACGUAGGCUAUUACGUGUGAAAUAUUGCAUUAUAAAUUAAAAUAUAGUGAUAAUAUAAAAUACAAUUUGGUUUUUAAUAAAAGUAAAUAGACAUAAGUACUUUGUCCCCAAUAGUUCAAAAUCCGACACUGCGCGUAGCACGUAGAUAAAUAUAGGAGUAUAAAAUAAUAUAGGAUUUUUGGAGUUCAGAGUAUAUACAAUAUAUUCUUCUUGUUUUCAAUCUUUCAAUUGGUUAACUGCAACUCUCCAUGUUUUUUUUUUUUUUUUUAAAAGCUCAGAUAUUUCAAUUCUCUGCCACUUUUCAUUUGCGCGUCUUUAAGCAUUUUCGGUGUGUAUUCUAUACUUAAGGCCGUUAUUACAAUUUAAUCUCCCUCGUUCAAUUUCAAAUUCUAAGUAACAUUCAGUAAUCAACUUAAACAAAUUACCCUACGCUAAAAGACAGUAAGUGAUAUUGUGAUAGUUUUUGAGAAAAAAAAUUCCGAAUUUUCUUGUUUUUUUAUUUAUUAUCAAUAUUAAACAAAAAUACCGUAUGUAACCCAGUACGAGAAGAAUGAUCGUACUUGAAUCGUAUUCUUAUCACUGAAGUACCUAGAUAGUUUUAUAUGAUCAUCAAUUAUUUAUUAUUUAUACAGGGCGUUUUGUUUCUAUGCCUAUACAGUACGUGUUGAAAAAUUUAAAUAUGUAAAAUUAUAUAUUCCAUUUUAGAUAUACCUACGAGUAUUAUAAUAUUGAUUUCGUCAACUAUAGGUCGUGUAAAUUAUUAAGUAUUCAAAAUAUGACAUCGAAAAAAAAAUAUAUAUAUUGUUAUUAUUAUUAUUAUAAACCACAUAUGAAAUAAAAUUUUAAAAAAUAGCUUUAUAUGGAAUUGUAUUUGGAGGACGACUGGAUAUAAUAAUAUUAUAUACCUAUACUUAUAAAUAUAUUAUGUAUUUUUACUAUCGUAAUUUUCUGUUCGAUUUUUGAUGCUAUAUUUGAGUAGCGUGCAUAAAACGUGAAAGUCAUUCAUAGUAAAACUAUCGGGUUUUUUUCCAUUUAGUUAGUACCUGCCUACAUAAUUAAAUACAUAAUGUAUAAUAAUGUUGGAUAAUAUUUUAAAAAUUAAAAAAAAGAAAAAAGGGCACUGCUAUAGAGUUAUUUUUUUCUUAUUUUUUCACACUAAUCAACCACGCGAAAUAUAUCAACAAUUUCAUUUUGUUUUCCAAUACAUAAUAUGUACAGAGUAAUAUGAUACCUUUUGACUAAUGCAUUAAUAAAUUAUUUUAUUCAAUAAUAUUGUAUGAUACUGCGGUACAUAUAAGAUAUUAUAAGUAAAAAACUUGGGCGGGGGCAGUUAAACGAAUAUAUUCUGUAUUCUAUUCUUAAAUUAUUUUCGUAGUUAAAUUUAUAUACUUUAAGCUCCCUUCGAAAAAUAAAACUUUAUAAUAUUUAAAUUGAAACGCGGGAUUAUAAUGAUUAGUUUUAAUAGUAAAAAAAAAAAAAAAACAAUAAUUAUCGAAUAAAAUACAAUUUUGGUGCCCACUUACUUAUAUGCAUUUAACAAAUCAUAGGCAUGAUCAUAAUAUACAUAUACCUAUAAUACAUGUUCGAAUCACCCCGUAUAGGGUCAUAAUAUUAUGCAGUAUUAUGCACGUUAUAUUAUUAUCGAUAUAAUGUUAUGUUAUCGUGAUAAGAAUUAAAGUUCAAAUUCUUUUCCAAUUAGUAUUAAACCCUAGGUGCUACGGUGGACAUUAUCAGCUCUGUUAAAAGUGUAGUGUGUGUACAGUCUUUGCACGGACAACAAUCAAUCAUAAUAUUUCGUUGUAUAAUCGCGCUGUUUACAUUCCUACGAUGUAGACCUUUAUACCUGUGUAAAAACGUAUAGACAACUUCGAAAAGGAUGUUUAAAAAAAAAAAUUCUUUUAACGGCUAGUAUUGCGAAUUUAUAAUUAAAAUCUACGGUGUUGUAUGCGUAUUUCAGGGCUAACAGACCUGUAUUAUAAACAUUUAAAAUCAGUAUAACGUAAUACUCGUACAUUUUGUUCGAGGGAUGGCAUAUUUUAUACAUUAUACGUAUACGCGAACGCUAAAUUUAUGUACACCCGGGCGACCGUGCUAAUUUUCAAACAUAUUUUUUAGACCUAUACGCGUCGAAAAACACCACCACCGGACGAAUAUCAUUUCAAUUCCUCUCUUCAAUACAUAUGUACAUGUAUUAUUAUAAUAUCAUCCCGAAUUCCCGACAGCUCGAUUCGUAUCCGUAUGCCGAUAUUAUUAUUAUAGUGUAUUUGUACCGUAUCGUAGACUGAUUGUUGCAGAUUGUUGUGCACUGAUUGUUCCGUAUUUUAAUUUGGGACUGUGUGUAUUAUACGGUAUUAUUAUUCGAAAAAAAAAGUCUGUCCGCUAUUCCGCGUUUUCCGCGGUCUGAUAAAAAGCUAUUCUUUCGCUUUGCUCGUCUCGUGGCACGCAAUUAUCACUUAUACGAUCAUAGCCGUCUAGCUACAGUAUACCAUUAGUUUUACUAUAAAUUGAACGCUACAACAAAUAAUAAUAAUUGAAACCAACUAUAGGAACAAAAAAAAAAAAAAACGUUACUGAAAAUUAUAAUUAUAAUUUGAUUUCUUCAAACACCACAGUUUUAGAUUCUGAACGAAACGAGGAAUGUAUAUUAUUUUAAGUUUUUACAAUAUAUAUUUUUUUUUUAUCUGUAAAAAACAUUUCUACAAGUAAUUUUCCCCCGAUUUACAAUCGUCACAUUUUUAUUGAAAUGACAUUUUAUAUUAUUUUAAUAAAUUCACGAAAUGUAUUAUAUUUAAUUUUGAUUUUUGUUGCAAUUCAGUUAAAAAUAUUUUUAGGGACUUGAAAUUUGAACUGAAAACUUAAUAUUUGCCUUUUCUCGAUGUGGUAAAAUUUUCAAAAAAUUUGAGCCAUUUUUGAGCAGUUUAUAGAUAUUAAUUUUGUGAGUUUUUACGUAAUUUUAUUCGGUAGAUGGAUAAAAUUGUUAGACGCAAACAAGAAAAAUGUAAUGUAGUUUUUUUUAUAAGAAUUUUAGUAGCAAAUUUUGACAAAGAUCGUAAAUAUUACGACCCUAUCAAAAUAUGUAUAAUACCGAACACCUCUUAGAAUCGUUAGUAAUAAUUAAUCGUUGCGUAUCCUGUAAAAUACAUUAAAUUCCUCUUUAUACCCUUCCUACUCAACUUCUCGCUCACAACAGUGGCCCACCCAUCGUGCGAAGUAUGUCCGUUUUUUCCUCCCUUUAAAUUUUUUUUACGAUUUUUAAAAAAAGACGCCAAACUGAGACAUAAUACAGAUAAAUUAAGUGUGACUUCUAUGCUUCCAUGUUGCUUAAUACGUUUUACGUUAUAAUAAUAUCAUUAUUGUAUCUACGUCAUGUCUAAUGUAAAACAACGUGUUUUACAUAUUAUUUUCAUAAUCCGUUUUGCUAAAAAUUAAUCUUGUUAUAACGCGUAUUAUUAAUCGUGGCGUGUAAAUUGAUUUACUCGCAGACAUAACGCAGAUAUUUAUUUAACAGCGUUUUAAGAGUUUUAUGUAUAGGUAUAUAGACUCGGAGGAUAUCUGCCAAGUCUACUGUGAAUAUACAGUUUACUGUAUUCUAUCCAUCGAACGUGACAAAUGUAACAAAUGAUAUAAUACAAUCUAAAAUAUAAUACUAACCUUUUCUCGGGUAAAACAUUUAAUUUUUUUUUCAGUAUCUUAUUUUUACAAUAUAUAUAUAUAUUAUACCUUAUUAUAACAUACGAAAUCACAUAUUUCAGAGGCUAAUUUGGCCGGUCUGAAAAAAGAAAUUAGUCUUUCAUUUAAACAUUUAUCUUUUCGAUUAUACAUACAAUAUAUUAUACGAGUAUGUUUCAGCAUGCCCGAAUUAGUUAUUUCGAGUUAAAAAAUUAAAAUCGCUUAUUAUUAUUCAUUCAACCGACGGAUUUUACGUUUCAUAUCCAAGUAAAAAUAUAAACUAUACAGUGUAUAUACGUAUAGAUAAGAUAUGCAUAUAAUAAUUGAAAUGUAUAAAAAACGUUUGUACGAUACAUAUCCUUGGCUUAAGUUAGGUAAAAUAAAAUUAUUGAUAUAUCCAGAAGUAAAUCGUUGUUCGUACUGUUACAAACAAAUCGAUAUAAUCAAUAUCAUUAAGAAACAAACAAUGUAUAGUAUUGUGGAAAAAUUGUACACGACGCGAUUUUAUAUGUAUUAAUAACAAACCUACACUUAUACAGUGUGUUUCACUAGAGUCUCAUAAUUUUAUAAGAGAAUUAUUACGAGUUACGACUUAUAUUUAAAUGGGAGGAGGAUGAUUUUUUUCUUUUUAUUGGAACAUCGGAGUACUGGAAAUAGGUUUGAAAUAUACGAUUUUUCUGAGUCUAAGUCCGGCUGAUAUUGCCCGUGUUGUGUGCAAUAACACACUGUAUAUUAUUUUCUAGCAACUGUACGCAACUGUUUGACUGCAACCGAGGCGGGUUUAAUCGAUCGAGUUUAAUGAUUAUUAACUGCAACGCUCUUUAUAGUUGUAAAUUGUUUCCGUUUAACAAUAAUUAUCCCGUAAUAAAACUGUUUAAUUUGUGAUCUCAGAAUUAAAAAAAUUAGCGGUCGUAUAGAUAUAUGAAAAAUAUUUUACGGGGUGUUCAAGACCGGUCGGCGACGAGUCGUUAUCGUUGACAGUGCAUAAUUUUCGCGUCUUCAUUAUCGUAUAAUUAUUGCAUGCGCGGAGAGACGUGUGUACGUUUGACAGUUCGUUUUGUUUAAAAAUCAAAAAAAUAAAAUAACGCGAGUAUUAUAGUCUGUGAACGUAUCAUACUGACAGUCGAUUCCACGUAUCACAUAGCAUUGACGUAUUUAUUUGAUGUUUAGUAAAUGUUUUAAAAAAAUCUAAAUUUAACUUUCAUUGACGAUGUGUUUUUUCAAUAUUUAAUUUUAACCGAUUGACCGGGUUGGGUGUACCGUUUUGCAUUUUCAAAUAAAUUUUGAAAACUAAACUAUCAUUUAAUAAGUAAUUAAUACUAACGACGGUUAUCACUUUUUUUGAAAUGAAAUCAGCGUGGGAAGAGGUAAUUUUUCGAUUUUCCUAAGAGUUUUCCAGGCAAAUGUGAUAAACCGGAAUAAAACAUGGGAAAACCGGGGAAAACGUAGGAAAACUGUGAAAAUCGGUACAACAUAAAACAAAUAUUAUUAAAGAAAAUAUAGAAAGCCUAUUUAAUUAUUUUACAAUAAUAUGGCUUAUAUAUUGUUGACAAAGCAACACUAUCAACUAAACUCCGCUCAGAAUCGUUUUUUUUUGUAAACAAUGGUUUUACCCUCAAAAAUAAGGGUGACAAGAAAUAACAUAAAUAUAAAAUUGUAGAGCUGUUUAUUUAUUAAAUGUUCUAGAAAACCAAUUCCGAAAAAUGUUAAUACUUUCCGAGAUAAUGAGUGCACCAACUUAAAUGGAUUACCCGAUGUAUAUAAUAUACAGAGUGAUUCUUACAUCACGAACUUCAGCUGAAAAUCCGUAAACCUACUGCGAAGAUUUCGAGUAAAUUUUAUUUUAGCUUUCACAGAUAUAUUAUAUAGUAGAAAACAAGCUCCAUCAUCCAUAUAUUGGAAUUUCUACUCAACGAUUGUUAUAUCGUAAUCGCAACAUUUUCAUUUGUACACCCUCCCAAACCCUAUAAAAUUGAUUUUCUAACAGCGGGUUUUGGCGUGAUGUCACGCAUUCGUGUAAUGGACACAAUUUUAACCAUUUUGUAAAAUGGAAACCGUAAUUUUAUACUUUAUGUAAUUUUUUUAUUUUUUUAAAUUACACUAUUUUCCCAAGGUUUUUACAUUUAUUAUGAAAACCCUUGGGAAAAUCAAAAAAUAAGCUCCCUUAAGUACCACCCUAACCCAAUUUCCUUUCAGAAAGAGCUAGACUUGAAAAUCUGAGCAAAAUUUCUGUUAGAAAAGUUGUUUACAGAUAAAAAAAAAAAAAAUAAAUAAAUAUUGUAAGACCAAUACAUUUCUCGCUUUGCUCAGAAUCUGAAAAUGAUCAACAUGUGUACAAUAAUAUGCAAGCGUUUUUUUUUUUAUUAUAUCAAAGAAUGUACCCACCGAUAAAAUUAUAACAACAAAAAUUAGACUCGUCUACUGUUUAGUUUUAUGUGCAAGUGUAUGUUUUUUGAUAUUUAGUUUGUAUACUGAAAACUAUACUAAACAUACUUAAGUUCUCUUCUUCUCUAGGACCAAAGAUAUAUUUAUAUACCAUUUUGUCGCAUGGUGCUUACAUAUUGAAUAAGGGAAUACAUUGAAUGUAGGUAAAAUUUUAAACAUAUCGCAAGUGUAAAUGAAAUUCGUAUUUAACUAUUCUACGUAAGAAAUGGGAAAAAAUCGAAAUGUACACUUGACAUUUUCGCUUCAGUUUAUAGUAAAAAAGAUCGCUCUGUACACGAAGAAAGACGCGAGAAAUUCGGUCGGUGUGCUGAUAUACUAACACGGAAAAACAAUAAUAUAUACUAUAAUUAUAUACAUAUAUUAUAUUACAUAUGAUGUUUGUCUAUGUGCACGUGUAUACUUAGCUUAGUAUGUACGUGUGUUUGUGUGACUCUCGCCGACUGAACCACGAAAGACGUGCGUGUGCGUCUGCCGCUCGCGUUUACCACUUUAAUUAAUGGCCACUUGACUACUAUUUAAUAUUAUUAAUAAUACAAUCGAAAGCCGCUAUAAUGACCUAGCAGUCCGGGCGUGACGUCUAAUGGUGGGAUAUAUCAUAGUUUUGGGUUGCCAAUAGUAAUCAUAAAAAAUAAAUAAAGGGGGGGGGACAAAAUGAUUUAUAAUAAAAUUAAUAUUGGUAUAUAUGUUCGUCCGGAAGAAAUGAAAAUUGAAUGAAAAUUUUCUUCACCGAGGAUCUGACUUGUAGAACAUUUUGGAUCUACUUAUUAGUAUUAUUGUAAAGGGUUUUUUUUUUAGUUUUUUGUCGAUAACAUAUUUUCGACCACGUAUAAAAUACCCAGAAAAUUUGAUAUACAUGUUGCAGAUAAAUACAAAAAGUUGAGUGAGAUAUUACAAUUUUUUUUUUCUUAUAAGCGUCUGAUGAAAACUUGUUAAAAAUAUCAUGAAAAGUUAUACCAUUUUGUAGUUUAAAAUUAUUAUAAAAUUUUAAAUUUAAAUGUAUUUUAUACCGUGGUUUACACCAAGGCGACAAAAUUCAUUCUGCAAACGACACAAUGUUCGUGUUUUUAGAAACAUUUUCAUGUCCACUCAAAAGCAGAAAACAUCAAAGGGUUUUUGUUUUGUUUUUAUUUUCGGCAACAUGAAUCUUUUUAAUGUAAACUAGUUUUUCAACAGCUGACAGAUUGUAUUUGUUUAAAUUAAUCAAAUUAAUUAUACAUUCAUUAUUGUUAAAAUGAUAAAAUUAUCAUUAUUAGUGAACAAUCGGUUGUAUUAUCACACAUAAUUAUUAUAACUUAUAACUAGGGCUAGAAUUUAUAUGCAAUAAAAAAUGAUGAAAUAUACUUUUGGUUUAUUAAAAAUAUCUAAUUAAAAUAUGCAAAAAUAUUAUUAAAUGAUAAAAAAAAAUGUUUACAAAAUUCUAAAAUCUAAAAAAUAUAGUUCUACAUGAAACGAUUACACGAUGUUUAAAAUUGUCAAAAAUAAAAUUCCAUGACAUGACUUAAUUUUCGCUUAUUUAAAUUGUGUUAUUUCUCCAGCUGUUAGAUUUGGGAAACCUUUAUCCGGAUUAUUUCUAUUUAAAAUAUUGCGUAACACAAACACAGAUUUUAGUCCUGAAUUUUAUUCUAACAUAUUUUUUUAAUUUUUCGUUGGCCUUUUCAACAAUUGUUCCUAUUUGUUUUGGCAAAGUUUGAAUUUGGUGUUUUCAAUAAUCUCUAAACUAAUCAAGUGAGGUUUUUUCUAAUUUUAAAAUAGAUCCACUAAACGCGUAAAAACUGUCAAACACAUACUAAAUUUUAGGCAUAUAUUUUUCCAGUAUACUUAUUAAUCGUACACUAUAAAACCUUCGAUAAGAUAAAAUAAAUUAAAUUGCAUUUUGGAUAUUUUUGUCUAGCAAUGAAGUGCAAUAUAAAAUGAUAUACUGUAAAACAUGAAUUUUUGGCCUUUUUGUAAUUGAAAUAUGCUAUAAUAUGCAAAAAAAACACUACUAUUUACCUCAACAUGAGCUUAUUCGUGAAAAAAAAUGAAAAAAAAAUUAACAGUCAAAAGUUUAAAAAAAAAAUAAACCAGUGCAUAUAAAUCCUAACCCUACUUAUAACCUAAUACGUAAGCAUUUUAAGUUAAAAUUGUGACGAAAGUCGUAAACAUUACGGCAUUUCAAAACUUGUACACCCGAACUUUGCUUAGCUUCGUAUUUCGUUAGCAAUGAUAUAUCGUUGUGUACUGCAGAUACAAAUAAAGAACUAUCUAUCCAACCUCAACUUCCCACCUACAACAUGGCACACCCAUCAGCAGUUAUAGCAGCUAUUUUUUUUAUAUUUGGGAUGGUUUAUAUCGAUUAAUUCAGUAUACUAUGAACUAAAUUCACCCUGUAAUUAUCCUACCUUUUUAUCUGCCCACCAUUUUCAUAUUUUUAUACCCUGCUAAUAUAAACGAUUCUAUUGUCUGUAUAAUAGUAUUCUAUUUAUUUGCGCUAUUAUUUAUUAGAUAUCUUGUUCUCAUUCUCCUCCAUUCCAACUAUUUGAAGUCUUUAUUAUUAUUUAAUGUUAUCAGAGUUUUAUUUUAUUUAAUAUUUUUUCGUCAAAAAAUAUUUCUUUGGAUUUUAUCCGUUGUUCUUUUUUACCUGGAUUCUUUGUUAUAAUAUAUGUAUAGGUUAUAUUGGCGUGUGUAGAAGGGAGAGGGGUUUGGGUCGAAGAAAAAGUUUUAUGACUAUCGGAUCUCCGUAUAAAAUAUUUUCGUUUUGGAGUUAGAACUUUUGCGACGAAAACAUUUUAUGUUUAUUACUGAAUAUUUGCCAAUUUAUGGAAAUUAUAAAGCAGACGGUAUACGAGUAUACUAGUAUAAUUUAUUCUUAUGGCUUUAAUGACAAAUUAACAUUUCAGUAAAUCUAAUUUAUAAGUAAUAAUAAUAGUGAAAAUUUGAAUACAAUUACAUAAGUAAAUAUAAAAUAUAUAAUAGAACAAUAUCACAAUAAUCGGUUAUUGCACCAUAGCUGCUUUGGUAUAGUAUAAAGUGAUUGGUUCACAGAUGCACGUUCAACUCCUUUAUCCAUUUUAUUGACUCCGGUGUUAUCGCGUGGAUUCCUUCGAUGCCCUGGUUGAAUUUCCUCAGUUAGCAUUCUGUUCUACGUUUUAUUAGUAUGAUAUAUAGUCUCGUUAUAGACGACAAAUUGAAAACGCUUAAUCGUAAAUCCAGUACUAAAACAGUAUUACGAUUUACGAGUAUAUACAGCCGUGCUUAUUUUGUUUUCGACGUUAAAUAAUAUUGGUGAUUUUUUUUUUUUUUGUUUUUUAAUCGCACGUACUACAAACAAACGUACGUCCUACAAUCGAAAUACGUAUAUAAUAUUAGACAACGUCCUGCAAACACCUUUCGUCACUACGAAUUAUAUUAUGUCGUAUCAUUAUAUUAUUAUUGUGUUUAUAGUAUUUAUACCGUUAUUAUAUUAUUAUUAUGCUUAUUGUUGCUACAGCGUAUGUACGAAGUACCGCCUGUGCCUUAUUAAAAUAGUAAUAAUAUAUACCUGUAUAUUUUGUGUAUACUCGAAACAGUCGAAACGCACACGUGUGCGCGAAUUAGCGGCGCGGUGUAAUAUAUAUAUAAUGACGGAUUUCCUAUGAAAAAAAAAAAAUUCAAAAAAUUAUAAAAAUUUAAUAUACGUUAUGGCGGUGUGCGCAGUGUAGAAAAACUCUGUGCGGAUAAUCUUUUGAUCGAAACCUCAGAAGGUUUUUUGAACAAGGUCACAUAAUAUUAUAUAUUUCAUUUCGUCAUAAUAUAUCGUUCUUAUUGUAAUUUGCUCGGAGAUAUUUCCACCUCCCCCUCCCAAAUUUUACUUUCCGGUUUUACUAUCAAAAAUUGUGGUUGCCCCUGCCUCGUAUAUUACGUUUGACUACGCCGCCACCAUAUCUAUAUCCUAAAUAUCUAUCGUAAUAUAACAUUACACUCGCGUACAAAUCGCUCAAACCGUGUUCGCACGAUGACUAAAAUAAAAACGUGAAAAAAAAAAAAUCCGUCGCGAUUUCCAUUAGUUCCAUUAUGUAUUAUAAUGAUUUCGUUGUACGUCUCCGGGUGUCAGCUACAUACAUAUAUUUUUUUUUCUAAUAAACUGACAAAAAUAAUAAUAAUUAUUAUUAGCGAUAACACGAUAUUUUCACUAUCACUAUUAUACCAUAUUAUUAUCGUACCUACUCGCAUAUGCUCGUAUGUUGUAAUUUUCAAAUAGGUAGUGUAAAAAAUAACGACAUGUAAGCUCGUAUAAGUUUCGUUUUACGAUGUAAUAUAGUACCUAUGUAUUAUAUUGUGAGUGAAUAAAUAAUCAAAAUAACAAUACUAUUAUAUAUUGUCCUUCGUUGUGUAAAAAAUAUAUUUGUACGAGAACGUACAAAUGAGAUAAUUAGUGUGGAUCGUGAGCAUUACAAAAUAUUUUAAUGUUGCAAUUUUGAAUUUGUGCUAUCGUCAUCAUAGAAUCAUUAAUAAUAUUAUAAUAUUUUUGAUGAGUUUCGAUAAAAUAAAUGUAAGGAGUAUACCAAAUUACGCAUUUUGAGCCGAUUUUCAAAAUGUUAAUCCUUUUGGUGCGUGCAUGCGCAAUAAAUCUUUUAUUUUCUCAGACGAAAACACUCGAGUCACUUUAUUUUGAGAACGGGAACAUGUUCACUUUUUGACGAGAUUUUACUUGAUUUAUAUUUGUCUAUCUUAAAUACGUAUUUUUUGUAAGACUAAAGCUAGUCUAGGAAAUAUUUAUGGAAAUAUCAACCGCUAAAGUUUGUGUUAAGUGCAGAAAUGGAAUAAAUCUAUGGUUCAAUACAAAAAUACGUUUAAAGUUAUUUCAAACUCCGUUAAUAUGUUUUUACUCGAUAUUAUAAUUAUCUUCGCUUGAAUCGGUGAUUAUAACAACUAUACUUGUCCAGGACGUCUAUAGUUUUUACAACAGUGGUGAAUUUUAGACCUUAUUUAAACACACAAUGAAGAGUUGGACAAACGUGGUUUUUUCACACAAUAACAUGUGUCUAUAAUUACAUAGUUGACUAAAUAACAAACAUAAAAAAAAUUCGUCAAAUUUGUAACAAGUGAGGUUUUUACAAUUACUGAUUCACUUAUAAUUCCCCUCCCCAUAAAACUAGUCAAAUUGCUUUAAUUUUAAAAUCAUAAGUUUUAAUUUUUUUUUUUUUUAAAACAAGAAUAUAUUUCAGAUGGUUGUAUGUUUGGAAAUGUUUGAGAUAGAAAAAAAAUCGUGUUUUAGCCAAGUCGUUCGUAAAGAAUAUUAAUGCUAUUUGAAUCUGACGGUACAAAUGUGUAUUUAUUGGUAUACUUCAAAGAAAAAAAAAAAAAAAACUCUAUUUCAGAGUUCAUCCUGUAGCUGAAAUAUUUCGUGUUAGGUCGUUACCAUUUGAGCAAACCCAUCAUUGAUUAUGUAUUGCACAUAAAUAAUAAAUUCGAUUAAAUUAAAUUAAAAAAAAAAAAAAAAAAAUGUAUAGGUACUAAUCUAUGUUAUUUGGUUAUUUUCGAGCGACCGACGUUUGGUUUUGUCGUUUGAAUGGUUUAUGGCUGUCAUUGUUUGGGAAAUAUUUGGAAUAAUACCGGCAAAAUGCCUUUGUGUGUGUGUCUAUGGGUACUCUCUUACUUAUUCGCUUAAAACUACAGCAUCAACGGGCACAUAAUAAUAUGACUAUUAUAUUAUUCAUAUUAUCGAGCAGCUUCUAAUAAUAAUCCCGUUCAUUUCUCCUUGUCGUUUUUUGUUCGUGUAGUACAUAUUAUUAUUGUAUUAUGUACCCUGUUAUACAGUGUGUUCACGUUUUCAGAUAACACCGCGGAUACGUCGACCGGAUGACCUCGGAUUUAGAUUACGUUUUCGGUAUUUGAUAAGGUAUACUACAGAAAUACAAACUGAUAGGUUCCCAAUUAUUAACCCUUUCGAAGAUGUCUGGUGUUAAAAAUAGGUUUCGAUAUUAAAAAAAAAAUUAUAUUGUACAUCCAUACACCGAAGGGCUUAUAGAAACAAGAAAAUUAACUUAAAAUCUGUAUUUCAGUACUUCUUAUACUAUUAUCUCCCGAAAUAUUUAACUUUACUUAGAAACGUAAACAUGUAUAACGUGCACUGUAACAAAUCUAGAAAAUAUUGGUUGAUUCAUGCAUUCGUGAUUUUUAUGCCGACCAGCGAUUAUCUCCAAGUAGUAUAUAAGUACAAAGAUUUCGAGGGAAUCGUACAGAUCACGAAUGCUUUCAGUUAUAUAUGUUAUAUUAUAAUAUAUACAAGUGCAUAUUAAUAUAUGAGUAUAGCGGCGAGAAUAUUUUUCAUGGUAAUAAAUUUCAUAUAUUAUCCACGUUAAACUCCGUUAUAACUCAUGAACGGUAUAUAAUAUCAGAUAUUAAAUUUAUAAUGUUAUCAGAGUUUAAAAUAUAUGGGUCACUAUUUAAAAAUCAAUAUCGUGGAUGUAUAAUAUAUAGUAGUAUAUGUGAGUGUUUAUAUUAUGGUACAUAAUAUAUUAUAUUUUACGGAAUAACGGUAAACUCUAUAUAUAUUCGAUAAUGUUUGUAAAAAUCAAAAUCAAAAUUUAUUCAAAAUCCGUAAAUAAUAAUAUUAUAAUCUCUAAGUCACGGUAAGUGAAUCGCCCUGUAUAAUGCAUAUAAUAUACAUUAUAUAAUAAUAUGUAAUAUGACAUUAUGUCUGGUUAUAUUUCGCCGGUUAUAUUUUUUUACUCUUAUUUUUAUUCGCAGGCUGUCUACGCAGCAAUAGACAUCAUAAGUAACCGCAACCCUUCCCUCCCCAGCUACUAACUACCUUCCGAAAUGUUAACGAUACGAUAUUAUAAUAGUUUUGAACAGUGGUUUUCAACUUUUUACGAAUUUUCUGAUCUCUUUUGGAGUUCGUAUACAUAUUGGCGGGAUUCCGUCAUGUAUGGUUCGGAACUUGUGAGAUUUGCAUAUUGGGUUUUAACAGGCCGAGCUAUAGAAAUGGAUUCUGUGCUCUAUAAGGGUGAGUUAAAAAAAAAAAACGAAAAUUCAAUACGCGUAUUUUAAAGUCAUACAUUUUUGUACUACAGUACUAUAUUGUAUGCAUAUUCAGAACAAUAGUUUAUUUGUUUGCAUUUAAUUUAAUUCGUUGGCGUAUUUUAGUUUUGUUUUUAUGGAUAUUUUGUUUAUUUUAUAACCGAUGUAAUUUCUGACUCCUAAUCGCAACAGUUGUUACUAUAAAGCGCGGAAGUUGCUAUAUUUUGCAUUUUUUUUUCCGGAUGAUAUUUCCUACCGGAAAAUAUGUUUCAUUUGCACGAAACGUAACCAAUUUUUAUCUUGCAUUUUUUUUUUUUUUUGCUUCCAAUUCGUGUCAUUUUUAUUCGUACAUUAAUAAUACGUAUGUAAAUACAGUACACGUAUUUAUGUAUAUUUUUGCAUUUUACACAUUCAAAGUGUAUUAUUCAUUAUUAUUUAGUUAUCAACACCUUAUAUACAAUUCAUUGAAUAGAUAGUCGAAAAAUGUUUUUUUCUAAAAAAAUCACCGUCGUCAAUCGUGUCUGCAAAAUAAUAUUAUAUACAUUGUACAUGGUGAUGCAAGAUAAAUUCAGAUUAUCCGAAAUAUCUGGAUUUCGGGUUCGAGAUUCUAAUUGUUUAUUUUUUCUUGAAGAUACCUACUUGUUUUUUCAAUUUAGUUAUUUAUAUUAAAUAAGUUAAUCGUUACGAAUUGUAUAAUAUUAAAAACGCCUAAAUAAAGACGGACAUACUUGGUACGUGAGUGGGCUACUGUUGUUGAUGGGAAGUCGGGAAGGGAGACAUAAAGGGGAAUUUAAUUUAUAUCUGUACGCUUAACCAUUGCUAACGAAAAAUCGAUUCUGAGCGGAGUUCGUUUAAUAAUGUUGCUUUGUCAACAAUAUAUAUGUUAUAUUAUGGUAAAAUUACAUAUGCAUUAUAUUGUAUUUUCUUUGGUAAUAUUGUGCCUAUUUUCCCGUUUUUCCUAUUUAUCGAGAAAACUCUCUGAAAAUCAAAAAAUUACCUCUUUAAAGUACCAUCCCAGUCAGAUUUCCUUUCAGAAAAAGCGCUAUCAUUGUAAAUCGGAGCAAAAUUGCCGGUAGAAAAGUUGUUCAUAUAAGAAAAAAAAGCAAAUAAACAUUAUUGUAAAACCAAUACAUGCAGGGCUCCGCUCACAAUCUAAAAAAAAAAAAAAAACAUCCAAAUUUCAAAAUCCGGAUUUAAAACGAAUUCCGGAUUCCGAAAAUCCGGCUUACGGAACGUCGGCAAAUCCGGAUUCUUCUCACCGUCAUAAUAACGCAUAUACGGUGAACGCGGCGCGGCGCGGAGGCGGUGUUCUGCGAUCGAAAUGAUAUUAUUACGUAUAGUAGGUAGACCCACCUACCUAUACUAUACGUAUACCUACUAUACCGGGUGGGUAUCGUACGCUCCUCGUUCGUUCAACGGAUGAUUGUAUACGGUAGCCACAAUACGCGAUUAGGGAUAGACCGCGGCGGUGGCGGCGGCGGCGACGGCGGCGACGGCGACGACGACGAUCGCGUACAAGGCCGGCCCGCGGGAGUCCCGUUGAUACUCAAUGACACGGCCGGCGGCGUAAAGGGUCCGGCGGCGGCAGGGACCGGGUUGCCGUUUGACGGCGGUAAAAGAGUGUAUGGGACCGAGAUAGGCGGCCGCGGUAUUAUAUGUACGCCGUGUACGCGCGCGUACGGUAGCGCGCGCGGUAUUUUGUAUAAUCGAUACGUUCGGGAUGCGGGUCAUUCAUGCGUCGUCGCGUCUUCUGAACCGCCGCCGCCGCCACGCCAUCCCGCCACGGCCGUCACGUACCUAUAUACGCGCGCGCGUGUACAAUAUUUAUACACGUACCGAUGAACCGGGAACCGUCGCCCGCGGUCGGAAGGGUGCGAGAAUUUCACGUGUUUAAAAAAAAAAAAAACCCAAUUUAACGGACGAAUGCUUUUACAGGUACCUGCGAUUUUUACGAAAUCUACCCUUAUAUCCAUUCAAAAGCGUAUUAAAAUAAAAUCCGCGACUGACGGUGCAGUGGAUUUUCGAUUUAUUCGUAAUACUUGUAUCGUAAGGACAUUAUUCAUUACGAUAUGAACCUCGCAUUCGAGUUUUCGAGCAUCUUUGAAAACCCCAAAAAAAUAAUAAAUAAAUCUCGAUAAUUUGAGAACAAAAAAACCACCGUAAAAACGGUAUAAAUCAUAAAAAUUGUAUCGCCUUUAGAAAUGGCUAAUAUAAGUAUAUGGUAAAAGUUUUGGGUGAUUUCGAUUUUUUUUAACUUAAUUAUUACGAUAAAAAAAAAUAUACAUAUACAAAAAAAAACAAAAUCCAAAAUCUAGAAACCGUUUUCAAAAAUAUAAAAAUACGUUACCACGUAUUUACGUAUUUUGUUUUCCGAUGGUUUUUCCUGUUAGUAAUAAAACUUCAAGGAAAAUAAAAAAAUAUUUCUUUUUAAUUAUUAAUAAAAAAUUUGAUCGGAACUCCUGAAGUUGAAGGUCGAAGCAAGGACGUAUACCGUAAUUACGUAUUGUCCACAUAGAUCGAAAAUCAAUGAAAAUGUUGUACUUUAUAUAGUUUUUGAUGAUUUUUACGAGCUUUGUUAAAAUUCGACAUUCCAGUUCUUAUAACAAAAUGUUCGUGAUUACUUUUUUUCGAUAAAUUUUCGAAUAUUUGAACAGUAACAAAGUUUAUUGGCAUUGCGAAUCGAAGAAUACAAAAAAAAAAAACAUAAACAUUUCAAAUAGGUAUAAAUAUUUUGGAAAUUUGUUCGCGUUUAUAGAAAAUACUAAUUUAAGUAAGCAUAUUGUAUAGUCAUUGGAAAUUGCAUUUGUCUACUGACCGAGAAUUUGUUUGCAUCAGAUUGCAGAUAAAAAAACACUAGUCAUCGUUAUUGUGAAACCAAUGCCUAUACAUUCCUCGACUCCGUUCAGAAUCCGAAAUACCUAACAUCCCAUUUGAUGCACCGCGAUUAUUUGUACGAUUUGUUAAAUGGCAGAAUACUUAUACGAUGAUGUACCAAAAAUAUUAUAUUUAUAUUGACUGCUGAAAAUUGUAUUAUUAUUAUCAUGUACCUAUAUAGUCAUGUCGUUUUAAGUAAAUUUAAUAACAAUAAUAAUAAUAUAUCUGUUAAUAGAACAGAAUUCAUAACAGACUCAUUGCGAUUCGAAUAAAUACGUUAUGAUUUAUUUGUGUUACAGUGGACAUUUUAUAUAUUACUUUGAUCCAAUUUAAACAUUAAUCAAAUACGGAUUAUAGGCAACAAACAUGAUAUAAUCUAAUCCGUACCUAUAUUUAAAUGAAACAAACAUGCGCAUAUUAUACUUUUCCAAUAUUCGUUCGAUUAGAAAUAUACUAUUUGUUGAAUUUCGCGUCGGAGAUAAAAUUACCAGUUGGGUAAAUAUUUAAUAAAUAAUAUGAUUGAAUGGUCGGUUUUUUUUCCAUAUAUUAAUUAUAAUUUGUAGACUUGUAUAUUAUGUUGUAUUUGUGUAUAUUAUAUGUAUAAUAUAACACUCGAAAUUAUGAAAUAUGGGAGUUUUUAUAAUACUGUAUUAUAACGUAUUCGUAUUUUGUAAACUUAAAAAAUAUUUUUUUUUCUCCUAAUAAGUAAAACACAUAGCGAAAAACCAAACGCCUUAUUAAAUCCCUGUAUUACCUAUGUACAUUUUGAAAAAUAUUUAAAUCUACCGUUAAAACAAUAAUAACCUUGAUUGGUAAAAUAACGAUUAAAUUAGGUAGCUAUGUAUUAUAAACCUACCUAUUCUACAGUUUAUCGAUUCAUUUGUUGCUAAUUUAACAUUCAAUCAUAUUGAAAUGUAUUCUAUAAUACAAUACAAUAUUAAUUACAGACUGUAAUUUACAGUCAUAUCGAGAACAAUGUAUAUAUUUACCGACUUCCAUUUGGACGCUGGCGUGUUACGAAAUAAUAUCGGAAUGCAAUUAUUCCAAAUAACAGGAAAUUACAUUGUCAAAAUGAUAUUGUAUCUAUAUCCGAAAUUUGAAUACUAUUUUGCAUACCUUGUCUAUUUUUUUUUAUCUAUACCUAUUCUUCUUUUCAAACGUUUAUUCGAAAAUUUUACUAAAAAUCAAAAGUAAACAAAUUGUGCUACCUUUAUACUAUUAUGUGUCUAUAUAAUACGCAUAAUACCUAACCUAUAGAUUAAAGUUUUGUUAUUUAAAUCUUUCGAACAAGUCAUAUAAAAUUUAAAAUAAUAGUUUAUAUCGUAUGUGUAUUGAUAAUUAUCACAUCUGUACUGAUACUGCGGUAUACGGUUUACACAUCUCGGACGAUCAACUGAUAGACAAAUCGAAUUUAUAAUGUUCUCAUAAAACUGUUAUACAAAUUAUAAAAACAUGAAAAUACAUUAAGUGUUGUGAGAUAGGUAUCUCGGGAAGUACGUCUUUUCGUGGUUACUUGUACUUUUCAAAGUUUUUAUUCUAUUUCAAACUAUUUAUUCUUUAUAUUAUACAAUAUAAAAUAGUAUGACAUGUUUCGAAAAAAAUUAAAUGUUGUCAUGGAAAUGAAAAUUAUUUGGACUUUCAAUACGAAAACAACACUACUAAUAAAAUAUGAGUGAUGACUUAUAUAUUCUAUAUCGCUAUAGUCUUGGACCACGAUUGUACUUCUUUAAAAAUAUAAUCGUUUAGAUUAAUUUAUAGCUUCAAUUUAAUUUAAUUUGUAUUAUUAUUUUUUUAACUGGUGUUAAAUAUUUAAAAAAACAAAAAUCAUGUAUUAGAAUGGCUCUUAAAGUUAAAUGUAUUAUUUUAAUAUUUGUCAAGUAUUUUUGUUGUAUAAUAGUUUUCUUAAGCCUUUUUGGUAUUAUUUAUUAAAGCAUACUUUUUAUUACUAGAUAUAAAUACAUUUUUAAUUUCUAAAUUAAAUUAAUUAUAUUCUUAAUUAUAUUUGUCAUAUCACCAGUGUUCAAAAUUUUCCAUUCCCUUUUUAGUGCAUGACAACAGAUUUAAAUUAUAUAUAUACUUGCGCCAUUUCUAUAAAUUUUACCAGAGAUUAUGAUAUUAUCCCUAGAUUAUUAUCUUACUAAUGUUUUGUCUGUCGAUGUGUUUCUACCAGAUUACCAAAGUUAAUAUUUAUUUCAUUUUUUUUUUUUUUUUUUAAAUUAGUAUUUUCCAUUGAAUUUGUUUGUAAACAUCUUCCAGGCAAUUGGAUAAAUAUAUAAUAACGAGAUGGAUUUAUAAAUCUACCAUGGUCAGAAUAUUAAAUAAAUAUGCUAUAAGGUAAGUCUAUGAUAAAUUACAUAUUUUAUUAUUUUAUUUUAAAUCUAUACCAUUCAAAUUUAAAAUUAUCACGAUCGCUCACUGGAUUACUGUAAUUAAAAAAAAAGUCAUUGAUUAUACUAUAGCUUUCAAUAAAUUGAAACGUGAACACUAAACUAAUUUGUUUUUAUCAAAAAUCUUUAUAAACACUGACUACAAGAAUUUUUUAGUAUUCAAAUCCAAAAUGGAAUUGUGAUUUAUAAUUUUAUUAAUUACUGCUAACUUAAUUUUUAAAUUUUAUCAAGUUUUAAAAAAAGUUUAUUUUAUAAUUUCAAUAUACAAAACAUAAUAACGUAAAUCAAUGUGUAAUUAUUUGUGUUUUUUCACAUGGUUACCUAAUAAUUAAUUAUCUUUUAAGUGAAUAUUUCGACAUGUUCAGUAUGUCAAUAACAGUUAUCUAAAAAAUCAAUAAGGUCCACACAUGGUAAGAUAUUAUUUGAAAAAGUCAUUCUGAAGACAAGACCAUAAUACAUAAUACAGUAAUAGUAAUAUUUAAAAUAUUAUCAAAGGAGCACUCAAAAAUAAAAAUGUCGAUGAAUUAAAAAAAAAAAAAUCUGUCAAAAACCAUAAUAACAAUGAUGAAAACCAUGAUAAUAAUAUAAUACAAUGUACUAAAAACUGCAAUUUUCAUAUAACGCUAUUGCAUCUGUAUAUUAUCCUUUGGAAGCUUUCUUUAUGAAACGGAAUAACAAAUCAAAUCAAAUGAAUACAUAAAAUGUUAAAAUAAUAACAUACCUAUCUGAUAUAAUUUCUAUAUUUUCACUGACUUUAUAAACUUUACCAAUCACUUUGAACCUUUUCUAGAAUAGGUAAUCUAUUAUUUUAUGUGGUCAAGUGCCUACCUUUAUAAUUAUAAAAAUGUCUCUUCGAGCAGUAUAUUAACAAAAUGCGAUAUUUUCUAUUUUGACUUUAGUUUCAUAACUCGUAAAAAAGGUUAGUUAUUCGUAUAUUACAUGGAAUAAAAUAUCAAAUCUAUAAAAUAGAUUUAAUGAAUUUAUAAUAUUGUUUGAUAUGUCGACUAUUACCAUCAAAAUAAACAUUUUUAUUAAAGCAGCUAUAUUUCAGUUAAAUAUAAGACAUGUAUUCACAAUAUUUCGAUGGUGUAAAGUGUUAUUUUAAUUUUCAAUAAUUAAAGAGAUUUAGUUAAAUUGUAAAUUAAUAAACUAGUGUGUUCUACACUUAAAAAAUUAGAACUUUAGAUAAUUAUAUUCUGGUAUUAAUGAAAGUAAUUUAUUAAUUAUUUAAAAGUUAUAAUUUGAUUAGAUAUAAAACAAAGUAAUUUUUGGUACUAAAUUAGUUAUUUUAUUUUAUUAGAUUUUAAUAUUAUAAAAAUUACGACAAUUGCGUGAUUAUACUGUAUACACGAGAAAACUGAACGAAAAGAAGAUUGACAUGCCGUAAAAAUAUUUAACAUUAUUAAAAAAUGCACAGAAAGCCGAUGAAAUGUAAAACGCUUGAGUUUAUUUGAAUUGAGAAUAUUAUAUAGUAAAAAGGUAGUUGAGAUAAUAUUAUUAAAUUGGUAUAUUUACUAAUUAAUAAUUAGUAAAUACCAUUUCAUGAUGAUGUAAUAACUAAUAGUUGUAAUAAAUGCAUACGAAAAAUGGUACGUUCCAUAUUAUUAUUAUUGUUAUUAUUAUUAUGAUUAAAAUUGCUUUUAGCAUUAUAUUGUUAUGCUGUGUUCAGAAAAGGUUAUAAUAUUUAAAUACUAUGCAUGAGCAGAAAAUCGAUUAUGUCCUUUAGUCUAAAUAAUACUUAUUCUAUAUUAUGGAGAACUAAUAAUUAUUUGAGAUCUGAAUAGAGAAAAAAGAUCAUACCAAAUUAGUUAAUUUUAAGUAAUUCGAAAUUUUUUAAAGAAAUAAACAACCAUGUAUGGCGAUUAUUUUAUCAGUAAUCAAUAAAGAUUUUUGAUAAAUGUGAUUUUGAUUUUUCAAUCGUCAUAAUACAGAAGAAGCAUUUAAUGAUAUUAUUAUACAAUAUUCUCAACAUUUUAUUUUUAUUCAUGAAUUUAUAAGUUAGAUAUACGUUUUAAACCGGAGCAGUGAGGAAGGGUAAUAAUCUAAUGAACAUAUAUUUAAAAAAUUCAAACAUUCAUAUUUAUAAAUUCCUACAGUACAUUACAAUAUUUGAAAAAAUAUUCUCUUUUCGAAUUCUAGUCCGGCCACUGUUUGAAAACCAAAAGUUGAUGUUUAUAAUUAUGUAUUUAUGGUAUAUAGAAUAAAAAUAACAUUUCGAAAAUGUUGUUAACUAUAUCGUUAAACGCUUUUAUCGAUGUAUAUUGUCUGAAAAGAAACAAAAUUAAAUUACUCAGUAUAUUCGUAGAUAAUCGCUUGUUUGUGGUAAAUGAAUCAUCCAUACAGCGUAAUUCAUUGUGUGCCAAACAGAUAUGCAAUAAUAUAAUGUAUACGUUACGCUUUAUACGCCUAUAGAAAUUUUCUUAAUUAUACAUUAUAUAUUAUACAGAAAAGUUACACUAUACUCGUAUAUAAUAUAUGAUAAGUACUCACUUUAUUUAAGUUUAAAAUAAUUGUUUUAAUAAAAAAAUAUACAUUUUAUUCAUUAGUUUUUAUUUUUAACAAAGGUCGUUCAAACAUUUGUAUUGUUAUAAUUGUAUAAUAUUUGUGUUGUACAUACAUUCAAUUAAUUAUGAAUAUUCAUUUUCACUUAUAAAUUAGAUACCUAACUACUUAAAUUAUGUUAAAAUAUUAUAGCAUUUGUGUGACUUAACCUCAUAAAUACUAUUUGAAAAUACCUACAAUUGUUAAUACAAAUAUGCAUUGCAUAUGAAUUAAUCUCAUCGAGCGACCGUUAAAUUUAAGAAAAUAAAUUAUCAAAUAAUAUGUUAUUAAAAAAUAUAAUCUACCAGUUUAUAUAAUACAUUAUAUGGAUGUAUACCUAAACUAGUCUAUAAAAUACAAACUUCCUUUUAUGGAUACCGAAAAGAAACUUUUAUCCAAUUUAUUAUUUCCUUCACCUUGAAAAUAAAACUAUUAUGUAUCUACUGACUAUGAGUAAUAUAAAAAGUUGCGUGCUAUAAGUUACUGUGGUUAAACGAAAUUAGAUAAUAUAUUUUUAUGACAUGCCUGUCGGUAUUCAAUUAAAGUGAUUAUAUAUUUGUAUUAUAAUACAUAUUUAAAAGAUUGUAAUAAAAAAAAAAAAAAAAAUUAUAAUAAUAAUAACACUAAAUUUGAAUAACUCUAUAAUGCUAAAGUAAUAAUAAUACUAUGAAGUGCUGUUGAACAGAAUAUAGGUAGAUAUAAAUAGAAUCGAAUAUAAAAACAAUGUUCAGUUAUUAUUUUUAUUUGAGCAAUUAUCAAUCAAUGUCGAAAAAAUAUGAAUAAAUUGGGUAUAACAGUUUUAAACUGUCAAGAAUCAUGUGUUGGAUUUUAUUCAUUUAUUCGUAUGCCAUAUGUUGGAUUAAUUUUGAUCUAUUGCAAACUAUUUUGAAAAAUACAAAAUGUUUAAGUACAUUAUUUUCUUUUUUAUUAUUAAAUUACAUUUGACAAAUUUAGUGGGUAUAUUAGUAUUUAAUUUACGUAGUCAGGUAAGAGUUUUAUUCCAAAUAUACAAGUUUGAAAUGUUUAAAUAUAUAUUGUCAUAAUUUUAUUUAGUUUUAAUGUAUAAUUUCGCUUAGGAUUGUAUUAAGACAAUUUUAUAAAUCAAACAUUACUUGUGAAUAUAAAUGUAUAAUAAAUGCUGAAAUUUAAUUUUGUUAGUUAAAAUUUCUCUGAACACCUACUUGUUUACAGUAAAACAUGACCAAUUAAAUGUUCCUAAUUUACCAUUGAAAUUCGAAUUAUUAUAAUGUAUAAAAUUGAAAUUGUAUUGAGUAGGUAUAGAAAGUAAAUUAUAUAGCUAAGACAAUUUAUAUAAAUUAUUUGUAUUGAAAACGAGCAAAAAUGUUUUAAAUAAGUCGUAAUAUAUGAAUACAAUAAUUGUUAAUAAUUAAUCGUCUAUUGUAAAUUAAGUUUAUAUAUUAUGUAAGUAUAUGUAUGUUGUAUGUAUUGUAUGUAUAUCCAUUUUACACGUGGGUAGUAUAUCAUAAUAACACGUUACGAAUAUAUUUUUAAUAAUAAAUCAUUAGAUAUAAAAUUUGAUUUACUUUACUGAUGGGUUUAUUUAUGGGUUUUAUUUACAAUCUUUCGUAAGUAUCAGAGAAACUAUAACCUUAAUAAAAAAGUUUUUAGUUGUAACUUAAAAGCAACAUUAUAAUUUUAGGUAGGUAUUGAUAGUGUGGUAUAAGUGAUGUUGUACUAGUACAACCAUCAAAAUAAUAUUAUUGAACAUAAAUAUAGUUAUUAUUCUUAUAUUAUCAAUAAACCGCGACUGGUUUUAUGGGUUGGAUAUUCUACACUUUCGAUUAUAAGACACUUUAAAAUGUCAAGUAUAUAUUUUGUAUUAUACAUCCCCCUACCACCGUCCGUAAAUACGCAAUAGAGUUUAUGAUUAUAUAACAUUGUUUUGUAAUGGGUUUUUUUUUUUCAUUUUUUUAUUUUUAGACAAAGCGAAAAAAAGGUAUGGAAACUUGUGUGUUAGUAGCAGCAGCGAGGUGUUGUUGGUGAUGUUGGAGAGAUCGCCGGGUUCCGGUCUCGGCCUGAGUCUGUCAGGCCACAAGGACCGCACAAAAAUGGCGGUCAUGGUGUGCGGAUUGAACCCCAACGGACCGGCCGCCAAGUCCGGAUGUUUACGGGUCGGCGAUGAGAUUUUAGAGGUAAGUCUUAUGAUACCUAAAAUGGAUAAAUUUCAUAAAUCUAUGUCUUAUAUUUUUUAUAAAAUUAUAAAAGUCUAGAAAAUCGAAUCUGCCUGUUGUUCGAAAUGACGCUGAAAAUAAUAUAUUAUUAUAUUGCAGUCGAUGUAUAAAAGUUUAUGCAUUAUAUCACAACACGGUAUAACCUACUCAAAAUCUCGCAGAAUUUUAAAACUGUGUGUCGGUGUAUGUGUGUGAAUUUAAAACCGUAAAAUUGGCUGUAGGUUAGGGUAAAAUGUUUUAUUUAUUAAUUUAUGAUUUGUUAGUAACGAGCAUAGUUUUAUACUAUAAUAUCAAUAAACUCGUAUAUCGCGGAGGUAAAUCGAUUGAAAUAACGAAUCAAACGAAAGGUAUGAUGGAAUUUAUUGUUGAUGUAAGCGCCGAGGGAAUAUUAAUAAUAUACUAGUAUAGUGAAUUGAAGGGCUGAACUUUCACAAAUUUAAAUUUUUUUUUUCUCGAACUUUUGAGCUUCUAUUUUAAAAACACAAAAACACAUUAUAUUUAGGUAAAACACUAAAAUAUAUGUACAUAUAUAUCUAUAUCCAUGAAGGGAAUUAACAGGGAACAGUAAAAAAAGGGUAUUUAUUAGUCUUUAUCUUUAAUUUUGAAAUAAUGGUAAAAUCCUAUAGCGCUUCGAGUCUUUUUCGUAUGUUAAAUUUCAUUCGGUGAAAAAGAUUGCAGUAAGGUUAUAUUGAAAGAAAAAUAUUGAAUAUACUGGUUUAAAAAGAAUGUAGUUCAUGCUGUAUAGUAGGUAAUUUCUCUCUACUGAACAAUUUUCAAAAAUGGACUUACAUCCUUUUUAUACUGUAACUUUCAUACAUACAUGUAUAUUGUUGUAUCAAAAAUUAUAUAAUUAUUAAAUAUUUUUCGAGGGGUUUUUUUUUACAUAUAUAUUUUCGUUUAUAGUUUUAAUAUUAAAGCUCACACAACUGUAUGUAAUAAAAUAAUGAUAUUUUAUUACAUCAUUUUUUUUUUUUUUUUUUUUUUUAAAUUAAUUUUCAUUAAAAGAAUCAAAAUUGAUUUUUCUCGAAAUGUUUAAAAUUGAACUCGAAUAGUUCGAUUAACAUUUGCUUACUGCAAUAUUUAAUUUUAUUAAGGAUAUUGAAUAAUAUAUCAGGAAUAUCCUUUAUAUCUACUAGUUGAAUUAUUACGUCCGGCGUACUCAAGAUGGCACGAUGAAUUGUAGAUUUAAAGGCAUUCAUAAAAUUAUUUAGUACUUACAUUCGAACACACGUGCCAUCAUAAUAAAAAUACUCGUAUUAGAAGUCAAGGGACUAAUAUAAGAACGUUUUGCGGGUCGUUUGUUUUUAUGUUGUCUUGUUACUUUACCCGCGGGAAAUAAUUUGUAUGUGCAUUUUGAAAGUUGUCCACCUAUACGAUUCAAGCGUGCUUGCAAAUAAAUCGUCUAUUUGUACGUACUCAAACGUAUAUACUAUUAAGUAUAUUAUAUAGCAUUCCGCUUUUUUUAUAAUAUUUUACUAUUUUGCAUUGUCCAAAGCUGAGCAAGUUGGUCGAUUCUUUUUUAACCUAGUUUUUUCAGAGAUUUAAUAGAAAACGAAUAAUAUUGAAAAUGGGGAUUUAAAUUAUAAUCAAGACUUAUUCCACUUAAAAUCCUUAAAAACGUCUAAAAUGUACUUAAAAAAAUAUAUAACGCAUGAAUGUGGUAGCACGGUAUCAAAGCCCCCUCUCUGACGGCUCUGACUCACGAAAUACAAUUUUCUAACAUUAAAACGUUUUUUCGCAAUUGUAUUUGAUAAGUUAGAGUCGUUAUGUAGGGGACGGGUUUUAAUACCCUACUACUAAUUUUGUUUUUUUGUGGAUUCGAAAUAUUACGCAACAAGUGCAAUUUCCGAUUGUAACGCGGGGGCGACCGGUGACAUUUCAGGCACACGUUCACGUGUAAAUGUUGUAAUAACGGCUGUCGCGUAUAUUUUGCACGGCGGCGUGCCGUUCGAUAAUAAUACGCGCGCCGGAAUUCUAAAUUGAAAUCUGAUAUGCGGUCCGUCGCAGCAGUGUGCAGGACGAGGUAUCUGUACACAACACAUCAGUACACGUAAUAUACUCUCAUCCCCGUGGCGGCCGCGCGGCGCAAUACGGAACUUUUGUCGCCUCGCCGUCACACCGCCAGCCCCUCCCCCCUCCACUCUCCCGCCUCCUCGUAUACCGGCCCUAACCCGACCUACCCCGCGCCGUUUUGCGGUCAGGACAAUGAUAAUAAUUCAUUCCCGCACGGCACCGUUCGCGUAGCGCAACGGUUUUAUGUAGCGCACGCCCGGUUUACAAAUAUUUUACACGUAUGUACAUUAUGACGCCGCGGCCGAGUUAUCUCCGCGCCGCGGACGACCGGUCCGAAACGAUAUUAGCAAAUUUCGUCGUCGUUGUUGUUGCGCGCGGUGUUCACUCACCGAAAUGAGAUUGUCCCGAAGAAAAUCGCGCUUAGUUUUAUCGUGCCGAGAUUAAAUACCCUCGAGGCGCAGUCAGCCGGCGGCCCUGCUGAACACCGGCAACAAUAAACCGCGCGUUAUAGUGUGUGUGUGUGUGUGUGUGUGAGUGUGUAUACGUCGUAUUGUUAUCGUUGUUCGUGAAUUUCCGUUCGUGAUUUCGCCGAGUCGUUACAAUAUUAUAAUGAUAAUUAUUGCUGCGCAUAGGGGUUUUAUUAAUGCAAUCGCCUCUGGAUCGUAGUAUUUGCGCGUCGAUUAUAUUUUGCGCCCGGAGGCCAAAAAUUGAAAGUCCACUAUGUUUCUGUAUAUUAUUAUAAACUACUCCGUUCUAUCUGGGUUGACUUUUGGACCACUAGAGCCGAACACUAAAACUGUAACUGUCGUUACAACGCUGUUUUGGGAUUAGAAUAUUUAUACGUUUUCGGACCUAUAGACAUUUCCAUACACAAAAUGUACAAAAUAGACAAAAUUAUACAUAAACAAAAUACACAACAUUUUUUCGUUCUUAAGUCCAGAAUUGUUUUCGUCAAAAACUAUUAAACUGCAAUAUUCAAUAACAUUUAAAAUAUUUUAACGAACUGAAAGUAAUAAAUGAUAUUUUAAUCCUUCGUACGUUUUACAAUAACCGGUUGUAAAAUCGAAAAGUACAAUUUGUAUACGAGCCAUAGUAUAAUGUUUUAAAAAUCUUAAAGUAUCAGUUCUGUGAAAUUUGGUGUUUUUGGCCUCUAUAGCCAUAUCGACGAUGUAUUAGUUUCAACAGUCUAUUUCUCCGGUUACUUACCUAUCAAUUUAGAGGAAAAAAAAGAAAAAUAGCAUAUCUACUCUACCAAAUUGAUAUGUUUAUAUAUGUAUAUAUUUACACACAAUAGCAUGGUGAAUUUUUGUUUCCUAUAAAUGAGGUCGACAAAAUUUGGGACACUCGCAUUCUAUAAAACAAAAAUCUCAUUAGCUCUUAUUUUUCAUAGAUCAAAUUUUUAUCAAAUAAGUAAAAACGUAGGAGUCUUUUUUACUUCAACUUUGAGAUCAACUUGGUAAAAUGUGACUGAUAACAAAUAGACACUUUUUGUUGCAUUUCACUGAAAAAUAUGGGCUGUCUAGUAUUUUUAAACAGUUUAUAAACACCCAACAAAAUAUUUAUUUUAUGUAAGUAAUUCGACUAGAUCGUAUACUAAAAUGUUGUUUAACAUUGUUACCAAUACAUAUACAUUUACUAUGGUUUAACAAUGUUGUUGUAUUAUAAAAUCUAAAUUUAUUUCAGUAUAAAGUUCUAAUAUACUAAUAUAUCUAUUUCUAUAUGGUGUUGGGAUCAUGGGUUUAGUUGACGGAAUUUUAGCAUGCUGCGUUGAAAUUCCAACCGUCCUGCGCGAGCGGGUAGUGCCAAAAGUUCACAUGAAAACAAACGACUUCGCCGUAAUACUUUAGCUGUAUAAUGUAUACUCUGUUUCAUAUUUUUCUAUCGAUUUUUUCACCUACAUUAUGUAUUGUACACAAUGCAAACAACAAUUUAAAAAUAUACGAAUAUACGAGAUCGCGCAGGAUUUUUUUUUAAAUUUUUUAAAUUUGUUGAAUAUCGCAAAUAUUUUAUAUUAUAACGAUAAAUCAUUCAAAAAACGACUAUUAUAUAUAUAUGUAGGACAUAGUUACUAAAUUUAAAUAUUGACGCUCGUCGCUGCGGAGGAUGUUCUUUUCGCCCGUAUAAAACUACGUGGAGAACUUUAAAAAACGAUCCAUCCAAAUAGUACCGUCCGUCGGUUGCCAUUCGUGUUCAAUUGCCCUUCUAUAAAAAAAAAAAAAAAACGGUGGUACUGGACGAAGAAAACGAUUUUUUUUCACCGCCCGAAAGUGCAGUUAUCUGAGGAGAAAAAUAUAGAAAUGCCAUAUUGUACAGUAUUUGUACUAUAAUACUAGCUAUAUAGCCAAUUUUUAAGGAGGGUUAUUCGUGUUUAAAUGGACACACGGACACGGUUAAGCCCAGUGGACAAAGAUUUCGCAUACUCUGUGUUCACUAGAAAAAAUGGUAAAUAUAUGGGAAAUGUAAAAUAUAAAUGAUGUGUAUAUACUAUAUACACAUUUUUGAGAUUGAACCUUUUUUACUCGCGGAUCUUUUUAUAUUUUUGAAUGAAAAAAACGACAAUAAGUGUCACGCAGCUAGUGUAUAUUCACUAAAAAGUCCAAUAAUAAACGGACAGAUGGGUCCUUUUUUCAUAUAAAUGUAUAUCCAAAACCACAUAAUAUUAUAUUAUGCAAUGCCGUGCACAAUACGUUUUAUAUAUUACAAUAAUAUACCUAAUGUAUAGUAUAUAGUUAACUAAAUUGCUAGUCCCUAAUCACUGCACGUACUAUACCAAACAUCAAUGUUUAGCCCCGUGUACAUGCUGUUGUACGUAUUUUUAAUAACAUAUGUUUUUGUGCACACAAAAAAGGUUAUGUAUUAUGUUCGUUUAUUAUAAAUACGAACACGUUCACCUACCCUUUAGCUGCGCAUAAACUCAUAACUUAUUCAUGGAUACUGUACGGUUUACACCCUCGGGCUUUGGUAUAGGUACCUAACGAGAGAAGGAUAUACCCUAACAACCAGCGCAGAGAGGGCAAUGAAGGAGAAAUAGGUUUAAUUUAAAAUGCAUCACGUUAUAUUGGCUCCGAUGUAUAUAUAUAGGUAUAAUAUUUCGUGACUGGUAAUCGUCUGGGAGACUUUUUUUUUUUAUCGACUGUGAAACCCAUUUUAUGUUUAUAAGCUCUUACGUAAUUUUGUUUCCACGUGAGUGAUGCAUCGUAGUAAUAAUACACUGUAACGAAAUUUUUUUUUUAGUUUUAUACUACCGUUUUUGUUUUUGUUUUUUUUAUAUACAUUUGUAUGUAUAAUAUAUACAUGUAGAAAAAAAGAAACAAAAACAAGAAAAAGUCCAAAAGUUUGUGUUUAUUUUAUGUAGCGAUACUGAAAUGUUUUAUAGGUAUACUUAUAUAUGUAUCUACAUUUGUUGUUAAAACUGGCUUUUUUUGCAUUUUUACUUUUUUUCUGCCGUAACAAAAAGGGCUCGGGAAAAAGCUGACAUAUGCAGCUGUGAUAAUAAUAAUAUAUAGAUCGCCGCGGUUUUACAAGUUAUAUUGUAUACAAAUGGUAGUGGGAGUGGUUUCGGACAGAAACAGAUGACCUAUAUUAUGCAGCUUUUUCCGUAAGCCAAAAGGUUAAAGGUAUAAAAUAAUAUUAUGGUUUUGCGGUUUUUUUUUAAUUAUUAUCACAAAACGCGGGCGCUUGGUUUAAAGUAUUAUUUUAUAAAUUUUUUAAUAAAGUAUUAUUAAAAUUGUAUAUUAGGUAAUUACACUUGAAACGGUAUAUGUACAAUAGUACCUAUACAUUAUACAUUGGUAUAUAUUAUAAUAGGUAUAAGAUUUAUAUUAAAUUCGUGUGAAGGACAAAUUAAUAUAUGUAUAGUUUAAAAUUUUAAUGAUAUCACGUAAAUUCGUAUUACAUAUUGGGUUUCUUUAACUGUAUAUAGUCUCUGACAGAGCAUGUUUAGAAGGAUGCAAGAGGGUGCUCACGCACCGGGCGAUAUGACCACAUGCAUAGUUCUGUAAUUGACUAUUUGUACGGUGAAUGUAUGAGUAAACGUCCUAAAGACAGGUUUAGCUUUUUUUUUUUUGCUCAUUGUAAUUUUUUUUGGCACUGAUUUUGUUAGGCACGGCACUAGUCUCUGGUACCUAUCUAUAGACAUAUGUUGAAUAUAUGAUACAUAUGUACCUUAUAUUAUACAUGGAUGCAUAAAAUGUAUAUAUAAUAAAUGACAAGAAUUUUUAAUUUUUGUGUGAUUGAGUUGUUUUCAAAAUAAAAAUUCUAAACCAGUGGCGUAUUUGAGGAGAGUUCUGGAGAUUUUUUUACAAAGAUAAUUUCAUAAUAAAAACAAAAAUAAAAAUAUUAAUUUAAUUUAAUUUUUAAUAACUUUUCAACUAAAAAACUUUUUCCAAGGGUUGAUUUUGGUUGACAAUUCGUGCAUUAGAACUAGUCCUUUUUUUCUUAAUAGUGGAAGAAAACCGAAAACUUAGAAUAUUUAUGAGAAAACGGUUUUUGUUAAAAUUAAUUGUUUUUUGCUGUAAUUCAGUGAAAAGUAUUUCUAGUAAAUAAACAUUUUAGGUCAAAACUUUAUUCUAACUUCUAAACGAAAUAAAAUAUCGACUUGAAAUUCACACAUAAUAUACGCAUACUUAUGUAAAUAUUUAAAAAAAAUAGUUUAGGUAUUAAACAAUAUAAAUAAUUUGUAAGUAGUUUACUAACAUGCAUAUAUUUAUUGGAAAACAUAAUUUUUGUAAUCACGGUUAAAAUUUCUUACCGGGUAUAUACUUUUUAAAACUUUAAUUUGACUGGAGCCCUAGCGCAUGCGAAUCCAACUCGCACUUGAUUAGUUUUAAAAAUAUUACGGUCAAUAUUUAUAAAUAGGACUUGGAUUUAUAUGCAUUUGCGUAUUUUUUUUUAACAAUUCAAAAAGUAGCUAGAUAAGCUACAAGUUUGAUUAAUUUAAUUAAUUAAUUAAAUUAAGUUUCCUUAAUAUGUUAUAGUACCAUCAGUGAUGUCAUCGCAAAUGAAUUAAGGAACAUAUGAUAUGUGUGCACUUAAUCUAUGGGCCAAUAAAAAUGUUAAACAUAAUUCAUUAUAUUAGUUAUAUUCUUUUUAUAUUUCUAAUAUAAACUUACGAAUCAAAACAGAAUUUUAGACAACAAGACCCUUCAAAAUACCCAAAACUCAAUGGAUUUAUUUAUAAUGUACCGUUUUAUUUGACUUACAGUAGAGAAAAGUGGGGAACUUAAAGGGAACUUAAACUUAUUAAAGGCAGUAAUGCUCCUUAGUGGAUCAGUAUGCUAAUAUUAUGAUGAUGGUGUUAAAAAUACUUUAAUAUUACUAUAUUUAAAUGUAGGUUAAUUUUCGAAGAUGUAAAAUUUUUUUAUGUCGAAUAUGUUAUUUUUCUUGACGUGUCGAAUUUGAGCUCUGAAAAAUCAAGCCAAUUUUCCGUUUUGGCUCAAAGCCAACAAACACGCGUUUGUUUUGCCAAGUAUACAUGUAUAAUAUUAUGUUAAAAACCAAACAAAUAUUAAAACUAAAAUUAUGUACCUAUUAGUUUUAGUACAUACUCGUUUUAAUUCGAUGGAAUGUCCAUUCGAAAAUAUUAUUACAAUCACUAAAAUAUAUUUUAUUGUACUAUAGAAAUACAAACUACAAAGUAUAAAUGUUGAAAUACAUCAAUUAUAACGUAAUUUAAAAAUGUCUUGUUUUUAUUUCUAUGCCAGAAACCCCAGACGAUGUUCCUAGUCCUAAAAAAAAAAAAAAAAAAAAAAAAAAAAAACAUUUACUUAAUCUUAGUUGCUGAAUUCAUAUGGUAUAAUAAUAUUAUUGCUCCAUUAUUGAACAUAUAAAAAUAAAGAAUAAUACUAGUAUAUAUUUAAAUAAAUAUUUAUACAUUUAUACUUCAUACUUUAUCAUAGAUAUUAUAGUAUAUACAGUUUCUAGAUUACGUGUAUUUAUUUAGUAUACAAUUAAAAAAACCAUAGUCACAUAUUAGGUGUUUUUUUUUUUAUAGUGUUUUAAAAAAUACAUGUACAUGGUUAAUAAAUAUGUUAAAAAAAGAAAAUGUAUAAUAGAUUAUAAACUGAAUUACAUAAUGAAUUACAUUAUCGCUUAUUAACCAUAUAAGUUCCAUCCAAUAUUCAUGUCAAUUAAUAAUAAUAAAUAUGAUUUCGAUAAAAUCGUUUAGACGUUAAGAAUACCUAUAAUUAAUGCUUGUAUUUUAAUAAAAAGUAUUACGCAGAGAAAAAAUUCUGUAUAAUACCAUUAAUCAUUGUUGGAUACCUAUACCUAACAAUCUGACAUAAUAUAUACUAUAUAGCUAGUAAUAUUGUUAAUUAACAAUAUAUUCAAUAAAAUUCAAAGCAAAGUAAAAAACUAAAAUCAUAAUUAUUGUACAUAAUCUUAUAUUAUAAAAUAAGUUACGUUUUAAAAUGCGUAUUAUACUUAAAACCCGAGACAAAAGUAAACUUGUAUGGUUGGUUAAGAAAUUGUGAGGUUUUUUAAUGUAUAAAAAUAUAUUAUAGAAUAAAAUUACUUAUUCAUUUUUUUAACAAUUAAAAUUAUUCAUAGACAGAUAAUGUUUGGGUUUUUUUUGUGUAGUAACUAUAAAUGACUAUACAAUAUGAAAAUAAUUAAAAUUGUUUUUUUUUUCUAAAUAUAAUUAGCAAAAGAAGAAAAAGAAAUGAAAACUUUAAAGAAAAACGUAUUUCGAUAAAAAUUAUAUUUUUUCCCGUUCAUUUGUAAUAAUUAUAAAAUCCGGAUAGCAGAUAGCAUUUAAGUACUUACAUAUUUAUCCGAUUUGUAUGUAUUUAUAAUAAAAUUCCGGUUUGUAUUUUUUGACCAUUAUGCUGAUGCUAUCCGUGUCUACUCUCCGAUUAAAAUAUUUUGCUAUCAUUUUAUUAACUAUUCAGACAUACGACAAGAGAUUUCUAUAAUAAUAUAUAAUAUAUAUAUAUAUUUACAUAAUUUCUAUUCGGUAGAAUUUGACAUUACAAAUAAUAUUAAAGAAAUAUAUCUGUUUACAUAUUAUGUUGUAAUCUGUCUAAAGUCUAAACGAUAAUAAUUUGAAAAUUGUCUCUAGUUAUAAAUGCAUAAUUUUUUAAUACAUCAUUUUAUUUAAUCGCUAAUUUAUUGUCUUAUAAACAUAUUGUUUUGAUACUUUAUUAAUUCCAUAUAAUAUAAGAUAUAUAUUAGGUAUUAUCUAUAAAUUAUAUUAAUACUCUGAUAGUUAAUACAGAAAUCAUUUAUUUGAUUUAAACAAAAAAAAUGUAUAUAUAUAUUCUAUAUUAAACGUAUGUGUUACAAGUGUGUUUAAUGAAAGAUAAUUACUCUAGCAUACGAAUAUGAAUUAAUAAGAAAAAUAUACAUUUUUUUUUUUUUUUGUGAGUAACAUUCGAGUGUUCUUCUAUAUUUUAGAAGAUACAACGCCAAUAUUAAAUACAUCACACUGGACUAUAUCGGCACUUCAAUGAAAUUAAAUAUCUUUGUGCAUUACCUUGUGUAAUAAAUAAGUAUAAAAUAUUGAAAUUAUCAUUAUUAUUAUUAUUAUUAUUUUAAAUAGUUAAAAAUAACGAAAGGUAAACGCUAAUAACGUCAAAAUAUUAUAAUAUUUCGAGUUUUAUGGUUUAGCUGCAAUAAAAAAAAAACAACAUUUAGGUUACUCGAUAAAUGUAUUUAAAAUUAAUAAAAUGAAAUAAAUAAUAAUAUUAUGCUAAACGCAUAGGCACAAAAGUAUUAUGCUUAUUUAUUUAUACAUCGUCUAAUUUGUGUCGUAAAUUUUUAAGUGACAAUUCUAUGUAUCCAAAUCAAUAAAAAUUAAUUAAAAAUACAAAUAUUUACGAGGUGAUAAUAAUAUUAUAUAUGGUUAAUUUUUUGUUCUAGGUGAACGGAGUGGUUUUGCACGGACGAUGUCACCUAAACGCCUCGGCCAUAAUCAAAGGUAUACCCGGACCGAUAUACAAAAUAAUCGUAUUGAGGUAAGCCGUUAUUGUUUUUUUUUUAAUAUUUGAUUUUAUUUUUUUUUAAUUUCUUAACGGAAUUCAAAUCUUAUAAACAUUUUACUUAUAAUUAAUAUUAUAGUCUGUUAACAGAGUUCGGGCUAUGUAGUAAUAUUUUGUUUAUUUCUUUUAUUGACAUUAAAUUUAACAGAAAGCUAUGGAAAUGCACGUAAUAUUGUAACGAGUACAAGUUUAAAUAUGAAAUUGGAAAGUGCUUUCUUAAAAUAUUUUUAAGUGUUUGUUUCAGCACUUAAAGGGCUUAUUAUGCUUUUUAAAGACAUAUUAUGAAGUUUUUUAAAAAAAUAUUUAUGUUGAUUUUAAAUGUUUUAAGUCCCGAACCCUGUUUGUUAAUAAUAAUCUGUUGACAUCAUAUAUAACGAUUCAGAGUCGGAAAUGAUGUUUACUGCAGUAAUAUUUUUUAAUAUAAUAUACCUAACCUAGCUAAACGCGUUUUCCAGGAAACCUACGGCUCUUGACGAAUUAGCUGUACGACCGAUCACUCAGUUUCCUAUUACAUUGGAUGACGAGGUUAAUAUACUUUUAUAUAUAUUUUUUUUUUUUGUCGUUUUCCGAUGACUAUACAGUAUUAAACACAUAUUAAAAUUAAAUAAUGUUGUUUUUGGAUGUCUGCAGACACCUGAGGAGAAGUAUUCCACUUACAAAGGUUUACGGGUCGUUACUAUGAAAAAGGUGAGUUGAUGUGUCGUAUAUUAUCAUAAUAAACAUUAUUAUAAUUAUUAUAAACUAAUAUUAUAUGUAUACGUAAUGACCUUGUAAAAUAUUUUUAAAAAAAUACUCUCCUGUAAAAAACAGCCAUUAUAAUAUAGGCACUUGAUUAGGUAAAUAUUAUUCCUAUACAUUAUUAUAUACCUACUGUCUGUAACAUUGAUAAAAAAAAUAAAGUAAAAAAAAAAAAAACGUUUAAUUUUACCUAUCUCAAAAAUAUUAAAGUAUUAAAAUGUAUACAGAGUGAUCAAUUUUCCUUAAAACUAUCGGAAAGUAUUACAUUUUCUAUAGAUUUUCUAAUCGAAUCAUUUUUAAAUAUACGUAGUUUUUCUAAGAUGUUACGUUACUUAUUUUUUUUUUUUUUUAACGAACGCUGAUUGCUCAUUAACUUUUGAAUAUAAUAAGAAUAGCAACCUAUUAUAUUACAAAUGCGAUAAAUUGUCAAAAUGUUUGUAAUAGAAAUCAAAAGUCAUUUAGCAAUGGUUUCACCACCGGAUAGCAUGAGAAUGAACAUAAUUAGAGUAUUAUGUUACAUAUUUUAUAAAACUGCUCGUGUAAAUUUUCCACAAAAAUAAAUGAACAAAAUAAUAAUAUUUCAAAAUUUCCCAGGUAAAUUUCCGGAAAAUUGAUCACCUGGUAGAUAUUAUUUUGCAACACCUACAUAUACAGUUUUUUUAUGUACCUAUAUUAAACACGCUCUCACCUAACCUCUCGCAGGAUUAUAAUUUAUAACCAUCACUUAUUAUAUAUAAAAUGUCGUGUAGUAUACAGUUGAUUUGAUAUGUUUCCUAUAUAGCCCUGUAUCAAUUUUGCAUACGAAGGCCAACUCACAAAUUCACCCACACACCAGGUAAAAGAACAGCACAUCACUGGAUCGUUGAAUGUUUUUUGUUUUUGUUUCGUUUUGAUUUAUUUUUAAAUUUAUAUGUUUUUUUUGGUAGAAAAAAAAACCAAUAACCAAUAUAAUAUAAUAUGGAUCGUAGGAGGGCAACCGCAAAAAAAAAAGUGAAAAAAAAUACGUUAAAUAUAGCAUUUUUUUAAAAAAUACACGUUCAUUAUUUUUUUUUUUAAAUUUAUGUUCAAAUUUAUUCGGCCGUAUAUGUAUAAUAUAAAUGCUCGACAGUUUGAUAAAACGAUCAAAAUUACGCUUAAUAUCACAAUUAAUUUUUAUAUUUCUUAAGCAUUUGAAGUUCAAAUUUCAACGAAGCUCACAAAAAAUUAUAAAUUGUUUUUUGUUUUUGUUUAUCGUUGGCCUGCUGUAUUCAAUACAACGCGCGUUAUUUGCAAUAUUUAAUAAUAAUUUCAAAUAUAUUAUGUGAACAAAUUAUAUAAACCCCCCCCCCCACGAAAAAAAAGAUACGUAAAAACUGUCGUAUAAAUAUUGCAGUUGAUAUAUUUCUUAAAUAUUAUUUUGAACUUCGGCCAACGCCCGACCACAGUCCCGUUCUUCGCGCGUUGCUUAUGUUAUAAUUUUCGAUUCGUUAACUUAAUAUUGUUGUACAAUAUUAUACUAUCAUAACGGUUUAUCGUGACAAUAUUAUAUUUGGCAACAAUUAUAGAAAAUUCAUCGGCCCCCGUCAAUCUGACACGUUCGGUUUACAUACGAUAUCUUGCGGUCAUGUACAGAAUUCGUAUUUACGUAUAUUUUCAAUUAUAUGAAUAGCCAAGUGUAAAAAGGGGGGGCACAUGUUCAAAUUUAUACAAUUUUUUAAGAAAGACAAACAACUUCUUAAGUGCCUAUAGAGUUUUAUAAUAGUCCAUAAAAUGACGGUAGAAACUUGUACAAAGCACUAUACUCUAACAGUAUGACAUUAGUUCGUAAAUAUUUUUGUUGUCGAUCUGGCGUAUAAUAACGACAACUGUUGUAACAUAAAAACAACAGUCAAACGGUUUCGUUUCUGCAGUGUUCAGAAGACAUGUAUACGUUUUAGGAUAUCGACGAUUUUCUGUGGUAUUUCUAAACGUGUUCGCGUAAAACGAAAAUAUCAACUGGCCCUAUUUUUAAAAAAAAUGUUUACAUUAUGAUAUUUCGUGAAAUGGAUAAAAAAAAUCUGCAUUUUUAUAAGGGACAAUCGCAUAGGCGUUUUUGAAAUAUAUAUCGUUAUUAUUACAAGAGCUAAAUUUAUAGUUGCUUAAAAAGAAAACAAAUUACGUACAUACAGUUUUUGUAAUCUAUGCAACUUAAUAUACUAGAGUUGAUCAGGAUUUUAAUUUUUUUAUUCACAUUUUUUAUUUGUUCUUCUCGUGAUAUGUUCGGCUGUAUAAAAAAGUGUUUUCUACAAUUUUUAGUAUAUUUAAAAUGAAUUUUAGAGAUCGCGAGCAUUAAAUUUAUCAAAAAAAAACUGUUUUAUUAUUAAUUUUUCUAGUCUAAAUUCUCAUUUUUUUAAAAAAAUAAAAACAAUAAAACUUUACAAAUUUAAAUGCAUGGAUAUUGUUUUGAAAAAAGAAGAAAUGUACGCCUGUUUAACUCAUAAAAUAUUAAAUGGUUGAAACUUUUGAUGAAUCACCUAUCAGUGUAUUUGGUUUUUGUACUAAUUGUUUUUUUAUAUCUUUGUUUGUUUAAAAUUGCUCUCGACUUCUAGAAACCUAUACAAAUCAUUUGAAAAUUUGAGGGAAACUUUUUUUACACAGCUAAACAUAAUAUUAUCAAAAGAGGAGAAUAAAAAAAAUGGAUAAAAGACCCUAGUCCACCCUAACCUGAGUACUAAUAAAGGUCAUUUGUAAAUUUAUUCGAACAUUAUCCAAUCGAUAAAUUUGCAUUUAUUUUGUUCUCAAAAAUGUCGUUAAAAUUGCCUACGUGGAAUCCCUUGAAUAUACAAUAUACGUCUAUAACUGUAUUAUAACAUUAUAUUAUUAUCUUAACGAGCUGUCCAAAGUGUUUGCCCUCCGGUAUUCCGCUGAUCCGCCUACGUAUUAUGUAAUAGACUUCUGUAAUAUAUAUAUAUCAGGGGCGUAUCUAGGAAUUUUCUUUCUGGGAGGUCUGAUCAGUUACAUUACAAUAUAACGCGAAUUUACUAUUUUUUUUUUUUUUAACUUUAUUUAAAACAACGGUUUAAAAUUUCCUGAUAUUUUGGUUGGAGAGAGCUGCAGCCGCUUCAGCCUUCCUCUAUGGAUACCCUACUGAUAUAUAUGCAAAUAUAGAAUACAUGACGAUGUGUUAUAGUUUUUCGUUUUAUAAAACAAGUAUACUUGCAUGCGUAUUACCAUUUAAUAUAAUAUAAUAAUUACACACGUGUAAGUAUAAUAUAUACGCCAUCUGACUAUCAUAUUAUUACUAUUAUUAUUAUACUGUAGCGAGUAUUUUUUUUUUUUUUUUUUACGUUUGAACAUUAUUAUUAUUAUAAUUAUCUAGAGUUUUGACAUACUUACUAUAUUAUUGUACUAUCUUUCAUCGGUUUGUAUUAUAGCCGUCGAGAAAAAAAACAAUAAAAAUACUCCCGUAAUACGAUUACAGUAUAAAAAAACCAACCGUGUUUUGAUUUCAGAGUGCUCACGGUUUAGGCAUUAUGAUUUUGGAAGGAAAACACGUGGAACUCGGCACCGGUAUAUUCAUAUCGGACAUACAAGAGGGAAGUCCGGCCGAACAGGUAUAAACGCGCCAUGCGCAAAAAUAUUAUUAUUAUUGUUAUAAUUAAUAGUUUUCGUGAAAAUCGUGAUCGUGUUAUUUUUGCGCGCUUUUUCUGUAUGAAAAAAAAACGACGGUACCACGUCAUUUCAGCUGGGUAAAUAUUUGUCGAGCGCAAAAAAAAAAACGGCGGCUUAUCGCCCAACCGAAAAUAUAUAACACGAAUUAUUUUAUGAAAAUUCUUCUCGCAUUAAACACCGUCGUCAUGUCUAUACUUCCUUUGCAGGCGGGUUUGACGGUCGGCGAUUUGAUUUUGGCCGUGAACAAAGACACGCUCCUAGGAAGUACGUACGACGCGGUGAGUACCCUAUACAUUAUAAUAUUUAGUUGAAUUAUAUUAAUACUUAAAUAGGUAUGUGAUCGUGGAGUCGAAUGGAUUAAAAAUUGCAAAAUACUGUAUCGUUGUUUUAUUAUAAUAAAAUCGGGGUUUUUGUUUCGUUUACAGGCGUCGUCGUUGCUGAAGAAAACCGAAGGGGUGGUAACGUUGAUCGUGUGUAAUCCACGCAAAGAAGACGGCGGGACGGCCUUGGAACCCAAGAGCGCCGAUAAGCCCAAACAACCGGAAAAACCGAGUGAGUCGAAUGUUUUUAUGUUUUUCAAAUAUUAAUUUUCGGCUAUAAAUUAUUUUUAUUUUUUUUUUCGCUGCAUGAUUUUGAAUAUUGUUGUCGCGCGUUGCAUGGACCGUGUCGCAUUUUUAUAAUAUUAUUUUUGUGAGUACAAUACUAUAAUAUACCUAUGUUUACGUGUUUUUUUUUUUUUUAAAUACAAAAACUGUUUUACUAAAAUUGUCAAGCCGGUGACACGUGUGUAAGAAGCGUGAGAUGAUUAAUAUUGUGUUUUUUUUUCUAUAUAUUCAUAUAAACCAUUAUUAGAAUCGCCCGUCUGUCUGGUGGAUCAUAUAGUCGAACCGCCGCCGGAUCCGGCGACCGCUCCGAUAAAACCGGGUAUCGAAUCGACGAUCGAAAUCAACAAGGACAAAGUUGGCUUGGGCCUCAGCAUAGUAGGCGGAUCCGACACUUUCCUGGUGAAUUUUCUACUAUACUUAAAAUAACAAAUACAAUAACAACAAUAAUAAUAAAACACCAAACAAAUAAACGCAUUACGGUAUGCCGCGAGACUUCUUGCGGUUGGGCAUUAUCUCUUUUGUUUGGCUACAACACGAUCGAGAGCAAAUUUGGCGUAUUGUCGACAAUGACGAACGAGAAGUACAAAAGAAACUCGAUUAAACAUAAAAUAUGAUUCGCUGAAAGGGCACACGUUCAAAUUGUAAAAUUGUUCAAGCAACACAAAAAUACUUAUGAAUACUCCCUGAAAAAAAAAAAUGAACACAUCGUGUGUGUAUAACUAUUGUUGUAUAGUGUUGGAUAAUAUCCAUACAUUCCAUACAUACUUCUACAUUAAUUUCAUGAAACUUGUAUAAACCUUUAUAGGUAUUAAGGAGGUUUAUUGUCUUCUUGAUUAAAAUGUUAACGUGACGUGCUCUUUCAGCAUUUAGAAAUUCAUAUAUACUGUAGCGAUGUUGCCGCUUACACAAUUUUCUAUAGCUAUAAUAUUAUAAUCACUGAGUUAUAGGUAUGUAAUCCAAAAAAGUUCAGUUAUCAUCAUCGUUUGAACAAUUUGAUAAUAUAAUAAUUCCACAAAUCUUAUAGACAGUUACUUUUUCUGAGAAAAGAAAUGCCAAAAACAAAAAAUUCGCGGAUGUGGCAACGUCGCUUUUUAUAAUUUUUCCCCAAUCGUGUUAUAAAAAAAAGUAUAUGCUCAAUCCAGAGACUAUCGUUUGCAUCCAAAAGUCAGGUAAACGAAAAAUUAAGAAUUUCGAUUACGUCCGGCGAUCACCAAUUGAAGGGUGGGUGGGAACAACGUGCUAUGUACAAAUUUGUAAAUUGUUCAAGAUCGGAGAAAACCAAUUAUUUAGACUACACGAAGUCUCUUAACACUUUCAAUGUGCUUCGAAGCACAUUAUUUCGUAAUAAAAAUGAAAAAGUUUUACAUAGUAGCCGUGUAGGUAUAAAGAAUAGGUAUUUAUAAUACAUAAUAUGCAAUAUUAUUAUAAUAUAUCGAUCAAAAAUUCAAUACAAUUAGAUUACCAUUAAAUUCAAUUACAAAAACCAAUUCACUUUUAUUAUAGAUUUGUAUGCUACAUUGCGGAUUGAAUAUUUGGCUGUAUACCAAUUAGAAUAAGUACAAAGUCUUGAAUAAUUUACGUACAAAACGUACUAUUGAUAAUACCAACAAAGUUUUAGCUCUAUAAUAUUAUAUACAGUAUAAUAUGAGUUAUAGUAGUUAAAAUAAUAUUGCAGUAUUCAAUCGAAAUGUCAAUUUUUCGUUUGGGAUCGGACGCAAAGAUUAAAAAGGUCAAAACGGGGCGCAAUCGAAUGACACUCGCUCAAUCGUGUAGUUAUAAUACUUAAUCGCGUCUGUAAUAUUAAUACAGAUGUAACGUAAACUCGAAUAAAUCUGCUAAUAGUUUUUUGCCUUAAAGAUUCGUUUUUAGAGUGUAUGGAUAUUGAAUGCAUUUGAUUUAUUUUAAAACAAACUUAAAUUAUUAUAAUGGUUUUAAAUAUGCAUAAAAUCAAAGUUUCAAAAUUCGGGUUUCAGAAUUUUACGUCAUAAUGGUACCUAAUUACGUCGUUAUUUGUUAUGUGACGUUCGCAUAUAUUACCGAAUAACCUCCAGCUGCAUAAUGUAUUCAAUAUAUUAUAAUAUGUUUUCAGGAGGUGGUAUUCAUUCACGAAGUAUACCCAGACGGCGCCGCGGCCAAAGACGGUAGGCUCAGACCGGGCGAUCAGUUAGUGGAGGUAAAUGGCGAAGACUUUAGGAACAUAACGCACGUCAAAGCAUUGGGAGUUUUGCGUCAGACACCAGCAAAAGUACGUAUACAUAAUAUUUUCAUAAUAUACUGCACGCCCAGUUUUUAAAUGGAUCUUCAAAAUAUUAUAUUCUUUAUUUUUUAUAUUAUGUUUUUAACACUCGUCGGUGAGAGUGUGGACGUCCUCUUAAUUGAAAUCUAAAAUUUUCCCCUCGUAAGCACACCUCUGUGAAACAUUUUUGCAUUUCCUGCGCCCCGGGGCUCUGUUUCUUCAGUGCCUUCUUAUAAAAAUAUAUAUAUUUUUAUUUUAAAUACUAUCAUAUUUAGCUGCAGCACACAACAUUUUUACUGCAUUCUUUGUGCUUUUAAAUACACUAUUUUAGGCUCUGUAGUGUGUGGUGGUAAACUUUGAAAGGCAGAGCUAGGUGUGUUUAGAAAGAGGUUAGGUAGGCGAUUGUCGUGGGUGGCAUUUUUUUUAGGUACGCCAUUUUUAAAAUAUAUUUAUACUCAUAACGUUAACAUCAUUAAAAUUUGUGUUCUCGCUUCUCAAUAACUUUGGUUGGUAAUACUUGUAUUAUCAUUACUUUUUGUUAUCUCUUUAUCACACUAGAACUGAUCAAUGAAAAGUAUUCAGUUGUAAAAUUAUAUCAUAGCUUUAUAUAGAUAACAUAAACGUACAGUAUAAUACUGAAUGUAUGAGUGAGUUGAUGAAUUAUUAAAUAAUUAUUAUAACAUAAAUAACAUUGUUAUGAUACGCAGUUCAAUAAAUGACUUUAAAAAAACUAAAGUAUUUUUUUUUACCAAUUGGAAAUGUGUAAAAUUUAUAAAAUAAAAACUAACUUUUUUUUAUAUUAUUAUUAUGGAAGGGCUGCCAAAACCCAGAAUACGUCUGGUGAGAUGAUGUUAGUAUAAAGAAAAAACUACUAUUUUACCUCAAAGUGAUUAUGACAACCCUUUAAAAUUUAGCACCUAACCCCCUUAACCUUCUACUUCUGGUCUUAAUAUUCCGCUCUGCCUUUUAAAUAUAAAACUAUUGUUAAAAAAAAACUGCUUCCGUAUAAAGGUGACCAUGGUCGUGCUGCGGGUUGAGUCGUGCGUCUCGAACGAGAACGGGGCCGUCGCAGCGACGGCUGAGACCGCCAAUAUUUCGGACGCCUUCGACGUGGAACUGAUGAAGAAGCCGGGCAAGGGACUGGGACUGAGCAUAGUUGGCAAGAAGUCCGGCCCGGGGAUAUUCAUAUCGGACAUCGUAAGCCGUUUGUUUUUAAAUUUCCCCCCCCCUCCCGGUCACCAUCCGAAACCACUCGCCGAUGUCGGUCACUAUAAUAUAAUCAUAUUAUAUAUUUGAUGUAUGUUUGCUUUUUGUGUCGGUAGGUGGCGGGCGGCGCUGCUAGCGUGGACGGCCGUCUGAUGAAGGGCGAUCAGAUAUUGGCGGUCAACGGACAGGACGUGCGGAACGCCACGCAAGAGGAGGCGGCCGCCGUGUUGAAAACGACGACGGGCAGGGUGACUCUGAAAAUGGGUCGACUCAAAGCACGUUCGUCGGCGUCCAGUUCGGACAAGUAAGCGUCGAUAUACCGUGUUUAAUUGUUACUACUUAAGUCGGGAAGCUAUUGAGUAUACGAUAUAAUAAUAUAUUGUGGUAAUUAUUAAACAAAUGCGACGAUAAAACGAAAAACGAUUCUGAGUGGAACUCGCGGGUUAAUCAUUGUUUUAUUAUAUUAGAGAUUGAAAUUUAAAAUGUUCAAUAACUAGGUACCUGCGAAAUAAUUUACUUGACUUACGCAUUUUAAAUGUAAUCGCAAAUGUAAACGCUUCAAACACAAACAAAAAAUCUAUACAAAUGACAUUAUAUGCUCAACUUAUGAUGAAAACACAUUGUAUCGAAUUGUGAAGCUUCUUAUGGUUUCCUAGCCGAGUCUACACGAAUAUUGAUUAUUUACACCGAAAAAUUAUUGCAACAAUAGAAAAUAAAAUCGAUUUUAACGAAAACUGCCGACAAAGUUAAAUGCUAAACAUUCCAGUUUUCCCGGCGUUUUUCAAAAACCCGACAUGUCCCAAAAGUCAGCGAACUAUAUUCGAAGCGCUACAAAAAAGCUCUAUGGGCUCCUAUUCAGUUCCUGAUUUAACAAAUCUUCCGGUCGAAAUCGUGUUGACGACGAUAUCAUCAGUAAAACCCCAAUAUAUAGACACCUCGUUGUUCCGCUCAGAAUCUAAACAUUAACUGUGUUGUCGAAAACGCUACUGUGGUUCACCCCAGAGACGAUAUGUAAUUGGCAUAGAAAUACAAAUUUAAAAAAUGGCGUCAUACGAAUAAUAUAUAAUACUUUUUUCAUUGUAAUAUUCAACGGUGUUCGAAAAAAACGGCAAGUUUUAAUAACGUCGGACCACUUGGUUUUUUUUUUUCAUGACGCUAAUCUCUAUAUUGGAAUACGCAUAGAAAAUGAUUUUCCGGUUCUGUAAGUAAAACACGCCUGCCUAUAAAAUAUAACGUGCGGAUAGUGUCUGCUGCCGGUAGAAGUAUUUUAAUAUUAUAAUAGUAGUGAACAAAUAUUGUCGUUUGUGCGUUUUGUGUGUAUUUAGUAUACGUAUUAUUUUCUAUUAAUUUGUAUUGUUGAUAAAAUAGUUACAACAAAUAUUAACGUCGUGCAUCCCAUUUAUUAUUAUAUUAUUAGUGUUAUUGUUGUUGCUAUUGUUGAUUUCCGUCGUCUUUGCCGUCCUGUUUUCGUCCCACUAAUAUUUUUUUAUUAACAAACGUAUAUAACUUUUUGUUGCAUGAUCGUUUAGAUUAUUAUUAUUAUUAUUAUUAUUUGAUUUUUUUCCCUCCCAAUCGAUUGUUACUACGAUUACGAUUGAAGUGAUUUUUUUCGCGCGUAGCUAAUAUUUUGUAAUAAUAAUAUAGGUACUGGUUCGGGUCGGUUGACGGUCGCUACGUGCGACCCGACGGCGGUAUAGACGGCCGCCGUCUGUGACACGCGCCGUUGCCUACGCCGCGGCGACCUCGCGUUAAACACAGAAUUAACUAAACGGCCGCGGUUCACGCAUUAAGGGCGGUGGACCAUAAAUCAUAAUAUUGGGUAGAAGCUAUUUCAGUUCUUAAGGGGCCACGCGAUAAACUGAUUAUUUGCCGUCUCUGUCUUUCCCGCGUGCUUAAUAAUGGAACAAAACACGCUAUACAAAUCGAUUUUAAAAUUUUUUUAAAUGACUAAUCGAACACGUUCGACUUUUUCUGAAACAUUAUCAAACGAAUAACAGUUAUUUUUUUAGAAUAAAAAAAAAGGUUAUUAUCUUUAAAACCGAUUCUAACUGGCCUUUUCGUUUGUUGUACGGCGAAUACGUUUUUGAGAUAUUGCUAGUUUUAUAGAAACACGGCGAGACGGCAAAUGCCACUGUAACAAUAUUAUGUUCGACCGGAAAACGAAAAAAAAAAAAAAACGUGCACUUUUCAUUGGAAUCCGAACACUAUAAUAUACUUAUAUCAUCGAGAUGACAAUAUCGUUUUGACAAUUUCCCAGUGUAUCGAUUCGAUACGCCGUAUGAUUUUUUUUUCCACGUGGAUCGUUCGCCGUCCGCCGAGUAAAAGUAACGCGUCGUUCAGUCAGGGCAAAGGGUCGUCGCGACUCCCCGAACGAUGCAAUGUCCUUUCGUCCUGCUGCACGGCGGCACGGCUUACCCCGGACGACACGAUCACGUCACGCGACCGUCGAUGACGUUAACGGCGGCACGUGCCGCCCGUAACGAUGACGUCGGACCAUAACAUUAUAUUAUAGUAUCGUUAUUACGCGUUAUCGGGUGAAGUUUCGCGGUGUUAACAACUAUACUGGUAAAACAGCCAUUUACAGUAGCCGGAUAACCGCGGCGUGUAUAUAUGUCACGACUUGCGGGCUAUUAUACCUAUAUUAUAAUAACAUGCAGUCUUAAAAUAAAACGCGCGGUUCCAAAACCCUAUACGAAUAAAAAAAUAUAAUAAUCGUGCAGUAGGUACUGUUAUUUAUUAUCGUUGUAAAAAUAAUAAAAUAGCAUUAAUAAUAUUACUGAAAGGAGGCGAUAACUAUGUUGUAUAGUUUUACGUUACAACAAUAUACGAACAGAGUUAACUCUAUUACGCGUUACUUUUUCUGCGGUAACUUAACGAGUUACUAUUUUAUCGGUUUAAAAAUAUUAUAUUCGAAGUGACGCGUGUUUCGAAAAUAACCAUUAAUAAUUUAUGCGUCUUGAGAUUAAUUAAAAAUAUUAUUAAACGUUAUGUUUAAAAUUGUUAUAAUAUUUUCUACGCUUUUAUUUGACGGGUACCUACGCACUCAUAAUCAUAUUUACGAGGAAUAAUAGUAUAAAGCAUUUAACUUGAAACAUUUAAUUAUAAAAUAUUUUUAUGAAAAUAUAUUACGAAAAAAAAAAUUACUUCUUAUUUGAAACUAAAUAGCCUUAACUAAGUUACUUUGUUCCUCAAGCUACUUUUAAGCUUAAUUUAUAGUUCUCUAUUAAGCAUAAAAGGAAAACAGGUAACUUUAUUAACUUAGUUAGUUACUACAUAAAAUCGAGUAACUUGUCCAGCUUUGAAGUCAGUAUAAUAAGGAGCUACUGGCUUCGGUAAGUUUUAUUCGGGGAGGAGGAGGUACAGUCUUAGAACUGUUCAAAAUACUGUCUACUACUGUCUUCUCAAAAUACAAAUCUGAGCUUAUAGUUUAAACGAUAUUCGUAUACGGUUCUAAAGUUCUCUUAGCGCAAAACCUGCAAGUACGUUUGGGAAUGUUUAUAAUAGAUAUUUUGGUUACCUGACAAAACAACAACAUUGUGCUCGAAACGAUAAUAUCGAUAAGUAUACUUAAAUUGUUAACACCUCGAAAACGCGAUUGUUAUCUUUUUUUUACUCGUCCGCAUUUAUCCCGCGCAACACGCGUGGUCGGCUGCUUUUAUUCUUGCCCUCCGCGUCUCCCCAUCGAUUUUCCUCGUCUACCUAUAUAGUAUUAUACACGUAUUCUUUCUCGCGUUUCCCUUGUUCUUUUUCUUCUAGCCUCUUUUCCUCUCCCGCUUUUUACAUCGAUAUUCGCCCUACUUGUCUCGCCCGUCUCAUUAACCUAUAUGUAUGUUGUUUUUUUUUUCUCCCGCCGUACUACAGCGACACGACAUCGACGGAAGAAACGCGCACCGUGACGAUGGUUCGCAGGAUGGACGGGUUCGGGUUCAGCGUGGUCGGCGGCCACGGUCAGCUACCGGUGUACGUGAAGACGGUGUUCUCCGGUAGCGCGGCGUGCGCGAGCGGCCUGUGCCGCGGCGACAGGAUCCUGGCCGUGGACGGCGUGCCGGUGGACGGCAUGGGACACGACGAGGUGGUCGCGAUGCUCAACGAGGCGACCCCGUCCGUGACGCUCACGUUGCGGUCGUAAUAAUAUUAGUAUAUUUUAUUAUUGUCAAAGCGAUCGCGUCGCCACUUACACAUCAUCGUUAUGCCAUUUGUACAUACCAUUAUUAUACUACUAUUAUUAUAAUAUCAACCGGGGCCGCCUUAAUCAUACUACACACACACACACACACACAUAUAUACAUACACACACACACACACACAUAUACAUACACACACAUACACACGUUUAUAAUAUGUUACGUAUACAAUAUUGUAUAUUAUUCGCGAUAGUAUUUUAUGUUAUCAUAAACGAGAAUAAUAAUAUUAUAUUAUUAUCAGGGGGACCAGGUCGUUAUAUAAUAUAAAUGUUUAAUGUUUAUGUAUAUACAGAGUGAUUCUUUUAUCGCGAACCUGCAAUUUUCUAUUGUAAAUUUGAUUUCUGAUUUCCCCCUCCCCAGUCAUUAUGAAAUUGUUUAAGAGCGGGCUCUGCUCGUGGUUUUUUUGUUUAUACAUUUUUAACAGCUAUCGAUAACAAAUUGUUAAUAUUUACAAUUAAUGAGUCUUCUCAAUAUUCUAACCAGAUAGUUUAAUCAAUUUUAAUUUAUUGUAUUUGUGGUCUCUUUAUUGUGUCGGUACGUUUUUUUGUGGCUAAAACACGCUUUGAAAGAAAAAAACAAGUUUUCUUGCAUGCAGUUAAACUUGUAACCGAAGACCACAACAAAAUUGGUUGAAAACAUUAUAAACAAUCGGUCAUAUCCAAACUCGAAUACUGUAGCGUUUAGAAAUAUAAUAUUCAAAAUUCAAAUCCAAGUAAGAAGUCUUCCAUUUUGCAACAAAAAAAAAAAAAGAAAAAAAGAAAAGAAGAUUAUCGAAAUCGAUACAAAGCACAACAGUGUUCCCCCGUACAGCGUGUUUUUAAGCUGAAAAAACAGAUCACGUGCUCCUGAGACCCUUUUAGUAUUAUUUAAUCGACGUUUUGAAAUGUUUAUCCCUAUACCUUAAACGAUGUUUAACUUUUGAUUUUCAAGCGACAGUCACCCCUCAUCUCCCAUUCAAUACUAUACAGAUUCGAAAAAAAAAAAGAAUUGUUCUUAAAGUUUCGAUAAGUAUGACACGAUAUAUAACUGUUUAUAAUAUUUAAACCGGAGACGCAGCCGCGUAAUAUGUAUGCUCUGUACAGGAUAUUAUAAAUUGAUCGUAAUUAACGGUGAUGGAUUGCGAUAAAAAAGUCACCAUGUAUACACAUAACCGUUGUUGUUGUUGUUUAAUGUUUAAUUUCCCCGGCCCCGUUUUUUUCCUGUUCGCCCGUGCACGGACAAACGAGCGCGUCCGAAAAAAUCAUCUUCCGCGAUGCUUGCCGAUAAUCGAGAAUUUUUUCUUUCUUUUUUAUAUAUAUAUAUACAUGUAAUAUGAAUAAUAUAAUAUUAUAGGUAUCAUUGAGAUAAUGAGAUCACUAUAGAUAAUAUUAUUAGAAAAAUGUUCGUUAUUAAUACCUGUACCGUAGGGUUAUGCUCACGUGAUAGGUACCUAUAAUAUUUUACCUAUACAUUUUUAUUAUAUAUAGUGUAUUUUAUAAUUAUUAUUAUUAUGUAAAUUACCUUUACGAGUUUUUCAAAUGUAUAUUAACCCUUCGUUAGGUAGGUGAAAAAAUGUUCAGAAAAUCGUUUUCCAGCCGGCUUAAAUGCUAUUUAUAAUGAAAACUAUAAGACUAACUUAGAUAAAAAGUGGUUGAUAGGUAUGUUGACUACUACAUUCAUUGAAAAUAUAAACAUUUACAGUGUGACUUUUUGGUCACUUUUUUUUUAUCGGUUUUUAAAAUGCUCUGAUUUGAUAGACCUGACCUACCUAACAAAGGGUUAAAAAAAAAAACCAAUAACUAUGUCGCGUCAAUGCAAUUUUUAUUCAAUUAAUCGUUAUAAUAAUAUUAUUGUUAUUGUUAUUGUUAAGCCAAGCGUAUUGUAUGCGCAAAUAGUUUUUUUCUUUAUUAAUUAGGAGGCGGCUAUUUUGCAAAAUAUAACUAAAUCGCAAAUAGAAUCCCGGACUCUUUGGGGAAGAGUUAAUCGCGUAAAAAAUGGUUUCAGACAAAAAGACUAGUCGCGAUCAGUCCCCUUAUAAAUACGUAUAACACAUAGACGGGGAAAUUAAUUUUCUGUUUUAAUAGAAAAAGAAAAAAAAACAGAAAUCCAGUUAUAUGUCACUACCUACAAAAUAUAGUGAAUACCGAGUAGGAUUUUUUUUGCACAGGGGAGGGGGUUUAGUUUCCGUGGUAUCGGCACCCGUUUAUACGGCCGUAUCGUUUUUCUCUAGUUAUCUCAUAUUAUGAUUAAGAUUGUAUUCGAGCGGCACGCCCACGUUUUAUACAAAAAAAAAAAAAUAAAAAUAUCGCACUUAGACGAAAAUCAUACAGGCAAUACGCUGUAAUCAACACGUUUAACGACAAAAUAAUAUUAUAUUAAUAUUUUUUAUAAUAUCGUGUACUACUAAGGUAACAGUGGACCGCUGUGGUACACGUAUAAAACCGUGUAUAUUUAUAGUCAGGUUACGUACCCCUAUUAGAUUUAGAUCGUAUUUUUAUAGUGGUAGCUUAUAUUAUACUAUGUACUUAAUUUGCACAACACGAAAAAUUAUUAUUAUUAGAGCGUUUUGUUCCGAGUGAAUUAUAUAUUAUUAUUAAAAUUUUAAAGUAUUUGUAAAUUUGUUAAAUUUUUAUAAUAUUGUAAAAUAUACGAAACCGCGUUGACUUCGUUUAGUAUUAUAUACAAAACAUUUUAUAUAUAUAUAUAUAUAUAUGUAUUUAUGUGUAUAUAUAUAUACAUUUGUCUUUUGUGAUAAUAGAAUUAAGACUGAACAUAAAAAUUAAUCGUGUUUAAAAAAAAAACGAAGAUGAACAUUUUUAUUUAUUUAUUUUUGGUCUCAACCUAUAACGUUUAGGUGCACCUUCUUGACAGGGUCACGUUUCUUGCAUAAACUUUGUAGAAUAUUAUAUUAUUAUUAUUGUAUAAAGGCACUUUUUAACAUUUUUAUUAAAAAAAAAUCCGUGUGCCAACAUUAUUUAUUAAUAUAUAUAUAUAUAUUACAUUGAAUUUGUUAUUAAAUUAUUAUUACCUAUUAUUAUAGUGAUACAUAAUAUUAUUAUAAUAUAUUAAAUACGUUUGCAUUCCUUUUUUUUUUUUUUUUUUUGGUAGCUUAUAAUAUGUAACAUAAUAAUUUUUUUUAACACAUUUUAUUAAUUAUGGUGACAAUUUUUUUCAAUAUUUUAUCUAUUUAAAUACAUUAGUUUUUAUUUAUUAUUCUUUAAAUAUUUGUAUUAAUUCCUAUCAAAAUUUUUGUCCGAAUAAAUACAUAAUUUAACAUAUGAUUGUGUGUAAUAUCCUAUAUUUUGUUUCGUU